AUGGUGGCCUCCCUGAAGUCCUGGCCUCUCAUGAUCGCUGUGACUCUGUGCAUCUUGUUCUGCCUGGGAACCUUGGUAGAGGCCUACCCGCAACAGCCAGAGCACCCUGGAGAAGAUGCCUCUGCUGAAGAAAUGGCCAGAUACCUGUCAGCGCUCCGACACUACCUUAACCUGGUGACAAGGCCAAGGUGCGGGUUGCUUUUAAAGUGGUGCACUGAUGGUCUCUGGAGUGGCGUCUGUGAGCCCUGUCUACACACACACACACACACACACACACCCCUCCUGCCUGCUGAAUGUUGGUGGGGAAUGAGCAUUAUGUGCAGGGCUCCCAAGGAAGGGAGAGAAAAAUGCAGCCUUCUUCCAUCCUGUGCACAUUUAUUUAACAUUCCCCAGGCAAAGCCAGCAGUGGGAGCGACUCCCUAUGUGGGUGAGUGCAUGAGUCAGAGCAAGGUUAGCAGCUGAGGCAGUACAGGUGUCCCUGGAGAUGUGGGUGGCGCUGUGGUCUAAACCACUGAGCCUCUUGGGCUUGCCGAUCGUAAGGUCAGCGAUUCGAAUCCCUGCGACGGGGUGAGCUCCCGUUGCUCUGUCCCAGCUCCUGCCAACCUAGUAAUUCUAAAGUACGCCAGUGCAAGUAGAUAAACAGGUACAGCUGUGGCGGGAAGGUAAACGGCAUUUCCUUGCGCUCUGGCUUCUAUCACGGUGUCCCGUUGCACCAGAAGCGGUUUAGUCAUGCUGGCCACAUGACCUGAAAAGCUGUCUGUGGACAAAUGCCGGCUCCCUCGUGAGGCCUGAAGCGAGAUGAGCACGCAACCCCAUAGUUGCCUUUCACAGGACUUAACUAUCCAGGCGUACUUUACAUUUUUUUUUACCUUAUAGGUGUCCCUCCACUUACGCAGGGGUUAUGUUCCAGGCAUCGGUGAAAUUGUGUAAAGUGGGGAGCACCAUUUAAACACCUUUUAAACGCUCUCUUGGCCACUCUCCCUCAAAUUGAUUUUUUAUUGUUUAUCACCAAUGGCCAUCACAAUACAAUAUAAGCACAAAUCACACAACUACAGAAUGAAAGAUCCUGUGUGCUCCAGACCAAGACAAACCUAAAAUGCCCAGAUUUUAAAUCCAGACCAAAUGCAGACCAAAAAACACUGCAUCCAAAAAUAUCCACAGCUAGAAUUGAAGCUCUGGGGUUGGCAGGAGGCUGGAAUACACAUGAGAAAGCUGCUGCGGUGAUACCCCGCACAUCAGCUAUGGGGCGGGGAGGCUAGGCAGCCUAAACAAAGCCUUCCACAAGGACUCCCCAGCUCCCUCCCACAAUUUCAGGGUUUGAACUGAAUUUUUAAAUUAUUUCCCAGAGGCUGUGCAGGAAUAAAAUGCACACCAGUGGUGUUUAUGUGUGCUAGUGUUCAGUUCCUUGCCAUGCAUGUCUGUUGCCAUUAAAUAACAGGAAGGAGGGGGGGCUGCCUCAUGGCUGUGGAAAUCAGAGGUAGGGUGGGGAGGAGUAAAAAUCCCUUUUUCUGCCUCAAAAUAGGAUGACAUUAACUCAGUUAUUCCUCUCCCAACUGAAGGUUUGGCAAGAGGUCCAGCCCAGAGACCUUGAUGUCAGAGCUUAUUUUUGGAGACAGCAGCAGCAACAGUGGAGCGAGCCAUGAUGACCGGUCAAGGUAAGUCCUAGCAGCACAGAGUGCAUCAUUUUUGCAGCAAACCUACCCAGGACCUGCCUGUUUCUGACCCGGAGCCAAUUCUCUCUAACCACCACAACCUUGCUAAAGGGAAGAGCAAGCUCUAGGCCUGGAGACACAUUGUGUUUUCUGUGUCAUCUACUGGGAUGGGGAGGGGCAUUCCUAUUGCCUCAUAAACAGAAAGAAAAGUGAUUCUCAAGAGAUUGGAAACCACCUUGUCUGCUCCAGGAGCAAUGCGUUCUAGACCUAGAACGUCAAGAUUACCCAGCAAUGGGGAAGCAGCUUUCUGCACGUAUCUAACCCUUUUCCAAGCUAAACCACAGACACAUAGAAGAAUCCCAGGAAUCAUGUGAUAUAGAGUCAGGGCCAUUCUUGAUUCAGUUUAAGCAUGGUAUCAUGGUAUCUAGCAUGGUAUCAUCCCUAUUUUAUGACAUUUGUUGAGAUCUAGAGCUUAUCCUAGCCCAUAUACUCAAACAAAUAAUGGAAGCAUAGAGUUGGAAGGUACCCUGAGGAUCAUCCAACCUCCUGCAUUGCAGGGAUAUGCAGCUGUCCCUUAUGGGGACUGAACCUACAACCUUGGCAUUAUCAGUACCACACUCUAUCCAACGGAGCUAGCCGGCUGAUAAUGCAAUGCAAUGCAAUGCAAUGCAAUGCAAUGCAAUGCAAUGCAAUAAUAUAAUAUAAUAUAAUAUAAUAUAAUAUAAUAUAAUAAUAUAAUAUGAGGUGUUUGUUGUUGUUGUUGUUAGAAUUUAUAUACUGCCCUAUACCUGGAGGUCUCAGGAUGGUUCACAGAACAAUUUUUUUUUAACUUAUUGGAAUCACUUAAUCAUGGAAGUUUCACUAUCAAUAACCUAUCUCUAACUUGCUCAUGAGUAAAAACAAUAUUUUUGAAGCAACCAGCAUUUUUGAAGCCACAAUGUAUGUAAACUAUAUGCUUGCUAAGAAACCAUUUUUUAAGCACUUUGUGCACGCCUGGUACACCAAUGCUCUGGGUUCUGCAGGUAAAUGGUCUUGGCCUUUGGGACAGGGAGCAGCAGCGGAUUGUACUUGAGCUUCUUCCUCCAAUUCCCUGCCUUCACAACCAUUUCUUCCUUUUUUCCAGGUUCGAUGACGCCAACAUGUGGUAAUGAUCUCGAUGCUUCUCAGCCAGUGGUCCAUCUGCUGCUUCUUUUUAAACAGGCAAAUCGUUGUGUUCAUUUUGCAUUUCUCAAAACCAAUUAAGCUGUGAUGAUUUAAAGAGUCCAUUCCCCACCUCAACUUUCUCCAUCCAAUACUGAAGAGGCUUGGGAAAGAAACUCUCACUGCAUCCCCCCUUUCAAGACAACAACAUUGCAAUGAUCCGGGCCUCUUUCUCCCUACAAGCCAACAGGGGGUGCCAGAAGAGUGCUUUGUGGCUGGGGGCACAAAGGUUGCCCCCAGCCCUUGGCAGCAGCCAAGGUUGUAAGACCCCCCCCCCAGUGCAAGCCCUCAUUAUGUCUACUCUGGGUUGUCCUGUACAUCAUGUGUGUGGGUGUGAAUAGGAGUAUGUGUGUGUGUAAACGUAUGUAUUUGAAAUUAUUUCUGUUUGUCUCAAGAAUUAAAAGCAAGUUUGAUGGAGAAGCUUAUUGCAUUCCUCCCUUUGUUCCCAGCCAACUGAAGUGGGACAGUCUUUGGGUGCUGGGGUAAAGAAACUGCUACAGCAAAUAUACUAUCGGCAAAACCAAUUUGGUGUUUCGCAACUUUCUGACUAGUUGGAGGACCUUAGCCAGACCUAGCAGAGUACACGCAGAAUCCACGGAAGCAAUUGGCAACUUGGCUGCAGACAGGAUAGAUGAAGCAGGUACCAGGAACUUGUAGUUAGGUGUUUAUUAUAUACAGCGGACUACUUACAGGAACAGAACAUGGAUCUUAAGCUAGCUCUCUCUGACACAACUCACAACUCCUACACUCACUGACACACUGAACUCUGAACACGAAACUCUGAACUAACACAUUCCAGUUGGUAGGCCAUUAAUUAUCACUCCCUUGAGAAAGCUUGACCAAUCAGGGAGCGGUCUCCAUGUCUCUGUUAUCACCAGGCAGACUUACUCCUUCAGAUUGCCUUCUGGCUGUCUGCCAAACCUUAAUUGACUCUGUGUGAGUAGCUGCACAUACACAGUUUCCCAACAUAUACUAGAGAAUUCCAACUGGGAAACAGAAUCCUGGAAUACCAUUUUCCAAGUCCUUGUCAUGCCAAAAUGUCCUCCAAGGAGAACCCUUUCUCUACUGCAGAGAAAGCCUCCGGUUCUACUCUUUGCUUUCUGUGCCCAUUUUCUAUGUCCAGAGAAGCUUCCAAUGGAGGAGAGCAUUAAAAAAAACCACUCCCCUGCUUACUGUCUGAAAUAGAACGAACCAUCUAUUCUGACAUCUCCUUCUGGUGACUGGGUAGUCCGGGUUCUGUCCUUCAUGAAUGGCCUGAACAAUGGUCCCCUCUCUACUUCCCCGCACCCCUUUAAAUAUUACAAUUGGUCACCUUUCCCAGUGGUGUAGCAUGGUUUGCCAGCACCCGCAGCUACACGGAGGGGGUGUGUGGGAGGGAAAUGGUCUCGAUUGGUGUUUGUUCCACUUCAGCACUAAAGAAUAAGUUUCCUCAGGGGAAAGCAGCCAGGCAAAUGGAGGUACGCAGAAGCCCAAAGUCAAGAUUGGCUCCCAAGGUGGCCUACACAGCUCUACCACAAAAAAAACCCACAAUCUAAUUUAUGUCAAAUGGUUAUAACCAAACCUUUUCCAAAAGGUGGCUUAGAAUAUCAUGUAAGAUAUUCUAAGACAUGCACCAACCAGCAAACCAUGGAAGAACAGCAACAUCAUCAAAAUCAGGGGUCAGCAAGGUUUUUGUGGCUUGGGUUGGCUCCCGGUCCUGCAGAUGCUGCGGUGGGCUGGAGUGCGUGCGCACGCAUGCACAAACACUAUUUCCUGUGCUCCUUCCGGUGCGGAGGAGGCAUGCGCAGCUUCCCAUUGGCUGCAGGAGCUUCCUGCAGCCAAUGGGAAGCCAGCUAGCAUCGUGGAGGGCGGUCCCCGCUUUGCUCCACAUCGGUUUAGUGUGGCGCAUGGGAAUCGACUGAGCAUGCGGUGGGGGUCCCUGAGUGGGUGGCAGGGGCCUAUGGGCCGGUUAAAUGACCCCCAUGGACCGCUUGUGGCCCAUGGGCCUUACGUUGCCGACCCCUGAUCAAAAUAUAAGAAACUCAGUUAAAUAUCGAGAGUGAGUACUUUAUAAAAUAGUGAUUAAAAGGGAGCACCAUUAAUGUAAUACACAAAAGGAGAAAACGAUAUGCUUUAAAAACAUGAGCCCCCCAACCCGCCUUAUUGAGAGUCGCUGUACCUUUAUGGAUUUAUUUUCUUGAUUUAUCUUUUAAACGGUUAGGGCUAACCUGGCUAAUGUAGCUCCUCUCUGUUUUUAUAAAAGCACUCACACACAUCCAUAUAUGUUUGGGGCAGUAGGUCUCAACCUCCCAGGCAAGUUUCCUUCUUAAAGAAAAAAAAAAAAACCCUUGUGCAAUUGCCGAAAUGGCCAUAAUGACUGCAAGAAUCAGAAAUCAGGAAGACCAGAAUUUUAAUAAGGAAAGGGGAAAAUUUAUAAUUUAUCUUAAAAACCAUUGUAAACGGUUAAAAAUUGUUAGCAGGAUUGGAAUAUCACUUGUAGUUUAAUGGUGAAUUUUGGAUAUAAUGGAGAUGUAAAAGAUUUGGAUUAUUAGAAAAGAUGCAGGAGGAAAUGAUUAACAAUAGGACCCCCACAAAGGGGAGGAGGGGAAAGUCCAGGAGGUACUUUGGAAUCUUGAUUUUAUGUUGUAUGUUGAAUACGUGAUUGUAAAAUUGUAAUCUGAAAAAUAAAAUAAGAUAGAUAGAUAAAGGUAAAAGGACCCCUGACCACUAGGUCCAAUCGCAGACGACUCUGGGGUUGCAGCGCUCAUCUCGCUUUAUUGGCCGAGGAAGCCGGCGUACAGCUUCCGGGUCAUGUGGCCAGCAUGACUAAUUCGCUUCUGGCGAACCAGAACAGCACACAGAAACGCCGUUUACCUUCCCGCCAGAGCGGUACCUAUUUAUCUACUUGCACUUUGACAUGCUUUCGAAUUGCUAGGUUGGCUGAAGCAGGGACCGAGUAAUGGGAGCUCACCCCGUUGUGGGGAUUCGAACCGCCGACCUUCUGAUCGGCAAGCCCUAGGCUCUGUGGUUUAACCCACAGUGCCACCCGCGUCCCUAGAUAACAGCAAAAUUCACAACUAUUAAUGAAAGGUGCAGGAGCCCUUUUGCAUCUGUCCACCCUAGAGGUUUGAAAAGAGAUGUCCUUCCCUAGGGUGGAGGGCCAAAACUCUGAACACUUGACACUUACACUUUUGUAACUUUGGAGUCUAAAUUCAUACAUCCUAGACAGUUGACGCAAGGGGAGAAGAAAGAAUCAGACAGUUGACACCUGCUGGAAAUCGGACAGCUACUGCAAGGACAAUAAAAUAAAAUAAAAUGCCCUUAUAUUCUGGAUGCACUGCUGGGAUUCUGGGACUUCAUGAAUAACUGGGAUGCCACCUGCUGGAUGUAGGCAGCAGCAAGGAAGUUCCAUUCAGCUGCAGCGUAACAUCUUAUUCUUAGAAGAAACAACGCUAAAAGUCACCAAGAGGGCCAGGUUGCAGCAAACGGAAACAGAUGUUUAUUAGCACGACGUAAGCCCAAAUCUGUGGCCUGUUGCAGUCUCAGACUGGAAUUAAGGAGACAGACACUUAGCACACCUUGACCUAAGUGAAAUUAUUGCAUGUGUGGAAAGAGGUUUCCAUGCAGGGAUCCGCUGCCCUUGACAUGGGAAUGGGAGAACUGGCCAUUUUUGGUCUCUCUGUCUCUCAUUUUUACAAUCUUAAGUUCAGUUCUGUGCAUUUCCACAUCUGUUAACUUUUUUAAAAAAUUCAUUGUGAAAAUUCACCGGGAUGUUAGUGCUAAUUUCUCCUAACGUGGACUUUUUUUCCGCAAAGCAAUUUCCCCUAAUGCAAUAAUUUUUUAUCUGUUGUUUUUACCGGUAUAUGCAUCCUUACAUUUAAUUUGACCAAAUAUAUGCUAUUUUGCACACAUUACUUGGCUGGAGAACAACAUUACAAGAUUUGGAUGGCUGUGUUUUGAUUUGUGCGUUGUUUUGGAAAGUGAAAAUUAUUUAUGUAGGCUUGCUUAUAUAUGUGAACUGAAUUGGAUUUCUCCACCCAUUCCUACUCCAUAUAUAUAUAUAUAUAUAAAAUCGAGAGAGAGCGCCGCUUUCACAGGGAGCAAAACCCAGAAACCUAGCAACACAUGCAUAAUUAUACAAGUAGCUCAUAUAUAUGUUCACGUGGAAGUUUUUAGGUGAAGCACUAUGCAUCUCCAUAUGCUCAGCCCUCUGUGGUUUAUACAGUUCUCUGAAUCUUAGCGCUGUGGAUCCCUGGUCUUAGUGCUGUGGGAGUCCCAAAAUGCAAAGGAUUUUUUAAAAUAUAAAUUUAUAUAUAUAUAAAAUAAUGGAAAUGGUUUAUUGAAUAUUUACAGAUAAAUUAUAAACAGAUUAAAACAUUGGCGGGAUUAUUGUAACCACCUGCAGUUUUAUAAGAGUAUAUAUUUAAAGAAUAUGAAUAAAUGAGCAAAUUAAGUUAAUUUGGAUAGGCAGAAGUUAUUAAAAAAUAAAUUUAAGGAACUGCAGAAAGCAGGGGCUGGAAGUCAAGUUUUGAAAUGUCAAAAUGAAUGUAAAACUAGUGAAAUGUAUAAACUUGAAAAGUAUAAAGAAAUAAAUAAAAUGGAAGAAAGUCAGACAUAUUCAUAUUGAAAGCACAUCCAUUUCUCACCCCCCUUAAGCAGUGUCUAUAUUGGCACCAGGAUAUCUUUCUCUCCCAGGGCCAUCUGGAUUGCAGCAGGAGAGAAAAGAGUUAAACCAACUGCUGCAUUCUAAAACCAGAAAGAUUGCCUUGCAGAAAUUAAUUGUUCGAUUAAACCAACACAGACCCCCCAAGCGACCCAUUUGGCAUCACAUAUAAAAAGCUGUAAUCCUGUAUAUGCUAAGGUAAAGGUACCCCUGACUGUUAAGUCCAGUCGCGGACGACUCUGGGGUUACGGUGCUCAUCUCGCUUUAUUGGCCGAGGGAGCCAGCGUACAGCUUCCGGGUCAUGUGGCCAGCAUGACUAAGCCGCUUCUGGCAAAACCAGAUCACCGCAUGGAAACGCUGUUUACCUUCCCGCUGGAUCAGUACCUAUUUAUCUACUUGCACUUUGACGUGCUUUCAGACUGCUAGGUUGGCAGGAGCAGGGACCGAGCAACAGGAGCUCAACCUGUCGCGGGGAUUCAAACUGCUGACCUUCUGAUCGGCAAGCCCUAGGCUCUGUGGUUUAAACCACAGCGCCACCUGCGUCCAUCGGGGGUAAAUCUCAUGGGACUCAAUGGGAAGAGAUUUUAGAUGCCAUCCCUGCCAUCAGUGUGACCUAUGAAGCAGAUCUCUUUGGUUUUAUUUCAUUAUUUGCCUUUCGUUAGCUACACCCUUUGUGUGUGGGCAGGUUGGCACUGAGACUACUAUCAGUCCAUUUUUAGGUAAUAGAUCUAGCAGGACCAUGAAGACACGGUAUGAUGAAAGCUUACGUUCCCCUCUUUCAGUCUAAACAGAAGUUGUCUGUUUUGUUGUUACUACUCUAUGGACCUGAAGAACAGAAUUAAAGUCCAAACCAGAAACUUUCAGGCCCUGCUGUGAAAACAGCUUUUGAGGAAUGAAGUUGAGGGAAGCUGUAGGCAAGUGGUGGGAAUUGAACUUUUCACUUUGCACCAAGAAAGAGAGGUUUGCUGAGGGUGAAGGAUCUGGCCUCUGAGACUUAAAAAUAGUAGCACUUUCUGAAUGAUUACCACUUGGUGGAUUACUGCAGGCAACAUAUAUCUCCUACUUUGGAUUGGGGAAGAAAUUCAAUUCCAUUUGCAUCCCACCUAUCAAAUUUGCUCUUUCUGAAAAUUAACGAGAACUGAAACACAGAUAUCUUUCAAAGUUUUCACUCCUAUGAAUUUUGCGAUGCAGCUAUCCAACCCAACAAUGUUUGCAAAAAUGCAAAUACAGUGGUACCUCGGGUUAAGAACUUAAUUCGUUCUGGAGGUUCGUUCUUAACCUGAAACUGUUCUUAACCUGAGGUACCGCUUUAGCUAAUGGGGCCUCCCGCUGCCGCUGCACCGCGGCUGCACGAUUUCUGUUCUCAUCCUGAAGCAAAGUUCUUAACCUGAGGUACUAUUUCUGGGUUAGCGGAGUCUGUAACCUGAAGCGUCUGUAACCUGAAGCGUCUGUAACCCGAGGUACCACUGUAUCAGGAAGGUGUAAAUAAAAAUUGGCAUAUUAUUGAAAAUAACAUACAGUGGUACCUCGGGUUAAGUACUUAAUUCGUUCCUGAGGUCCGUUCUUAACCUGAAAUUGUUCUUAACCUGAAGCACCACUUUAGCUAAUGGGGCCUCCUGCUGCUGCCGCACCGCCGGAGCAUGAUUUCUGUUCUUAUCCUGAAGCAAAGUUCUUAACCUGAAGCACUAUUUCUGGGUUAGCAGAGUCUGUAACCUGAAGCGUAUGUAACCCGAGGUACCACUGUGCACACCAUGAGCUAUAACACUAGAUGCUUUGUGCUUCUGGUUUUUUUUCCUUUCCCCCUUUUAAAGGCGAUUCUUUCCAUUUUAUCUUCAGGCGGACUGAAAACAAAUAAGUAAUUAAUCACUCGCAUUUGGGGGGGAGGAACCCCCACAAUCUAGUUCUUGCCAGCAAAAUGUUUUCAGGUGGGUGAACUGUCAGGGGAGGGACGGAACUCACUGGUUGCAAAGGGCUAUUAAGAGUGUCCCCCUUUACGCUGUGUGGAGGUGUGAGGGGGAGGGGGGAGGAGAAGAAAAAGGUAUAAAAUUCCCCCAGGAGCUGCCACAGAUUGAGACUGAGAGGAAACACAGAAGGACCCACCCAGCCCAGCAUAUUCCUGUUUCCAGCUUCCAAAAGGCUCAGGGUAAAAACUUGUUGUGGUUGUGAUGAAGCGCCUGGGACCAAUUUCUCUAGUCAGUUGUCUUGCUUCGAGGAAAUUUCCUUUCAAGGCUCUUGAAAGCCUGCUGUGCACCCUGAUAUUUUCCUGGUUUGUAGGACAGGAGGGAACGACUACAGUGGUACCUCAGGUUAAGAACUUAAUUCGUUCUGGAGGUCCGUUCUUAACCUGAAACUGAUCUUAACCUGAGGUACCACUUUAGCUAAUGGGGCCUCCUGCUGCCGUGCCGCGUGAUUUCUAUUCUCAUCCUGAGGUAAAGUUCUUAACCCAAGGUACUAUUUCUGGGUUAGCGGAGUCUACAACCUGAAGCGUCUGUAACCUGAAGCGUCUGUAACCCGAGGUACCGCCGUAUAGGAUUUUCUCUCUCCUUUCUUUGCUAGCUUCUGCUGGGGAAACAGGUCCAAGUAAAAGCAGGGAGUGUUUGGCACUAGCGACGGAAAGGUCUUGAGAGGUGAUAAAAGUAUUUUCUUUUUCGAUAAUAAUUUUUAUUGCUUUUCAGUGACAACAAUCCAAUAAUAGCCUCAUUAUAACAAUGCCAAAUUAUAACACAAUUAACAAUACCAAUCACUGAGGUGCCAAAUUAUGCAAAUUAGGUUGCCCCCCGCGUGCUAGAAUUAACGGUUUGAUGGUUUUCUUUCCAAAAUCUUAUAAAUUUCAAUUACACUCCAGUCCAAAUACCAAUCCCUUAUAUCGCAACUGCAGUUUUAUCGACCUCCAUUCGUAUUGACACAUUGAAUGAUUUCUACAACUGCAGGUGAAGCAUUCAAACUCCCUCCUUCCUAUGGGUGGCAAUUAUUCUGUCUGUAAUGUUUCUUUCUUUUUUUUCUUGAAAAGUUUUUAUUGUUAAAAUAAUUUAGCAUUAAUACACACAUAUUGCGAAUAUACAAACAUACAAACAUACAUUUCAUACAAUCCUUAAAAAUGUUCAAACAUACCUACACUCAAUCCCACAGAUAAUUCCUUUUCCCUUCACCAUCCACCACCCCUCACCCCACUUUUGUGUUAGACUUCCAAUCUAUUCAAUUGCAAUUUCUUUCUACUUCUAUUACUUUCUUUCACACACUUUUAACCUAAUUUCAUGCUUCUUUUUCUAUUAUACAUUGUUAUCCAUCUUAUUUAGUAUUCCAGUAUUUAAAACGGAACUUGUUUAUUCAUAUUGAUUUUUUAAUAUGGUUUUGCAAGUAUCCUUUAAACACCUUCCAGUCCCUAUCUAUCUUCUCUUUUGAGAUCCUUCCAAUUUCUCCCAUUGUUUUGGAUAUAUUGCAGUACUCCAAUAUUCUACAAUACAAUAUUCCGUAGUGUUUCUUCCUGUCCUUGUAAGAUAUUAUCUCUAUCUUUUGCCAGCCGUUGCUGCUCUCCAUCACGCUUUGGGUGGUGCUACUUGUUGUUUCAGAAGAUCUCCUUUGCGCCGUCCCUGGUUCAUUGCUUGCAGUUGCAAAAUUCACACAGUCCCAGUAAAUUUUCUGUUUUCGCCAUCUUUCUCUCAGAUAAAAGUGUCUUGCUUGAAGGAAAUUUCCUUCCAAGGCUCUGUCACCUGCUGUGCAUUUUGAUACUUUCCUGGCUUGUGGGGCGGGAGGAGAUGACUAUAGGAUUUUCUCUCUCCUUCCUAAGCUUCUUCUGGGGAAACGGGUCCAAGGAGAAGCUGAGAGCGUUUGGCACUAGUGAUGGAAAAGUCUUGGGAGGUGAUAAAAGCAUUUUCGACCAUUGUGAACUAUCAAGUGAAGCCUGCUGAGGGUGGAGGAAAGGCUUCACAUUCAAGUCUGUGGGCUUCCAUGAAACUUCUUUUUUUAUAAAAAAGAUUUUUUUAUUAGCAUAUAAAACACAUACUUAUACAUUUACACAAUACACAUACAUACCGUAUUUUUUGCUCUAUAAGACUCACUUUUCCCCUCCUAAAAAGUAAGGGGAAAUGUGUGUGCGUCUUAUGGAGCGAAUGCAGGCUGCGCAGCUAUCCCAGAAGCCAGAACAGCAAGAGGGAUUUCACUGCGCAGCGAUCCCUCUUGCUGUUCUGGCUUCUGAGAUUCAGAAUAUUUUUUUUCUUGUUUUCCUCCUCCAAAAACUAGGUGCGUCUUGUGGUCUGGUGCGUCUUAUAGAGCAAAAAACACGGCAACACACUACCUCUUUUUCAUAACAUAAAACAUACCUACAUUACUCUAUAUAAUACCUACCUAUACUGUACAUAUCAACAUAUCAACAUACCUACACACCUACCCCACACGGACACCCACCAAGUGACUUGACUUCCAGCCGUUCUAGUUACCUUACUUUGUUUUUCCAACUAGCUUAAACGCAUUUCAUUAUUUCUUCAAUCUCUUCUUCUAUCUUUUUACUUUACUCUCCUUUCACUUUAAUCAUUUUCUGGAUUCACUCAAUAUCUGUCAGAAAUUCUACUUUUUCCCACAUAAAUUUUGAUGUAUUCCUUAAAGAUAGCCCACUCCAUAUUCACAGGCUUCCAUGAAACUUCUGGCUGGCCAGAGACAUGAACAGAAGGAUGGGCUUUGACCUGGUCCAGGAAGGCUCAGAGCUCAUCCUUUUGCACUGCGCUUUCAGAGCACAGAUCCACACUUGGAAGCUUUGUGUCCAGGAGGCAUUCCCACCCCCCACCCCCCCAGGGAAAACCUAUGUUUUACCGCUAGAUCUGAGCAAACACCAUUCUGCGGAAAACCCAGUUGCCAUUUGCUCUAAUCAAACAUGGGUUUUUCUGGAAAAAGAAAGAAAGAAAGUGUUUGGACACAGAGCUUUAAAGCCUGCAUCUGUGCCUCAAAACAUAGCACAAAAGUCAGAGUGAGCCCUUAGGUUCACUGUAUCAGAUGCAAAAGGAUAAGGUUGCCGUAAUGUUUAUGAGUCUUAGAACGGGGACCGAGAAGGAGGAUCAAUGCAUCUGCCUACCCUGCUUCACACAGUUUCCAGACCCUCCAAGUUUCCCUAUUUUCCAGGGACAGUCUCGGAUUUACAAAAGCCAUCCUGGUUUCUGAUUUGAUCCCAGAAUGUCCCGCUUUUCCUUAGGACGUCCCUAAUUUCACUGGAGAAAUGUUGGAGGGUAGCCAAGGAGAUAAGUAACUAGACUGCCUUUAGAAGACUUCUCAAGGCAAAUCUGAAGGGUUGUUUUUUAAAAAAUGCUUAAUGUUUUAUUUGGUUUUCAUAUAUGUUGGAAGCUGCCCAGAGCAGCUGGGGCAACCCAAUUAGAUGGGUAGGGUAUAAAUAAUAAAAAUAUUAUCAUUGUCAUUAUUAUUAUUAUUAUUAUUAUUAUUAUUAUUAUUAUUACAGUGGUACCUCAGGUUAAGUACUUAAUUCAUUCUGGAGGUCCGUACUUAACCUGAAACUGUUCUUAACCUGAAGCACCACUUUAGCUAAUGGGGCCUCCUGCUGCUGUCGCGCUGCCAGAACACGAUUUCUGUUCUCAUCCUGAAGCAAAGUUCUUAACCUGAGGUACUAUUUCUGGGCUAGCGGAGUCUGUAACCUGAAGCGUAUGUAACCUGAAGCAUAUGUAACCCGAGGUAACACUGUAUUAUUGAAUAGGAUGUCCCUAUUUUCAUCAGAAAAAUGUUGGAGGGUAUGAGUUCCCCAUACACUAGCUCAUAUUGAACUUACACAAUUCCAUGGACAUAGCACCGUGUGGUUAAUAAAACAAUCUAUGGCCUUUUAAACUGUUUUUUCGUGUGUACUGUUUUUGGUAAUUACAAUUUAUGUAUUUUUGUGUUUUUAUAAUGUAAACUGCCCUGUGAUCCUCAGAUGAAGGGUGGUAUAGAAUAGUAGUAGUAAUAAUAAUAAUAAUAAUAAUUUUUAUUAUGAAUAAUAGCGCACUAGCUCGUUAGCUUCAUAUACAUAUACCAUAAUAAGGCUUAGUGAUGUUGACAUCCAUUGCCUCCAUUGCCUUGGUAUCAUAGGGACUUUCCCCUCCCUUUCCCAAUACAGAUGAUCGCUCCACGGAGAUUCCGUCUCUCUUUCUUCACCUUCGCUUGCUGUCUGGCUGUGUUUCUCAGCCACAUUGGGGACACGGCACGCAUUGCUCCCGAAUUUCCCGGUGAAGAUGCUCCACUCGACCAACUGGUUCAAUAUUACAACGAGUACCAGCAAUACCACAACUCAAUCAACCGUCCCAGGUUAAGUGAAAUGCAUUUAAUUCUCAUGUAGACUGUCUCGCCAGAGUGGUGCAUGCUCUAGUUAUCUCUCGCUUGGACUACUGCAAUGAGCUCUAUGUGGGGCUACCUUUGAAGGUGACCCGGAAACUACAACUAAUCCAGAAUGCGGCAGCUAGAUUAGUGACUGGGAACGACUGCCGAGACCACAUAACACCGGUCUUGAAAGACCUACAUUGGCUCCCAGUACGUUUCCGGGCACAAUUCAAAGUGUUGGUGCUGACCUUUAAAGCCCUAAAUGGUCUCGGUCCAGUGUACCUGAAGGAGCAUCUCCACCUCCAUCGUUCUACCUGGACGCUGAGGUCCAGUGCUGAGGACCUUCUGGCAGUUCCCUCACUGCGAGAAGCCAAGUUACAGGGAACUAGGCAGAGGGCCUUCUUGGUAGUAGUACCCGCCCUGUGGAACGCCCUCCCACCAGAUGUCAAAGAGAACAACAACUACCAGACUUUUAGAAGACAUCUGAAGGCAUCCCUCUUUAGGGAAGCUUUUAAUGGUUGAUGGAUUACUGUAUUUUAAUAUUUUGUUGGAAGCCGCCCAGAGUGGCUAGGGAAGCCCAGCCAGAUGGGCAGGGUAUAAUCAUAGAUUAUUGUUAUGUAGACCCCCUUUUUACCUUGUAGAGCAUUUUGAGAAACCAGGGCUGUCUUGAGCAUAUGCGGUGCCGGGGUGGAAAGAUCCGCCCGGCACACCCACCCACCCGGUUGCCCAGAGUUGUCCACCUUUUUAAAGAGAGAGUUGACACCAUGCUUAUCUCUGCUCUAGAAAAGAAAACAGGAAACAUAAGCAGCCCAGCACAACAAACCAGCCCGAGGCAUCGGAGACUGAGCGAAGCAGCAUGGUAUAAGCAGCAUGCGCUGGGCAGGCCUCUCCACAGCCCUACGCCAAUCCCAGGCAUGCAGGAGGGUGGAGCCAGCAGGCCACCUCAGUGCCUCGCUAGCUUGCCCACCCCUGAACUCAUGGCGCAAAGCCAGCCACAGCAGAAGCGCCCACCGCAGCGCUCCAACUGACGGGCGGGCUCUUCCCGGGACUCCAACUCUCGGGCCCUGGACUCUUGGCACUGGGUGCCUCGCACCCCUAGCACCUAUGGUUAAGAUGGCCCUGUGAGAAAUGCUCCACAGGACUCACUAGUUCUCAUUAAAAGCCAGAAUGCAGAGAGAGAGAGUUUGUGGUACUGCAUAGGAAUGAAUUGUUGUUUGUGAUGGUAAAGACAGUUUGACAAACCAGCUUUUCAUCUUUACCCAGAUUUGGUAAGCGAUCCAGCAGCCAGGCACUCUGCGGAGAUCCAAGCACCAGAUGGGACUGUUCAAACUGACAAGUAAGUUUUAUUUUUGGAACCGGUGCAAAUUUCUCAGACGCAUAUCCCAAGGUACUUUCCAUCCAUACGCACAUUUCUGCAAGCAGUUUUCCCCAAAUAUAAUGCACUUUUCUGGGUUAUUUCUGCUAAUAUGUCUGCACACGUUUUGCUAAUGCACACAUUUUUGCACUCAUAAUUUUGGUUGGGGAACUGCAUUGCAAAAAAUAAAUAAAAUAAAAAUAAAAACAACCUCCCCAGAGAUGUGUGAAUGUCAAUCGAUAGUUGUGUUUCAGGCUGCUUAUUGGUUUGAGAACUAGGUGGUUUCUCAUUAGAAUGCAAACAAAGUUGAAUUUCUCCCCAAGAAAUAUGGCACGCUGGAAGGUGGUGUCAUUGGUUUUUGCCUUCCGUGUGUUCGAGGAUAUCCUUUUCCUGGAGUACUUUUGUCCCCAAUGUAGGGUUGUCAUAUUUCAAGAGGUAAGAGUCCAGACAGAAAAAGUUGUUGAGCCGUCAGCUGCUACCCAUGCUGGAGCCAAAGCCCUGGCCAAUUGGGCCAAAGCCCAAGCCUGAACCUGAACCGCAGGUGCAGAAAAUAAUAUUAAACAAAACAAAAAAUCCCAAACCCAGACAAUUGCUAUAAAUUGUAAAACACCAUCCCCCCAAGGAUGGUCAUGUAGGCCCCCCCCCCAAGGGAUAAGUCUGGGAUUUCCUGGAUGUAUGGCAACCCUACCUAGAUGUCUGUCAGUACCAGGCCCUGACUGUUGGGACAAGCAUUGUAGCUUGCAAUGCAGGAGGUCGAUCAGGGGUAUAUUGCAGUGUGUAUUGAGCUGACUGGGCCUGUGACAGAUGAAGGCCCAGAUGACCUUUCUGGGUGGACAGGGGCUAUAACACGAUUGGAUUCACAGGUGUAGCCUCAAGGUGUUAGGAUGCUGUUGGCGGCUCCUGGAUGGAUGCCCAGGAAAGUACAGUGGUACCUCGGGUUAAGUACUUAAUUCGUUCCAGAGGUCUGUACUUAACCUGAAACUGUUCUUAACCUGAGGUACCACUUUAGCUAAUGGGGCCUCCUGCUGCUGCCGCGCCGCAGGAGCACAAUUUCUGUUCUCAUCCUGAAGCAAAGUUCUUAACCUGAGAUACUAUUUCUGGGUUAGCGGAGUCUGUAACCUGAAGCGUCUGUAACCCGAGGUACCACUGUGUAUGUGUGUGCGUGUAUAUAUAUAUAUAUUUCCAGAGCAGAUUAUCACUACAGUGGUACCUCAGGUUAAGUACUUAAUUCAUUCUGAAGGUCCUUACUUAACCUGAAACUGUUCUUAAUCUGAAGCACCACUUUAGCUAAUGGGGCCUCCCGCUGCGCCACUGUGCAAUUUCUGUUCUCAUCCUGAAGCAAAGUUCUUAACCUGAAGCACUAUUUCUGGGUUAGCGGAGUCUGUAACCUGAAGCGUCUGUAACCCGAGGUACCACUGUAUAAAGACAAGGAAAAGUUUCUUGCUGUCCUUUUUUAUUUCAGAUUUUACAGAGAGAGUCUAUAGAACCAAGCCUCUUGGAUAACGGCUUGGUCCCGAGUGAAUUCGCCAUACCCAGUCUCUCCCACUUCCUCAUUCGUCAUUCUCAUCAUCUCCUCUACUGUCAGGGACCAUGGUGAGGAGGAAGAAUGGUGGGAACCUCCCCCUCCUCCUGCUCCUGCUCCUGAAUCUUCCCAGGAGAAGGAGGACAGUAUAGAUUUGGAACUGUGGUUUGCAGGGGGACAUAGUUCAGAAGGCAGAAGCUGGGAAAUACUGAAUGGGGAACAGCUAGGAAAAGAAACAUUGGGAGAGAGAGGGUUAACAGAUUCACAGUCUCUGGACAGCAUUCCUCCAGUCAGCCCAAGGUCAAGAAGAGCUCAGAAAGGGGCAGAACAGAAAGCACAUAGGAUACAUGCUCAGAUUACAAGACGUAAGAGUGACGUAGAUUAAUAGGGAAGGAGGGGGCGUAAGCCUUAAUUGGGAGCACCGCCAUUCUUGGUAGACGCAUCCUUUUGUCCUUCACUGUUUAUUAAAGAAACUAACAGGUAAGAAUUCCCUUACAUUUGAUUUGCUCAUUUAUGGCCAUGAGGCAGGAAGCCGAUUUCCUGAAGCCUGACAUCUAUGGGUGCUGAAAUGUGCCCUCUGUCUUUGAGCUCUUUGCUCUCCUACUUUCAAGGCUUGCCGGGUUCUGGGAGAUGGAGGGGUAGGAAUGCUUUCUAAGGACAAUGUGUCAGCCGGGUGUUGUUCCGGCUCUCCCAUGAUUUCCCAGCUUUCCCCCUCAUCUGCCUCUGAGCUGCGACCUCCCUCAAACCCCAGUUGAAAAUCUAUACUGUCUUCCUCUUCCACCUUCCUGGAAGGGGAGGCAGUCUCCACCAUUUCUCCUCCUCUCCCCAGCCCCAGACAUAAGGAGAGAUGAGGAAUCUCCCACUCACAGCUUCUAUUGCAUUCUUCCAUUGCUUCUUUCAGGAACAUGUCCACAAGGAGGACGUCUGCAAGCCUUCCAGACUGAACCCUGAUUGCUCCAUGAUCCUCUUCACCUGACUUUUUCUUCAUAUGAUGGCCGCCAGCUUCCAAGCAAGACAUUCCUUACUGGGCAUUCUCCUUCCUCUCCUCUUCAACUAACUGUUGAAUUUAAUCAUUAUAAUAAAGCAAGAUUCUCGUUGCAAUCUGGUCGCCUUUGAAUGUAAAACCACUGAAAUCAAAUGCAGACACAUCUCGCAGUAUCUGCUGUUGAAUUGCUUUGGUGGUAUUUUAAACCCAGCUUUGCAGGAGGUAUCAGUGGUCCUGGGUCUGAUGUACAUUCACGCCAUACAUUUACAGCACAAUGAAUGCACGUUCAGUGGCUGCUGGUGGUUGGAGGAUGGAUGGCGGCUAACAGAUUGUGGCUGAAUCCAGACAAGACAGAAGUACUGUUUUGGGGGGACGGGGGGCAGGUGUGGGGGACUCCCUGGUCCUGAAUGGGGUAACUGUGCCCCUGAAAGACCAGGUGCGCAGCCUGGGAGUCAUUUUGUACUCACAGCUGUCCAGGGAGAUGCAGGUCAAUUCUGUGUCAAGGGCAGCUGUCUACCAGCUCCAUCUGGUAUGCAGGCUGAGACCCUACCUGCCCGUGGACUGUCUUGCCAGAGUGGUACAUGCUCUGGUUAUCUCCCGCUUGGACUACUGCAACGCGCUCUACGUGGAGCUACCUUUGAAGGUGACCCGGAAACUACAAUUAAUCCACAAUGCGGCAGCUAGACGGGAGACUAGGAGUGGCCCUCAAGACCAUAUAAUACCAGUCCUGAAAGACCUAUAUUGGGUCCCAGUACGUUUCAGAGCACAAUUCAAAGUGUUGGUGCUGACCUUUAAAGCCCUAAACGGCCUCGGCUCAGUAUACCUGAAGGAGCAUCUCCACCCCCAUUGUUCAGCCCAAACACUGAGGUCCAGCGCCAAGGGCCUUCUGGCUGUUCCCUCCCUGCAAGAAGUGAGGUUACAGGGAACCAGGCAGAGGGCCUUCUCAGUAGUUGUUCCUACCCUGUGGAACACCCUCCUAUCAGUUGUCAAGGAAAUUAAAAACUAUCUGACUUUUAGAAGACAUCUGAAGGCAGCCCUAUUUAGGGAAGUUUUUAAUGUUUGAUGUUUUUUCAUGUUUUUAAUAUUCUGUUGGGAGCCACCCAGAGUGGCUGGGGAAACACAGACAGAAGCGCGGGGUGUAAAUAAAUCAUCAUCAUCAUCAUCAUAAAUGAAUCAUUGGAACUGAAACUUAGCCAUCACAGAUCCACAAUUCACAGCACCAAUUUAAAUUUUUUUAGUUGUCGUCCCCAUUAGAUUCACAAAAUGUUUAGGGGUAUGUGUACCCCUGCAUCCCCCCGGAAAAAAAGCACUGACCUUAACAAACUACAGUCGACACACUUUGAACCAUUCCUGGAGCUUGUUCUGUGAACCACCCUGAGACCUCCUGGUAUAGUGCGGUAUAUUAAUAAUAAUAAUAAUAAUAAUAAUAAUAACAAUACAUUUUAUUUUAUUUUAUUUUAUUUUAUUUUAUUUUAUUUUAUUUUAUUUUAUUAUUUUAUUUUAUUUUAUUGCAUUGCAUUGACUUGACUUGACUUGACUUGCCUUGCAUUGCAUUGCAUUAUCAGUUGGAUAGCUGGUUGUAGGUUCGAUCCCUGUAAGGUACAGCCACAUAUCCCUACAUUGCAGAAGGUUGCGGCUUGAGCAUAUAGGAUAAGCUCUAGAUCUCAACAAAUGUCAUAAAAUAGGGAUGAUACCAUGCUAGAUACCAUGUUACCAUGCUUAAACCGAAUCAUGAAUGGCCCUGAAACCAUAUUACAUGAUUCCUGGGAUUCUUCUAUGUGUCUGCGGUUUAGCUUGGAAAAGGGUUACAUAUGUGCAGACAUUACCUUGCCAACAAAGGUCCGUAUAGUUAAAAUCAUGGUUUUCAGAAGUUGAACUGGAAAUGCGGCUUCUGUUUUGAGCUUUCCGUAUUGAGGCUUCCAUUUUGAGGCUUCCGCUUUCAGUUUUCAAACGUUUUGGAACUCGAACGGACUUCCAGAAACCAAGGUACCACUGUACUUUUUUUUUUAUUUGCAAAAGAUGGUAAGACAUCUUUUCCAGACAAGAGCAAGAGCAUCGCGUGAUACUGAGGACAAUCCUAGGACGACGGUAGGAGUUUUCCCUUUUUGUUUUCCAAUGUAUUUCUUAUCAAUAAUAAUAAUAAUAAAAAUUCGGUGUGGAGCGAGCAAUUUUUCAUUCUGAUAGUGUGGCCCAGAGGAAAAAGGUUUGAGAACCACCGAUCUAUAUGCUAACUCUAAGCCUCUAAGUUCUGUUCGAGAUAUAACCGCAUAAAUGCACACGUUCAUCGGCAAGAUGGUGCUACUUAUUUGAUAAGGGAAAGUGUUGUUGUAUAUAAUCGGAGCUCGACAAGGAACAUCUGGAGUUGCUCCAAUGAUGCAUCAUCACUGGGGUAUUUCGGAGGCACUGUUUUGUCGUCAUUAGCAUAGCUGAGGAACAUGGCCGCACAGCAGGUGAGGGCAAAGAGAGAUACCCAGCUGUUCCGCGGAAAGACCGUCUGUUGCAGGGAGGAGAUAAAGAAAAUACAGGGCACUCUCAUGAUUCUGGGCAGGUGGAAAACUGGCAGCGAAAUAAUAAUAAUAAUAAUAAUAGUAGUAACAAUAGUAAUAGUAAUAAUGAUAAUAAUAAUAAUAUAUUUAUACCCCGCCCAUCUGGCUGAGUUUCCCCAGUCACUCUGGGCGGCUCCCAACAGAAUAUUAAAAACACGAUAAAACAUCAGCCAUUAAAAACGUCCCUAAACAAGGCUGCCUUCAGAUGACUCCUAAAAGCCAGGUAGUUGUUUAUUUCCCUGAUAUCUGAUGGGAGGAUGUUCGACAGGGUGGGCGCCACCACUGAGAAGGACCUCUGCCUGGUUCCCUGUAACUUGGCUUCUCACAGUGAGGGAACUGCCAGAAGGCCCUCGGAGGUGGACCCCAGCGUCCGGGCAGAACAAUGGGGGUGGAGACGCUCCUUCAGGUAUACUGGGCUGAGGCCGCUUAUGGCUUUAAAGGUCAGCAGCAACACUUUGAAUUGUGCUCGGAAACGUACUGGGAGCCAAUUUAGGUCUUUCAGGACCGGUGUUAUGUGGUCUCAGGGGCCACCCCCAGUCACCAGUCUAGCUGCCGCAUUCUGGAUUAAUUGUAGUUUCCAGGUCACCUUCAAAGGUAGCCCAACGUAGAGCGCAUUGCAGUAGUUUAAGCGGGAGAUAACCAGAGCAUGCACCACUCUGGCGAGACAGUCUGCGGGCAGGUAGGGUUUCAGCCUGCAUACCAGUUGGAGCUUGUAGACAGCUGCCCAGGACACAGAAUUGACCUGUGCAUCCAUGGACAGCUGUGAGUCUAAAAUGGCUUCCAGGUUACGCACCUGGUCCUUCAGGGGCACAGUUAUCCCAUUCUUCAAUCCCGUAUGCUGAUAGCAAAUCCAAGGUUGCAUCCACACCAAACAUCUAAAGCACCACUUUAACAGUCACAGAGAACCCUGAGAAGUGUGGUUUGUUAAGAGUGCUGGAAACUGUAGCUCUUCUUAACAAUCCAGAGUUCCCAUGACUCUUUGGGAGAUGUUAUGAAUGUUAAAGUGGUGUCAGGGUGUGGAUGUGACCCCUACGUGGCUAAAAUGGGACCUUCCACAUGAGAGGGAAGUAUCAGCAGAAACAUACACAAACACAUUAAGUGGGGGGGACGGGACCCUAAGAAGUGAGCCUCAGAAAUAGCCCAGUGUAGACUGUACCAGUCACUGUAAGUCACCACAGAAAGCUGGUUGAAGCAGAAAAUUGGACUUGGGCAGAGGAAGGGAAUGGAGUAUCAUGAGGAAGGGCAUGCAAGGCAGAGGAAUGGAAUGGAGUAUCCUGCGAAAGGGUAUCCAAGGUAGAGGAACGGAACAGAGUAUCCUGCAGAAGGGUAUUCAAGGCAGAGGAAUGGAAUGGAGUAUCCUGCGAAAGGGCAUGCAAGGCAGAGGAAUGGAACGGAGUAUCCUGCGAAAGAGCAUGCAAGGCAGAGGAAUGGAACAGAGUAUUCUGCACAAUUCCCUCUUGCUGUUGUUUUCCCCUGCGGCAGAUGAAACGAGGAAGCUGGAUCGGCCUCUUGGCCAUCGCCUGCUGCGUGGCUUUCCUCCUGGGCCGCCUUGAGAGCGCCGGAACCACCCCAAUUCCCCGGCUAUGAUGUUUCGUUAGAAGUCCUAGAAGACUAUGAAGAGCAACUUGAAGGAUUUAUUGAGCAAGAGAGAAGGUAAAAAGCGUUGUCUCCUAUCCUGUUUAUCUACAUGAAACCACUGUUAGUGGGGUCAUCCAUAGUUUUGGAGUAUGUAAGGAAUAUACUGGAACGCGGGUGGCACUGUGGUCUAAAUCACUGAGCCUCUUGGGCUUGCCAAUCAGAAGGUCGGGGGUUCGAAUCCCCACAAUGGGGUGAGCUCCCGUUGCUCUGUUCUAGCUCCUGCCAACCUAGCAGUUCGAAAGCACACCAGUGCAAGUAGAUAAAUAGGUACCACUCCGGUGGGAAGGUAAACAAUGUUUCAUUGCGUUCUGGCUUUUGUCACAGUGUCACAUUGUGGAGAAGCGGUUUAGUCAUGCUGGCCAAGGUAAAUGGCGUUUCCGUGCACUGCUCUGGUUCGCCAGAAGUGGCAUAGUCAUGCUGGCCACAUGACCCUUUACCCUUUACCUUUAAUGAAUAUACUGAUGACAUGCAGCUCUGCUUCUCCUUUACAUUGGCAGGAGGGGCAGUGGAUGUGCUGGGCUGGAUGAGAGCCAACAAACUGAAGCUCAAUCCAGACACUGGAUUGAGGCACUGUUAGUGGCUGUUUCUCUAGAACAGAUGGAUGGGAGGUGGCCUGCUCUCUCUCUCUCUUUGAAAUUGUUUUUAUUUGACUUUACAAAUAUAAAUUUAUAACAACACCAAAUACAUAUCCGUACAGUGGUAUCUUGGUUUACGGCAUGGGUAGGCAAACUGAGGCUUCGGGGGGGGGGGGGGCAAGAUCCGGCACAAUCGCCUUCUAAAUCCGGCCUGCGGACAGUCCGGGAAUCAGCGUCAAAAGUUAUUUUAAACAUUCUUUUCAGUUCAUUAUAUAUCAUUUCCCAGAAAGCUUUUAUUACCUUACAUGACCACCACAUAUGAUAAAAGGUACCUUCUUUUUCUUCACAUUUCCAGCAGAUAUUUGCACUUGUUUUAUACAUUUUUGCUAACUACAUGAGUAGAAUGUGCCCUUUUAUUUAAAAUGCAUCUCUGGGUUAUUUGUGGGGGAUGGGAAUUCAUUCAUUUCCCCCCUCCAAAAUAUAGUUCCGUCCCCCCCGCAAGGUCUGAGGGACAGUGGACCGGCCCCCUGCUGAAAAAGUUUGCUGACCCCUGGUUUAUGAACUUAAUCCAUUCCCGAAGUCCAUUCUUAAACCAAAGCGUUCUCAAACCAAGGCAUGCUUUCCCAUAGCAGUGGGGGACUCAAUUUACAAAUGGAACAUACUCAACAUGUUCUGCUUCCAAGGCAAAGUUCACAAACCAAAACACCUACUUCUGGGUUUGCAGCGUUGUUUCCAAGUUGUUCAUAAACUAAGCUGCUCUUAAACCAAGGUACCACUGUUUAAAGAGAUUUCUCUGAAUCUUGAGACUUCCCCCAUCCCCUCCAUGGGUCCUUUUGUCAGACUUUGAUUUUGAAUUGAUUUUAGAAUGUAUUUUAAUUAAUUGACUGUGAUUUUAUGUAAAUUGUGCUAUUUUUACUGUUGUUAACCACUCUGAGUCCAGCUUUGGCUGGGGUGGGCGGGAUAUAAAUAUUAUUAUUAUUAUUAUUAUUAUUAUUAUUAUUAUUAUUAUUAUGCCUGCACUCCACAAACACAAUUUUCUUUCUCCACACUGAGGUGUCAGAAACACACACCUGCUGAGGACGACCAGUAAUACAAGACCCAAAGGGCCGUUCUCUGUGCAUGCAACAGCCUAAGCGAGAACUGAUUCGCUUUACUUCUAUCCCCAAGGGCAUGGGCAAAAGAUGGAAGGCUAUAUGUUGGACUGACCAGUGCCUAGACUGACUGAUGAACAGCACUGGUAAGUUGGAUUCUAGGAGCUGGGCUGGUGUGGGAAGCAGAGAAGUGGCGCCCGCCCAGUGGAACGCCCUCCCAUCAGUUGUCAAAGAGAUAAACAACUACCUGACAUUUAGAAGAUAUCUGAAGGCAGCCCUGUUCUGGGAAGUUUUUCAUGUGUUACAUUUGAAUGUAUCUUUAAACUUUGUUGGAAGCAGACCAGAGUGGCUGGGGAAACCCAGCCAGAUGGGCAGGGUACAAAUAAAUUUUUAUUAUUAUUAUUAUUAUUAUUAUUAUUAUUAUUAUUAUUAUUUUCACUUAUAUUAUUAUAUUUUCGCUUACAAAAUGAGAUGAGCCAUUUGUGAACAUCAUGCGCUCAGCUCCAGGAACAUCUUACCUCUCGCUUGGCAUGUGUCGAGGCAGUUUUCGUGAGUGGCCAAUGGUGAGCGAGUGGCACUCUGCAGAUGCUCAGAGGCAUCUGGUUCUGGUUGACUAGCAUCAACACUGCCCUGGAAGCCAUGCUCUAGUGGGCAUGAUUCCCAGGGUCCCUUCCAACUCGACAAUUCUAUGGUUCUAGGCCAGUGGUGGUGAACCUAUGGCACACAUGCCAGAGAGGGCACUCAGAGUCCUCUCUGUGGGCACGUGCAACAUCACCCCAAUAGGACCAUAGCUUCUGUGCUGGGGGUGGGGGAGGAGUGCGGAGGAGAGGAGGGCUGGCAUUAGGGUUCGGGUCAGGAUUAGAAUUAGGGUUAGGGUCAGUGUUGUUUUAUGUUUUCUUGUGAUUUUGAGUCAUUUGCGGUUGGUUUGCUUUUUCCAAUUUCUUGUGCUGCUGCUUUUUCACAAGUUGCAAGUUUGUGAGCUUUGUGGUUUUCUGGAAAGUCUCAGUUUUUAUUUUAAAUGCAGCCCUGGUGCUGAGGGAGAGAAGGCUGGACCGGGGCAGCAAGCAAUCAGGCAGGGGAUGUUGCUGCUGCCCCCCAUCACUGUUCUAGGCGAAUGCGGGUGACACUGUGGGUUAAACCACAGAGCCUAGGACUUGCCGAUCAGAAGGUCGGCAGUUAGAAUCCCCGCGACGGGGUGAGCUCCCGUUGCUCAGUCCCUGCUCCUGCCAACCUAGCAGUUCGAAAGCAUGUCAAAGUGCAAGUAGAUCAAUAGGUACCGCUCCGGUGGGAAGGUAAAUGGUGUUCCCGUGCGCUGCUCUGGUUCGCCAGAAGCGGCUUAGUCAUGCUGGCCACAUGACCCGGAAGCUGUACGCCGGCUCCCUCGGCCAAUAAAGUGAGAUGAGCACCGCAACCCCAGAGUCAGUCACGACUGGACCUAAUGGUCAGGGGUCCCUUUACCUUUACCUUGUCUCAUUCUUUUCAGUUCCAUUUCCCACAAAUGCCCACUAGAUGGAGCUAAAUUAUUAUUAUUUUUUAACCUUUGCUGUGUAGCGCAGAAUGUUCUUCAUCUGCAGCUCCCACUGACCACCAAUUUUUAAAAAUUCAUUGCUUGGCUUUUUAAAAAAAUCUUUUGAUAUUGCUUUUGAUAUUAAUUUUUUGGAGGUGGUGGUAGAGGCUGGCAGGUCAUCUUGGAAAUGUUUUUACAUGGAGUGGGGGUGGCGGCGGCGGCGGACUCAAUAUAUAUAUUUGUUGGGAAAUAUUGGAUUGUUUUAUUUUUUUCUCCAGGUCUGUGCCAAGAAAAGUUGGACUACAUUACUGCCAUAGUGGACAUGUUGGAAAAGUGGUCUCUUUUCGAUUUUGUCCAGUUUCCUUUUCCACAGAUGCGAACCGGUGUUGCCCACAGAAGCCCUUUCUGUCUUCCUUACUUAAUUAUGGCUCAAUCAGAUAAUUAGAAUUUAAAUGAAGUGAAAACUGCAUUGUGUCACUUCUUUUAUUUCCCCCCCUUUCCAGAUUGUUAGAUCUGAAAUCAUAUCCAAUGGGGCUUAUUUUCCAUAACGGGAAUAAGAAAACCCUGACCUACUAGAUAAUGUCAGCCAUGUGUUCGACAGCUGCAAAAAUACACAAAUUCCAUGCUAGAAAUCAUUAGGAAAAGUAUAGAAAACACUUAUCAAAAUGAGGAUAAGGCUGUUUUAGGCUUUGGACUUGAUGGUGGUGGGCAUGCUAUCCUGGAUUACUCUGUUUCUUUCAAAAUGUGGCAAGAUGAUGAUAAUAAUAAUAAUAAUAUCAUUUAUACCCCGCCCAUCUGGCCGGGUUUCCCCAGCCACUCUGGGCAGCUCCUAACAGAAUAUUAAAAACACAAUUAAACAUCAAACAUUCAAAACUUUCCGAAACAGGGCUGCCUUCAGAUGUCUUCUAAAAGUCAGAUUGCACCCUCCUCAUUGAGAUAAGUGGGGUCCUGUCCUUUUGCCCGACAAUUGUGGCUUAGGGUGGCUAUUUUACACCCCUCACACAAACACCAAUGACAAACGAGGAUGCAGGUAUGCAUUGUUGUUGUUGUUGUUUAGUCGUUUAGUCAUGUCCGACUCUUCGUGACCCCAUGGACCAGAGCACUCCAGGCACUCCUGUCUUCCACUGCCUCCCGCAGUUUGGUCAAACUCAUGCUGGUAGCUUCGAGAACACUAUCCAACCAUCUCGUCCUCCGUCGUCCCCUUCUCCUUGUGCCCUCCAUCUUUCCCAUCAUCAGGGUCUUUUCCAGGGUGUCUUCUCUUCUCACGAGGUGGCCAAAGUACUGGAGCCUCAGCUUCAAGAUCUGUCCUUCCAGUGAGCACUCAGGGCUGAUUUCGUCCAGAAUGGAUAGGUUUGAUCUUCUUGCAGUCCAUGGGACUCUCAAGAGUCUCCUCCAGCACCAUAAUUCAAAAGCAUCAAUUCUUCGGUGAUCAGCCUUCUUUAUGGUCCAGCUCUCACUUCCAUACAUCACUACUGGGAAAACCAUAGCUUUAACUAUACGGACCUUCGUUGGCAAGGUGAUGUCUCUGCUUUAACCCAAACCCUGCUUUUGCACAAAUAAAGGCUAGUGGGACCCAGAGAAAUCACGUUUGCCGGGAGCGUCGCCCUUUUAAGGAGGCGCUGCCCCCUAGAGGCCGCUCCGAGGAGCGACGCGAGCCAGUCCGGAGCCUCGCCUCGCCAGAUCCAGAGCCGCGGGAAUUCGCAGCGGCUUCGGAGCGCAGCGAUUCCAUCCAUCCAUCCAUCCAUACCAUCGCAUCCCAGCUUCGCUCGCUCGCUCCUCCGGCGUCUCCGUCGCCUGUGCACCGAAGCAGGUGAGCGGCGGCCGCGUUCCUUUCCCUCUUUGCCUCCCCUAUUCAUUCACGCCGUUUCCCCUUCCUACACGCCAUGGAGCGUGUUUAAUCAGAGCGCGCCUAACAACGUGGGAGUUUCCCCCCUGCCGGGUCUUUGAUCUUCCUCCCCUCUUCUCCGUUCUACCCCCGCCCCCGCCUCCUCUAAACACACAACGCCAUCAAUCCCAGGCUUGCACUCCGCGACCCCCACCACCCCAAUUCGGAUUUUAACACCCCCCUCUUCUUGUGUGAAAUAGAGACCUUCGUCUUUGAUGGCGAAGACGCGCCUCUUCAUUUUCAAGCUCUCGCCGACCACCCCACCCCCUAAUUCUUGCCGCUAGGUCGCAGGGGCGCCUUUCACACAGCUUCCCCCCCCCCCAAACCCCUUUAUGAUCUGAAUAUUUGCAGUGGGUCCCUUUCCUCUUCAUUGCAUCCUCCUCCCCGCCCCCUACCCUUGCCUUACUCCUUGCUUUUGAUGAUGGCUGCUUCGCGCGUGGAAAUCCGGCGUUGCAAUUCAUUCCCCAGCCCGCAACAGGAGGAGGGUGAUGCCCUGGGUGCUACUGUCGGCUUUUAAUCCGGUUUCUCUUUAAUUAUUUUUAUUUUAACUAUUUAACUAUUUAAUUUAAUUAAUUUUUAUUUUAAUUAUUUAAUUAUUUUUAUUUUUAAUUAAAUUUGUAUACUGCCCUAUACCCCCCACCCCACCCCACGGGUCACAUUGAUUGAUGGAUUGCGUUUGAUCCCAUCCUUUUUCUCUCCACGGAGCUCAAAGGGGGCAGACAUGGUUCUUCUGUCUCCCCUCAUUUAAGCCCCACAACAACCAUGCGAGGGAGGCUGCCAGUGAGCGAGCUUCACGGCCGAGUGGGGAUUUGAAACCUGGCCUCCUAGUCCAACGCUCUUAACCCAUUUUAAUGUAUUUUUAAUCUUUGUUGGAAGCCGCCCAGAGUGGCUGGGGAAACCCAGCCAGAAGGGCGGGGUGCAAAUAAUAAAUUACUAUUACUGUGCCACGCUGGCUCCUAGUGCCAUAGACCUGCCCUUACCCCAGAAGUAAGUCCCACAUGGUUUACUCCCAAGCAAGCUGGUAGAGCAUUGCAGCCUUCGUUUUUCGGUUUCCUUCUCCUAUCCUCCAAUCACGUUUUUUAUUUUGAUUGCUUUUGGGUGAGGCUUGCAAAGUGGGGUCCCUCUUCUCAUUCUGUUCUGGCAGAGAGGAAGGGGAUAACUGUCACAGACAUUGUACAGUGGUACCUCGGGUUAAGUGUUUAAUUUGUCUCGGAGGUCCGUACUUAACCUGAAACUGUUCUUAACCUGAAGCACCACUUUAGCUAAUGGGGCCUCCUCCUGCUGCCGCGCCGCCGGAGCACGAUUUCUGUUCUCAUCCUGAAGCAAAGUUCCUAACCUGAAGCACUAUUUCUGGGUUAGCGGAGUCUGUAACCUGAAGCGUAUGUAACUUGAAGCGUAUGUAACCUGAGGUACCACUGUAGAGUUAAAAGGGACCACAAGGGUCAUCUGAGGGAUGCGGGUGACGCUGUGGGUUAAACCACAGAGCCCAGGACUUGCCGAUCAGAAGGUCAGCGGUUCGAAUCCCCGCGACGGGGUGAGCUCCCUUUGCUCGGUCCCUUCUCCUGCCAACCUAGCAGUUCAAAAGCAUGUCAAAGUGCAAGUAGAUAAAUAGGUACCGCUCCGGCGGGAAGGUAAACGGCGUUUCCGUGCGCUGCUCUGGUUCGCCAGAAGCGGCUUAGUCAUGCUGGCCACAUGACCUGGAAGCUGUACACCGGCUCCCUCAGCCAAUAAAGCGAGAUGAGCGCCGCAACCCCAGAGUCGGCCACGACUGGACCUAAUGGUCAGGGGUCCCUUUACCUUUACAAGGGUCAUCUAGUCCAGCCCCCUGCAAUGCAGGACUACUUUUGCCCUAUGUGGGACUUGAACCCACAACCCUGAGAUGAAGAGUCUCAUGCUUUACCAGCCGAGCUAUCCCAGGGUAUAUACAUCACCACAGCCUGUUGGUUUAGAGUUGUACACCCUGGAAUAUCAAAGGACCUGAAAUGCUAUACAACCCUAAACCAGGCGGGGCAAUAAAUUUUAUAUAUAUAUAUAUAUAUAUAUAUAUAUAUAUAUAUAUUAAUUAAAAGCCCUACCCUGUAUUGGGGGAUGUGGAAGGUUAAAGGUCAACCAUUUUAGGAAAGGGAGUAGCACUUGAGAGCCAUAAUGCCUAAGAGUGCUCCUUUUUAUCCCCUCCCCAUUAAUGUUAUUGUCAUCGUAACAGUUACAAUAAAGAAACAUGUCAUCUGUCAUCUUUAGCUGAGAUUCCUGCAUUGUAGGGGGUUGGGCUAGAUGACCUCUGAGGUCCCUUCCAUCUUUAUAAUUCUAUGUCCAAUGUGACAUUCUGGUGAGUGUUUCAGCUCAGAAACUGUUCUAUAGAAUACAGUUCCGCCGAGUUCAGUUGUGCUCCUUUUAAUUUUUAAUCCCAUCCUUAUCCAAGGAAAUUAUUAUUAUUAUUAUUAUUAUUACUCGUUUCAUUUCUAUACCAUCAUGUAUUUUAAAGAAAAAAGGGUGAUGUAUUCAGUUCUCUCCUCCUUGGUUUAUCCUUGCAACUACCCUGGGAGGUAGGUUAGGCAGAGAGAAAGGCAGGGACAGAGAGGCAGAAAGAGAUACUGGCCCAAUGUCUCCUAGUGAACUUAAAUGACUGAAUGAGGAUUUGAACCCAGGUCUUGCCAGUCCUAGGGCAGAUUCACACUAUGCAUCAGGAUAAUCAUAAAACACAACAGGAAUACAAUGAAUUGCAACUGGGUAUAACAGAGACAAUACAGAUAUAGCGGCAGUUAAAAAUAUAUAUUAAACCCUGAUCACUAAAAUAUAACCUAAAAUUGUCAUUUAAAACCUUAAUCAUUUUGGUAGUACAGCUUGUUCCCUAAGUUUUGUGGCACCAUGCAUCUAAAGCCCAUGAACAACUCUCCACCCCCCAAAAGUUUUUAGGAACGGGGCGGGGGUUGGGACUUUGGUAAUACAGCACCCUGGGAAAGGACGCAAGUUGGUGCCCUCCCCUCUCUCACCUUCCAUUCUGCGCAUGCUCUCAGUGUCCUGUGCGGGGAAACUGAAUCCAGCGCUGCUGGGAACUACAGUUCCCUGAAUUCUUGUAGGGUAGCCAUCCGCUUUAAACGUGUGUUGGAUGUGGUUUAAGUGCAAGGUGUAAAUCGGCCUCUAGUCUGUCACCCGAAACACUCUGCUGCCCUGGUUCUUGCUGGUGAGGGUGCCAUCAUAUCGGUAUCAUACUUACUAUCUGAGUCUGAACAGGCACCUGUUGUCCACUAGAUGCCCUUAUUCUCAAACUCCAGGGGUCAGCAAACUUUUUUCAGCAGGGGGCCGGUCCACUGUCCCUCAGACCUUGUGGGGGGCCGGACUAUAUUUUGAAAAAAUAAAAUAAAAAUGAAUGAAUUCCUAUGCCCCACAAAUAACCCAGAGAUGCAUUUUAAAUAAAAGGACACAUUCUACUCAUGUAAAAACACCAGGCAGGCCUCACAAAUAACCCAGAGAUGCAUUUUAAAUAAAAGGGCACAUUCUACUCAUGUAAAAACACGCUGAUUCCCGGACCGUCCGCGGGCUGGAUUUAGAAAGCGAUUGGCCUGGAUCCAGCCACCGGAUUUGCCUACCCAUGGGUUUGCCUACCCAUGUCCAACUCCCAUCUGCCCCAGGGAGCAUGCCCAGUGGUCAGGAAUGAUUGAAAACAAUAGUCUGCAGACAUAUGUAUGAGAUUAGCACACCUUCGCCAGGUAGAUGCAGGAGAGGCAAAGAGGGAACUGGGUUGGUGCGACUUUGUAGCAAGAGAGGGGAACCUGUGGCCCAUCAGUGCUCUCUAGGUGACCCUCCGAUCUCCCCCCCCCUUAGGUUACACCCCUCACUGGUCCUAAUUUGCACGCCCAGAUAUUUUUGCCUAGUUAGAAUGAAAGAGGCGCAUGCGACUGUGUGUAGAAAUGAGCCCACUUACAUGGGUAAAAAUUGCAAUUAUUACUCCACCCACUUUUGGCCCUGGCCCCGCCCACCACUGACAAUGUGGCCCCCAAACGGUUGCCCAGAAGGGGCAUGUGGCCCUUCAGCUGAAAUCAUUUCCCCACCUCUGGUCUUGACACGACAAGUUUCACCUGCCACAAUUCCCUCUUCUGCACAAUUUUCAAAGUUGCAGAUGUCCUAGCCCCUGCUGCGGUCCAGGCACAGACAUUGCAUACUUUUAGAAAGUUGAUUAGCGAAACGUGGCGUUACUAGGAACCACCCCAAGUAUUUUGUGUCUAUUUUUGAUUUGUCGGGGUUCUAAUACGGUAGAAAAUAAAGCGCCUCUUGGCUUGCCUUGUGGGUAGAAAGUCUUUAGUUUUUAAGAAAGAAAGGUAAAGGACCCCUGGCAGUUAAAUCCAGUCGCAGAUGCCUCUGGGGUUGCAGCGCUCAUCUCGCUUUAAAGGCCGAGGGAGUCGGCGUUUGUCCGCAGACAGUUUUUCCGGGUCAUGUGGUAGCACGACUAAGCCGCUUCUGGUGAAACCAGAGCAGUGCACGGAAACACUGUUUACCUUCCCGCCAGAGAGGUACCUAUUUAUCUACUUGCCUUGCGUGCUUUCGAACUGCUAGGCUGGCAGGAGCUGGGACCGAGCAAUGGGAGCUCACCUCGUGGCAGGGAUUCGAACUGCUGACCUUUUGUUCAGCAAGCCUGAGAGGCUCGGUGGUUUAGACCACAGCGCCACCCGCAUCCCAUGCUUUUAAAUAAAUAGUUUUUAAGAACUACAGUGGUACCUUGGGUUAAGUACUUAAUUCGUUCUGGAGGUCCGUACUUAACCUGAAACUGUUCUUAACCUGAAGACCACUUUAGCUAAUGGGGCCUCCCGCUGCCGCCAUGCGAUUUCUGUUCUCAUCCUGAAGCAAAGUUCUUAACCCGAGGUACUAUUUCUGGGUUAGCGGAGUCUGUAACCUGAAGCAUCUGUAACCUGAAGGGUAUGUAACCUGAGGUACCACUGUAUUGUUGAACUCAUAAUAGCUUAUAUAGGUUCAUAUAUAACUCAGUUGGUAAAACAUGGGACUCUUAAUUUCAGGGUUGUGGGUUCGAGAACCAUGUUGGGGUUGGACUAGAUGACCCCUGGUCCAAUUUUACAAUUCUAUGAUUCUAUAAUACACAAAAGUGAUUUACCAUGAUUUCGGCAUUCUAGAGGUGAAUAUGGUUGGAGCGGGGCAGGGGCAGCGGUGGCACAAACCCUACAGUUUUCUUGCAAAUUAAAACUUAUACAGGGGUUAAUAACAGGUUAAUAACAGUUUCAGGUUAAGUACCGACCUCCGGAAUCAAUUAAGUACUUAACCCGAGGUACCACUGUAUUCUAAUUGCAGUUUCAAGAUUUAUAGUUAUAAGAAUGGUUGGACUGGGUGGGGGGUUGUGGUGGGGGAGGGAUGAGUUGCACGUUGACACAUAAAAUGAUUACUUAAAAAUUCCCAAGGAUAAAAGGACUUUAAAAAGAGGGGAGGAAGCAACCAUUUAAGUGUGGUGCUAAUGAAAGUGGGAAAAUAAUGGAAACUAAAUCUCAGCGGUUCUUUUUUUUUAAAAAAAAUGCAUAUGAAAUUUUAUUUCAGCUGCGCUCUGCUCAUCCUCAAAAUGGCUCUCUCCGUGGUACCGCUUCUGCCCGUUUCGAAAACUGCUGACAAUAAAGAGGGCAUUUGUGUGUUUUUCUUUGAAAACAAAGAGCAGCAAACAUUGGAGCUUUCCAUCAGCCUGAGUGGAGCAGGGUCUUACAUAAGGGGGAAUGUGGUGAUAGGCUGGUAGCACAGAGCAGCUCAGCAGCCUACGAUUUCCCCCUUCCCCCCCCCCUCAGCCCCAUGGCAGGUCCUAGCUUGUCACGUGAAAUCAGGCUCCUAUAAUCCAGAAGGCUACUGCUUUUGAAUGGAUGAUGUCGGAAUCCUUUUCAGCUGCUGGGGAGGGGAAAAAAGGCUGGAGGAGGCUGCUGAGUGAGUAUGUAGGAUUUGUAUCUGUCUCUGUGUGUGAGAGAGAGCUGUUUUACGAUGAGAUUGAUGCUUCCCUAGAGACCAUGGCGGCGUAGGCACUAACCUGCUUGCAGCGCAAAAAUGUCAUUUCCCCCUCAAUCCGGAAUCGUGUAUGGUUAUCCUAAGUGCGCUGCUUUCAGCCUAGAUUGAGUCUGGAUCAUAGCUGUCAAAUUUUUCCUUUUUUAAAUGGAAGUUCCCUUAUUCCGAAUAGGAUUCCUCGCAAGAAAAGGGAAAAGUUGACAGCUAUGGUCUGGAUCCUGCCAUCCCCAAUGGUUGGGGUGGAUUCAAGUUUCAAGAAAGGGGAUUUCGACUAACUACCAGGUGGCGCUGUGGGUUAAACCACAGAGCCUAGGACUUGCCGAUCAGAAGGUCGGCGGUUCGAAUCCCCGCAACGGGGUGAGCUCCCGUUGCUCGGUCCCUGCUCCUGCCAACCUAGCAGCUUGAAAGCACGUCAAAGUGCAAGUAGAUAAAUAGGUACCACUCUGGCGGGAAGGUAAACGGCGUUUCCGUGUGCUGCUCUGGUUCACCAGAAGUGGCUUAGUCAUGCUGGCCACAUGACCAAGAAGCUGUACGCCGGCUCCCUCGGCCAAUAAAGCGAGAUGAGCACUGCAACCCCAAAGUCGUCCGCAACUGGGCCUAAUGAUCAGGGGUCCCUUUACCUUAACAGGAAUAACUUUCUGGUGGUGGAAGCUAUUGGGCAGUGGAACGGACUCCCUCAAAAACAGGUGGGCUUCACUGGUUUGUUUUUUAUAGAAGAGGUUGGACGACCAUCUGUCAUGGAUGCUUAGGUUUGAGAUUCCUGCAUUGCCAGGGGUUGGACUGGAUGACCCUGAAGGGUCCCUUGCAGCUCGAUAGUUCUGUGAUUCGCUAGUUCCUUGAUACGUGCUUGAAAACCCACUCUUAGAUGAGGUUUUCCUUUUCCUCCCUGCUCAUGCCCCAGGUGAACAGAAGAGGAGGAAGCGGUGAUCAGGGUGGAUAAAAAUCAAUGAUAUUUUUUAAAUAAAUAAAUAAAUCAGAUUUUUAAAAUUUAAAUCGGAUUUUUUAAAAAAAUAAUAAUUGGAUUUUUAAAAUAAAAUCCUUUUGGAGGAAAAAAAAAUCUUUCUAAAUAUAGUUUUCUAUUUAAGUUACAUUAUAGUCCAAAGGCUAUUCAUCAGGAAAUAAGGAUUUGUUUUAAGUUUUUCAUGUGUGCUAAAACUCAGUUUUUUAAAAAAUUGUUUAACCACAACAGUUAACAAACAUGGAUACAUAUGCUAUAAUGUUAUUGUUUUAGUUAAAUAAAUUGUUUAAAUUGUUAUGAAGGAAAUGAUUGUUUUUCUCUUUCCAAUAAAGUACAGCAGAAAAGUUAAAACAGUUAACUUAUUAAACCUCACAAUAAUUUUGUAAUUAUCGGUCUAUGUAUUUCGAACAGUAUAACCAAGUCAGUAAUUUUUGAUAUAACUUGUAAAAACUACUCUGAAAAUUUAUUAAUCCAAAAAUGAAACCUUCAUCUGGUUGUAAAUAUUAAGAUUAUACCAGCAAGAAUGAGUCUUUCUGUAAAAACAAACAAACAGAUUUAAAUCAAGUCUUAGAAUCAUAGAAUCAUAGAACCAUAGAGUUGGAAGAGACCAUAAGGGCCAUCGAGUCCAACCCCCUGCCAAGCAGGAAACACCAUCAGAGCACUCCUGACAUAUGGUUGUCAAGCCUCUGCUUAAAGACCUCCAAAGAAGGAGACUCCACCACACUCCUUGGCAGCAAAUUCCACUGUUGAACAGCUCUUACUGUCAGGAAGUUCUUCCUAAUGUUUAGGGGGAAAUCUUCUUUCUUGUAGUUUGGAUCCAUUGCUCCGUGUCCGCUUCUCUGGAGCAGCAGAAAACAACCUUUCUCCCUCCUCUAUGUGACAUCCUUUUAUAUAUUUGAACAUGGCUAUCAUAUCACCCCUUAACCUCCUCUUCUCCAGGCUAAACAUGCCCAGCUCCCUUAGCCGUUCCUCAUAAGGCAUCGUUUCCAGGCCUUUGACAUUUUGGUUGCCCUCCUCUGGACACGUUCCAGUUUGUCAGUGUCCUUCUUGAACUGUGGUGCCCAGAACUGGACACAGUACUCCAGGUGAGGUCUGACCAGAGCAGAAUACAGUGGCACUAUUACUUCCCUUGAUCUAGAUGCUAUACUUCUAUUGAUGCAGCCCAGAACUGCAUUGGCUUUUUUAGCUGCCGCGUCACACUGUUGGCUCAUGUCAAGUUUGUGGUCAACCAAGACUCCUAGAUCCUUUUCACAUGCACUGCUCUCAAGCCAGGUGUCCCCCAUCUUGUAUUUGUGCCUCUCAUUUUUUUUUGCCCAAGUGCAAUACUUUACAUUUCUCCCUGUUAAAAUUCAUCUUGUUUGUUUUUGCCCAGUUCUCUAAUCUGUCAAGGUCGUUUUGAAGUGUGAUCCUGUCCUCUGGGGUGUUAGCCACCCCUCCCAGUUUGGUGUCAUCUGCAAAUUUGAUCAGGAUGCCCUUGAGUCCAUCAUCCAAGUCGUUGAUAAAGAUGUUGAAUAAGACCGGGCCCAAGACAGAACCCUGUGGCACCCCACUAGUCACUCUUCUCCAGGAUGAAGAGGAACCAUUGAUGAGCACCCUUUGGGUUUGGUCAGUCAGCCAGUUACAAAUCCACUGAGUGGUAGCAUAGUCAAGACCGCAUUUUACCAGCUUCUUUACAAGAAUAUCAUGGGGCACCUUGUCAAAUGCCUUGCUGAAAUCAAGGUAGGCUACAUCCACUGCGUUCCCUUCAUCUACCAGGCUUGUAGAUUACUGACUAGUGAUUUAAAUUGUGAUUUAAAUCUAUUUGAUUUAAAUUAAAUCCACCCUGGCGGUGUUUGUGAUCUUGGUACACACCCAGUCACAACAUCAUGGGGCAGGUAUGGAUACACACACUGCACAGACGACCUUCUUCUGUUUUCAAAUGUACACAUUGUGGGGUAAUGCAGAAUCAAUCUGUGGUUUUUGGAACGGAAACCAGUUCCUCAAGAAGCACUUUUCAGGGACUAAAAAUACGCAAGAUCUCGAUGGUGUUUGGACUAUGUGGAAUAAGCAAGUACUCAAUCUCCAUUGAUUCUAAAAUAAAAUGUCUCAGCCUGCAACAAAUCUCUCGCCAACCCUGGACUGCUUGUAAGGAUGCAGACAGGCAGGUGGGAACUGGCUGAGAGCAGACUGAGGUUGUUGGGGCCAUUUGCCCCAUUUGCCCUAAGGAACCAACCUCCUCCCUACCCACCCACUUUCCAGUUCUCCUUCCAGUCCUCCUAUCCCUUAAGCACAGGUAAGGGCCUCAUCCAGCCAGCAUGCUGCUCACAGUUGUGCAAUCAAUCGUUCUUAAUUCUCUUUCCUUGACAAUCCUCUUAUCCACUGGCAAAAUUCACGAGCUCUGCUUUAUGGCUGGCACAUGGCGUCAGAAAACUUGUAGACAAUGCCACACACUACUAAGGAAAUAUGCAGGGGUUUUCCUGACACCCGGCUUUGGCUGUCUGCCCCAGAAGUAAUAGGUGUUCAAAAUUAGCCAGGUGCCAGGCGCCAGGCAUAUUUUGUACCUGGCUAUCAGACACUUAAGGGACGCCGGUGGCGCUGUGGGUUAAACCACAGAGCCUAGGACUUGCCAAUCAGAAGGUCAGCGGUUCGAAUCCCCACGACGGGGUGAGCUCCCAUUGCUCAGUCCCUGCUCCUGCCAACCUAGCAGUUCGAAAGCACAUCAAAGUGCAAGUAGAUAAAUAGGUACCGCUCCGGCGGGAAGGUAAACAGCGUUUCCGUGUGCUGCUCUGGUUCGCCAGAAGCGGCUUAGUCAUGCUGGCCACAUGACCCGGAAGCUGUGCGCUGGCUCCCUUGGCCAAUAAAGCAAGAUGAGUGCCGCAACCUCAGAGUCGGCCACCUGCGUCCCUGAUGUCACCAGAACUAGCCAGAUGUUUAACUGAGACUCAAUCACAACCAGUCCAUCAUUUCAAAAAUAAGGCUUUAUCGUUGCCUUGUCCCCAAAUGGCAAGUAGGCAUUCUGUUUUGGUGACCGAAACCUUUAUUUCGCAGGGGUCAGCAAACAUUUUCAGCAGGGGGCCGGUCCACUGUCCCUCAGACCUUGGGGGGAAGGGUGGCGGACUAUAUUGUGGGAAAAAAAUAUGAACGAAUUCCUAUGCCCCACAAAUAACCUAGAGAUGCAUUUUAAAUAAAAGCACACAUUCUACUCAUGUAAAAACACGCUGAUUCCCGGAUCGUUCGUGGGCCAAAUUUAGAAGGUGAUUAGUUUGCCUACCCAUGGUUUAUGGAGUCAUUUGGCACCUAGAUUAUAUACCUGAGUUUUAAUAAUAAUAAUAAUAAUAAUAAUAAUAAUUUAUUAUUGAUACCCUGCCCAUCUGGCUGAGUUUCCUAAGUCACUCUGGGCAGCUCCCAACAGAAUAUUAAAAACACGACAAAACAUCAAACAUUAAAAACUUCCCUAAACAGGGCUGCCUUCAGAUGUCUUCUAAAAGUCAGAUAGUUGUUUAUUUCCUUGACAUCUGAUGGGAGGGCAUUCCACAGGGUGGGUGCCACUACCGAAAAGGCCCUCUGCCUGGUUCCCUGCAACCUCACUUCUCACAGAGAGGGAACUGCCAAAAAGCCCUCGGAGCUGGACCUCAUUGUCUGGGCUGAACGAUGGGGGUGGAGACGCUCCUUCAGGUAUACUGGGCUGAGGUCCGUGCCUUUCACACUGUGUUUUGCUACUCUGAUUUCCAGCUAGCCUCCCUGCCAGCUCAGAAACCCUCUGGCUCUCUCUCCAGGCUCUCAAUUCCAUUUCUUGUUAGACCAGAGAUGGGCAAUCUUUGGUCCUGGAACCUGAAUGUGACCCCCAGGUCUUUCUGUCUGGCCCUUGGGAAAUACCCCAGGCGAUAUUUUCCCCAGUGUUGCUCCACACCCUCUUUGAGUGCUUUUGCCUGGCUAGCAGAACGCACCUUUGACCUGCUGUAAAGAAUAUUUCUUGCUCAGCUGGCUAGAAGAUGGAAAGAUGGUGUGAGCUGAUGUGUACUGUAUGUAGAAACCUUUCGAUUCCGUGUGUGCCUGUCACAGCCUACUUUACAAAGGUACUUCCUGCAGCCAACCUGUUUCUUUCUGUCCCUUCCUCCAGGGAUGCCUUGCCACUGAUCGUAAAUAGCCAAUUGAUUUUAUUUAUACGCUUGCAAGAAUUUUAGAAGAAAGUUGACCUUCAUUUCCAGCUCCAGACUGAUUAAAACAUUCUAUUGCAGGCAACUUCCAUGAUCGGACUACAGUCGUACCUUGGUUCUCGAACGCCUUGGUACUUGGAUGUUUUUGCUCCCGAACGCUGCAAACCCGGAAGUGAGUGUUCCGGUUUGCGAACACUUUUUGGAAGCCAAAAAUCCAACGUAGCUUCCUCAGCUUCCAACUGAGUGCAGGAAAUUCCUGCAGCCAAUCAGAAGCCGUGCUGUCAGGGACGGAGGGAGAGAGCAAAAGCCAGAGGGAUUCAAGAGAGCGUCCAGGGGUUGGGAGAAGCAGCCCAUCUUCUGGGGAAGAGAAUCAGCAUAGCACCAGUGGAGAAAGGGGGCAGAUGGGGGAAGCGGCGAGGCGGUCCCAUGACUCCUUGCCUGGGACCAGCGGGGAGAGUAGGGGCCCUCCGUUGCCCACGCCCUCCUUGCGCAGAAGGCUUUCACGCAGAGAGAGUAGGAGGAGACUAGGCGUCAAAGAGCUUCUUUGCUGGAAGAAGUUUAAGAAACGCCCACUGACGGAUUCUGCCAGCGAUUGAGUCAGCCACGGGUGAGUGGCUGUCCGGACAGAAAAGGUUCACUUAGGCAACCCAGCCAGGUGUUUGCACCCAGCUGGGGAUAUAAGCACCGGCUUACGCACGAGCAACCCCUAGAACCAUUACACGUGCCUUAGGUAUUUGAAUGUUUUUGGAAGUUGAACGGACUUCCGGAAUGGAUUACGUUCGAGAACCAAGGUACGGCUGUAUUUAUGUGUAGCCCAGAUCAUCAAAUCAGUGUAGAAAAAGUGUUCUAGAAGUUUCCCGGCUGCCUCUGCUGCCUGAAAAACCUUUGCACUUUGCUUUACAGUUUUUCCAUUGGGAUUUUAAGAUUUUAUAAAACUGGCAUCUUUAAAAUGCUUACAAAACAUUUGCAAAAUCUUGUAACGUUUUUAGCUGCUUAGUUCAGGCAGCAAGGAUGGAAAAAUACCUGCUCAAGAUAUUUACGCAGUCUUUAGACUACAGAUCCAUGAUGCAGCAGAGCUGGAGACAGAAUAUGCAUGUGUGAUUAUAUCUGAGGCCCCACUGUAAUGGAAGCAAUCCUCUGAUAAUUCAAGGCCAAAUAUCAAAAAGGGUUUCCAAAAGAAAUCCAUUGUGCUUCCCACCCCCACUAGAUCGAAAGACAAAAUUCAUCCUUGCGGGUUUCAAUAUCCCUAAUUUAAGUGGCUGAGGGUAGUAUUCAGGAACUGUUCAUCAGGGUCCUGCCUUGGAAUCUGUUAGCCUAGGAAGCUGUGAGUAAGGAGGUGAUAUAGGCGCCUCUGGGCAUGUGCAGAAGGCCAGCUCUAGAAGGGGGGCAUUUGCCAGAGCUCAGUCGGUAGAAUAUGAAUCUCAAGGUUGUGGGUUCGAGCCCCAUGUUGGGCAAAAGCUUCCUGCAUGGCAGGGGGUUAGACUAGAUGAUUCUUUUGGUCCCUUCCAACUCUACAAUAUGGAGAAGCUCCAAAAUGAGUGGGGCUCCUGAAAGCAGCUCACCAUUUCAACUUUGCACAGAGUAUCCCAAUCAGAUAAGACGCAGCCCGAGAGAAUUCUCAUUUUGCACAUUCAACCUCUUCCAGUUUAGCCGGGUCCUGCCGAGGAGACCAGCUUGACUCCCUCCCUCCCAGAUCCUGGAUCCGGGUCUGCCUUCGGGCCCCACCAAACAUCUACGAGUCCAUUAGCAAAAGGGAUGUGACUCCUCCGUCCCCAGAGUACUAUUGAUCCCUUGGUUAUUGAUGGAGCCCCUGCUCGUGGGCAUGUUGGCUGUGUGAUGGAUUAUUUCCCUCUGCCGCCAGAAGACCAGGUUGAGAUUUCUCUUGCGAGCUGUCAGCGAGGGCUGCAUUAAUAAUGGAGCGUCUUAGGGGUGACUGGCCGGGGCAAUUUCCUUGGCUUGUGUUUUUAUUUAUUUUUUAAGUGGCUUGCUUGGAAAGAGAAGCCUGCAAAUUGCGUGGCUUCUGUUUGCUGAAACCCUGGAAGGUGUAGAAGUGAAACCUGAAACUCAUCACUGCAGCCCCCAUAGCCCCCAAAUACCAGCAACUAUGUUGAUCAUGUUGUUGUUGUAGUUUAGUUGUUUAGUCGUGUAAACUCUUCGAGACCCCAUGGACCAGAGCACGCCAGGCACUCCUGUCUUCCACUGCCUCCCGCAGUUUGGUCAAACUCAUGCUGGUAGCUUCGAGAACACUGUCCAACCAUCUCAUCCUCUGUCGUCCCCUUCUCCUUGUGCCCUCCAUCUUUCCCAACAUCAGGGUCUUUUCCAGGGAGUCUUCUCUCUCAUGAGGUGGCCAAAGUAUUGGAGCCUCAGCUUCAGGAUCUGCCCUUCCAGUGAGCACUCAGGGCUGAUUUCCUUCAGAAUGGAUAGGUUUGAUCUUCUUGCAGUCCAUGGGACUCUCAAGAGUCUCCUCCAGCACCAGAAUUCAAAAGCAUCAAUUCUUCGGCGAUCAGCCUUCUUUAUGGUCCAGCUCUCACUUCCAUAUGUUGAUCAUAUGUAAUACGAAUUGGGAUGUUCAGUUGUUGUUGUACUACAUCCUUCAUCAUCCCUGACCAUUGGCUGUGCUGACUGGGGCUGAUGGGAGUUGGAGUGCAAUGACAGCAGGAGGGCCACAGGUUCGCCUUUCCAGAUAUAAUUCUGAAGGAGUAGUACCUGUUCCCCAGUUUAUUAUGUUCCACUAACAGUUACAAGAUGGCGAGCUGGCAAAGGGCAAUACAGUGGUUAACAUGUGUCACUUUGGCUGGGGAGAGCUAGGCUCAUGUGCCUUGAUCAGUCCUAGUUGCGGAAUAUUAUCCUGACAGAGAAGGGGUUUGGAAUCUUUUUAGGUUCCCUCAUGGUCUUCCUGGGACCGCAAUACCUCAAGGGCCACCUCUCCCCAUAUGAACCGACCUGGAGUCUGCAAUCAUCUUCUGAGACCCCUCUUUGUGUGCCUUCUCCACGAGAGGUUCAGAGGGCGGCAACACAAGAGCAGGGCCUUUUCUGCAGUGGCUCCCCAUUUGUGGCAUGCUCUCCACAGGGAGGCCUCGUUGCUGUUGGGAGGGGGGCAAGAUUCAGUUCAGUUUGCAUUUAAAUGCAAACAACUCAAAUAAUUUGCAAACUGAUGCAGAAAUGUGGAGAACUAAAUUUCAGAUUGGGGAAAAAAAGAGAGAGAAACCAAGUUGACAGAUUCAUCUACCCCUUGUCUAGAGAUGGUGUGUGGUCCCUUCUGGGGGGUGGGCCUUUGCCCCACAGAGGCAGUGUCCCCAGUGUUGUACUUCAAAGGAUGUGUAAGUCUGGAAUUGGAUUUUUGCUGUCCAUAUUUUAAUCGAAGUGGGAAGACUAUCUUGGAGGGCAUCUAAUGCUCACCUCUUCUUCUAGGAGGUAGGCAUUGCCAAGCCCACAACACUCAUUUCUGGACCUGAGCCUAGAGAACACAAGCAUCUCAUUUGAACCAUGGGCCUCCCUGAUCCAAACCCAGCACUGUUAUUGUACCCCAGCCUCCCCACUCUGGUGCCUUCCGUAUGCUGUCAGACUACAACUCCCAUCAUCCCUGACCAUUGGCCAGCUGGGAGCUGGAAUCCAAGAAUAUAUUGAGGGCAGCAUGUUGGUGUAGGCUGCUCAACCCCUUGUAGCAACCUGGUUUUCUUCUAUUUGUAAAUAGGUAAAGCUGCACGAGGUUUGAAAAUCCGCUUUGCCUGCUUAUGGUUAGUAGCUAGCUUAGAACUAUUUUUAUGCUUUGAGUGUGAGCAUCUGUUGAGCUGUUCAGCUCCAGUUUUGAGAAGGGAGAGGAUGCAACGAAUAAAGCCCAUCCUGUACAGGGAAAGCACAGGGAGUAGUCCAAGAACUGCCAAGAGAUGCAAAAAGAAAACAACCCAAAAAUCAUAAGCAGUACAGUAUAGUGAGAAGCACCGCCACAGGUGAAUCCCCUGCAAUGGAGUCGAAUGCCUUAUCCCGAGCAUCCUGAGUCUACUGCUUCUGUCAGAAGUGUCUCCAUAGGCUUGCAAGCAGCAGUCACAACUCUGCAAAUGGAAUAUACCGAAAAGGACAGCAUCCCAAAGCAGAAUCAAAUGGGAAGGGGGAGAUGCAGGAGGCAGACUUAUGAACUCAUGUCAUAUAACCCCCACCCGUGUGUUUUGAACAAUUAGGUCUCCAUAAGAUGAUUGUCUCUGUUGAGAUUUCUUAGCCGACUAGUUUCUAAGAAGCUACAGAUUCCUAUGGUUGUAGAACUUAGAAAGGUUAAGGGAAGUGCUGAUCCUGGAGUGCUGAUCUUCAAAACAUAGGGGGUACACUAGGAGGGUUUUUUUGCCUGAAACCUAGGCCUGGUCCUGUUAGCAGUGUGGGUAGACAAUCUCAGCCUGCUUUUAAAUGCUUUUAAAACGCUCUUAAAGAGGAGCUUUCCAACACCAAAGCUUAAGCAGAGAGCGCAGAGAGACCCACCUGCCUUUAGUUCUGGCUCCGCCCACCACUGACAUUGGCUCCGCCCAUUAUGGACAUUAGGUCCUCGACCAGUUACCAGUAAGGGGAAAUGGUCCUCAACAAUGAAAGUUCAGAGACCAAGGCAUGGUCAGGGAGUCAGCCAGCGAUAAAUCACACAGAGUAAGUGAACAAGGAACAGGGCAUGCUCAGGGACACAAGGCCUAAUGAGCACAGCAGCUCUUCUCAAGGUAGGGCUUGCCCCUAUGAGGCAGUUGUGGGAGCAGAAGGUCCAAGGCUGCCUAAAUCUCCUCCCCCCAUGGUUCUUCCCAAGCAAUCUGAGACUACGACAACACGCCUGUCUCUGCUCCUCUCUCUUCAUACCUCUUCUGGUUCUGGGAGACUUGGUGGGAGGGGAGCUUCUUCACCAGUCUGGCUCAUCUCUGCCUCUUGCCUCCCUCCUCUCCUGCUUCCGCUGCUGAUUCUGGACUUCUCUCUGCCAUAGACUCUCCCUGCUCACUAAGCCCUGUCACCCCUUCAUCUUCUGACACUUCUUUCUCCCAAUCUCCUCCCUCUGACCACUCAUUGUCAUCCCACUACCACUCUCCAGUUUCUGAGCCUUCUUCCUUUGGGGGUUCCCCAGCUGGUGCCUCCCCCCAUUCCUCUGUGUCCAGCCAGCCCAUGACAGGCGUUUGCUGUCCCUGGGUUCAGUACAGUAGACCCUCUGAAUGCGCCUCUUGGUGGCCUCGACUGACUCCUCCCCAGCUUUCUGGAAAUGAGAGCUGGUUUUGUAAGCUCAGCUCCGUUCUGGCCCUAGAUUCAAAGCAUGUUCGGAGUUCCCUGUUCUUUAAUUCUAGGUGCGUUUCUACAGUUGGCAGAUCUUGUGGUUGUAGCUGGAAGCUGCCCUCCUCAUGCCCUAGACUAGGCAUGUCCAACAGGUCGAUCUGUCAUCUCCUAGUUAUUUCUCCCCACCAAAAAAAGCUCAAGAACUUUGGCUCCUUAAAAGCAUAGAUUACUGUCAGUUUUUUUUAAUAUUGUGAGUAGAUCGCAAUCUCUUGGGAGUUGGACAUGCCGGCCCUAGACCAUCUAUCAGUUGUUCCAUUUCUCUCCUCUUCACAGCACCGCCAAGAAGACUCACCAGAAGGAACGCCAGCCACCUGAACUUCUGACACUGCGCAAACAUCCCCAGCUGCUGAGAUGCCUGUUGCUUCCACCGACUCAGAAACAGGUAAUGACUCGCUCCUAUCUCAGCAUCCCCAAACCUGCUCCACUCCGAGUACAGUCGUACCUUGGUUUUCGAACAGCUUAGUUCUCGAACGUUUUGGCUCCCGAACGCCGCAAACCCAGAAGCGACUGUUCCGGUUUGCGAACUGUUUUUGGAAGCUGAACGUCCGCCGGCGCUUCCGAUUGGCUGCAGGAGCUUCCUCCAGCCAAUCAGAAGCUGGGCUUUGGUUUCCAAACAUUUUGGAAGUCGAAGGGACUUCCGGAACGGAUUCUGUUCAACUUACAAGGUACGACUGUGCUACGGAUUAUUCCUCAAAUAUCUGCUUUGUACCAUUUUACGACUGCCCGCAAGUAUGCCGGGCUACGGCUGGAACCAAACACUUGCUCGCGAGCACACCUUGGCAGACGAAUCCAGGUGGGAAAAGUUUCCUUGAUGAUGGGGGGGGGGGGGGGGGCUCGCAAAAGCAGCUAUAGAAAACAAACGUGCCUGUAUGUAAAGGUAUAUAAGAAAAUUCUAAAAUCCACGGUAGGGUGGUACCUUCAAUUAGGCCAACCAAAAUAUCACAAAGCAGUGGGACAGCUGUUGAGUUCUCCAGAGCUCUUUGUCAGAUCAGGAGUGGGGAAGCCCUCGAGAUGUUGCAGCUCCCAUCAGCCCCAGAAAGCAUGAGCAAUGGCCAGGGAUGAUGGGAGUUGUAGUUCAGCCAUAUCUGGAGGGCCACAGGCUUCCUGCACCAGGGCUAGAUGGUAAACGGAGCAAUGUGAGGUGGAAGACUUCAUUGUUGUUUUUGGGGGCUGAUGUUGAAGCCAAGGAGUCUGCCUCUAGGGCUGGGCAAUAUACCGUCCAAAACUGUUUUGAAGUCCAUAUCAAGAUAUUGGUUUCAUAAUUUUUGACCUGGCGAUAUAUACCACCAAUCGUGAUGUGUCUUUGCUAUGCAAAAAACACCAUGUGGGAGAGGGUGAUCCAGUCACGCUUCCGAAGGGUCCUGCCGGCUCCUCCAUUCAUGAGCAUCCCGCUGGCCCUCAAUGCCUCUUACCGGGUCUACCUUGCAGGGGUGGCAGCGGCGGCGGCUGACAUGGGCUACGACGGUUACUACUGGCCCUCGGUGAAGGAGGAGAUGGAGACGGGGAGCUGCUCUGGGGGGUUCCCUGCCCCCAAGGCUGUUAGCGGCCCGGAAGGGAAGGGCCCCAGAAAUAACCCAGAUCAUUCCCCGUGGUCUUGCAGCUCUGGGUUAUUCACUUAUUAUACACCAGAUUCUGCAAACAGCCCCAACAAGCCGCCCCCUCCCCAGAUCUGACUGCAAGGAGGAAAGUAAAGGAGGCAAGAAGAGCAAAACUCGCACCGCUUUCUCUCAAAAGCAGCUGCAGAUCUUGCACCACAGAUUCCAGAUGCAGAAAUAUCUCAGUCCACAACAGAUCCGAGAACUGGCCUCAGCCUUGCGACUCACCAUGUGGGAGAAAGCGUGAUAGCUCCAUCCUUAUUCCAGACAUUGUGAUAUAUCAGUAUAUUGCGACAUUUGGUUGUGAUACAUUGUGAUGUUGAAAAGCACGUACCACCCAGCCCUGGUGAUUCAGUGGGGGGAGAAGGUAGCAGACAUCAAAAUGAGGUCCUGUGCAGGUAUUUGCUUUCCUUUGCCCUUGCUUUUGUUGCUGCAGAGCCGAGUGCACUUUCCCAUGGCGUAACAUGAUCCUGACUCAUUCUGCUUUUUGUAUCAGGGUUUGCAUGGCCUUCCUUUUCCGCGGUGUUUUGCAUCAAAAGUUCUUAUUGUUGCUGGGAAAUAUAAGCAGGAGCGUGAACAGUGCUGAGUAUCUUAAUUUCCCUCCAGCUUCUUUGAGGUGUUUAGUCUAAGUGGGGCUCGCAGAGUUUGUUGUCAUUCCUACGAGUUUCUCAUAAACUAUCUUUUGUGCUUUUGUUUCCUUGGACAAGAUUAUAACAUCGUUUGGGAAGUACUUGAUAGUCAGGGUGCUGUGUAUAUGGCACAGACUUCUUGUCAAUAACUUUUGGGAUUUUCACCAUUCCAAAUAUUCCGACACUCAUCUUGACUCAAAAAGGUGCAUAUUUUGAGAGAAACUGCAACUCCAUUCACACAGCAGUUUGUUCCAUGUGGUCUUUGUUUCAGAAAUGCUGUUGGGCUACUUCAGUUGCUUUUGUUUGAUUUGGAAACAGCCCAAAGUCUGUGAGUUUUGAUAACAAACGUGGUUUGCGACGGGGGUUGAAUAACUUUGAACACAGCUGUACAUCAUAACGUGGUUUGUCCCUUGAAGGAGGCGGCCUUUGUUCUUUCAAAUUUCAAAGGUACCUACAAGAAAUAUGCAAAAUAACUAAGCAAGUAUUAGAAGUCACCCCAGAACUGGCCCUACUAAACAUCUUCCAAGAUAAUAAUGCCCACUCACAUAAUAAAGAGCUCAUAACCCACCUACUUUCAGCAACCAGAAACAUCAUAGCAGAAACUGGAGAGACCUGUCAGGAGUAAGCAUGGACUAUUGGUAUCAAAUAGUAUGGGAAGCAGCCUUAUUAGAAAAACUAACCAAUAAACUGAAACUGACGUGGGGACAAAUAGAAGAAGAUGCCUUAACCCGGUAUGGUUCCCCUUUAUCACAUACAUAGUCCAACAAGAAUCUGCCGACAGCAUACGAAUCAGUCUGGCUAACCUGAUCCAAACACCCACACACACACCCCACUCACACACAAAAACAAAUUUCACUACAGCCAACCAAAGACAACCAACCACAUCCUAAGCCACCACUAACCUCUCUCACCACCAAGGAAACACAAUAAGCCAGGGGUCAGCAAACGUUUUCAGCAGCGGGCCUGUCCUCUGUCCCUCAGACCUUGCAGGGGGCUGGACUAUAUUUUGAAGAAGAAAAAUGAACUAAUUACUAUGCCCCACAAAUAACCCAGAGAUGCAUUUUAAAUAAAAGGACACAUUCUACUCAUGUAAAAACAUGCUGUUUCCUGGACCGUCCACGGGCCGGACUUAGAAGGCGAUUGGGCCAUAUCCGGCCCCCAGGCCUUAGACCAAGAAAUAAUAAUAAUAAUAAUAAUAAUAAUAAUAAUAAUAAUAAUAAUUUAUUAUUUAUACCACGCCCAUCUGGCUGGGUUUCCCCAGCCACUCUGGGCGGCUUCCAACAGAACACUAAAAUACAAUAACCUAUUAAACAUUAAAAGCUUCCAUAAACAGGGCUGCCUUCAGAUGUCUUCUAAAAGUCUGGUAGUUGUUUUUCUCUUUGACAUAUGGUGGGAGGGCAUUCCACAGGGAGGGAGCCACCACCAAGAAGGCCCUCUGCCUGAUUCCCUAUAACUUGGCUUCUCACAGUGAGGGAACUGCCAGAAGGCCCUUGGAACUGCACCUCAGUGUCCAGGCAGAAUGAUGGGGGUGGAGAUGCUCCUUCAGGUAUACUGGAGGAGGAGCUUUCAUGCAGCUUUGGGGACACGAGUGCGCCGGAGGUGCAGUGAUGAGCAGCUGUGCAUGGGGGUGGUGGGGCAAGCCCCCUGUGGGGUGCCUUUUUGUCACCCCCCCUCAGGGAUGGCACCUGGGCCACACCGCCUCCCACCCCCCCUUCGUAUGCCUCUGCUCCCAGGGUGCACAUCUCAUGGACCACAGGAGCCAUUUGGUUUCAAGUCUCUGCACUCAUCCUCAGCAUCCUCACCUGCUAGCUCUCGUCUCGAUUUCUAAGCUCCUGCCUGUCCAAUUAUAUCUCCUCUCUGAAUCUUCCGAUUACACAGGGAGCGCAGCCUGUAAUCCUCGCAGCUCUGCAUAAGCCGGUUAACCACACAUGGUAGUGAAAGUGUCAGGUUUUGUCCUAAGCUGAGAGCUACCACAACUGUGGAUGAAGUUUGCAGGCUAGAAUUCCAAACAGCCUUCAUACAUACCCACAGCCCCAUUAGACUGGAUAUUAAAGGUAAAGGUAAAGGGACCCCUGACCAUUAGGUCCAGUUGUGACCGAUUCUGGGGUUGUGGUGCUCAUCUGGCUUUAUUAGCCAAGGGAGCCAGCGUACAGCUUCCGGGUCAUGUGGCCAGCAUGACUAAGCUGCUUCUGGCGAACCAGAGCAGCGCACGGAAAUGCCGUUUACCUUCCCGCCAGAGCGGUACCUAUUUAUCUACUUGCACUUUGACGUGCUUUCAAACUGCCAGGUUGGCAGGAGCAGCGACCGAGCAAUGGGAGCUCACCCCAUCGCAGGGAUUCAAACCGCCGACCUUCUGAUCGGCAAGUACUAGGCUCUGUGGUUUAACCCACAGCACCACCCGCAUCCCAGUCUGGAUAUUAGGCAGCCCCUAUUUCCUCUCUCCUUUCCUUUUCUCUAGCCAAGUACAAAACCCCAUCUGCUAGGGUAAAGCGUGGCUCUGUGUGCAUAUAAUAGGGGUACAAGAAUGUUUUCUAUUGGGGAAUGUGGGUGGGCACUGUGCUCUAAACCACUGAGCCUCUAGGGCUUGCCGAUCAGAAGGUCAGCGGUUCAAAUCCCCGCAACAGGGUGAGCUCCCGUACCUCUGUCCCAGCUCCUGCCAACCUAGCAGUUCGAAAGCACACCAGUGCAGGUAGAUAAAUAGGUACCACUGCAGCAGGAAGGUAAACGGCGUUUCCGUGUGCUCUGGUUUGCCAGAAACGGUUUAGUCCUGCGGGCCACGUGACCCAGAAAGCUGUCUGUUGACAAACGCCGGCUCCCUCAGCCUGAAAGCAAGAUGAGCGCUGCAACCCCAUAGUCACCUUUGACUGGACUUAACUGUCCAGGGGUCCUUUACCUUUUGCCUUACCUUAUAUUAGGGGAAAUUGCUUUGCAAAAAACGUGCGCAUCAGGCAAAAUUGCAUAUUAAAAAAAAAGUAUAUUUGCAGAACUUUGCACUAAAAUGCUGAUGAACUGUCAUGAGGGUGCUUUUAUUUUUAAGUAACACAUUGCAAAACUGACAUGGACAUGCCGAGAACUGAAUUCAGUAUUGGACAAAUGAGAAAUUGGGUUUAUUUGCCCCUUCCUGUUUGUGACUUCUCCCAUUCUGAGAGAUUUGAUGUGCUGGUGGGAUUUGGGUUCAGGGCUGCAGCCAGAGUUGUGCUCCUUCUGUCUGUCUCCCUGUCUCUCUCUGUCUCUGCUUCUCUCUUUAAAUCUUUCUUUCAUCCAUCCCUAGUUUUAGCGUAACCUUGGAUGCAAAUCUCUUCCCCUCGUUGCCACAGAAACGAGGAUGUAAUAGAGCAGGCGCCGGGGAAGGGGAGGAGUAGGGGAAAAUCAGGGAGCAUCUUAAAGAGAUUAGAAAACUGAUGGCUUCCUGUGCAAAAACCCUGCAUCAGGUGGAGCUCAUGAGAGAGGCAAGGGGGGAAUGAACAAACACAUCCCCCCUCCCAAGCAUCUUGGCCUCUUUCCAAAGCCUCAACAAGUACAGUGAUUCAAAUGAUUGCCAUGCUUCAGUGAAAAUGAUUGAAUAUAUAUACAGGCGUACCUUGGUACUUGAACGGAAUCCAUUCCGGAAGUCCAUUCAACUUCCAAAAUGUUCGGAAACCAAAGCGCCGGACGUUCGGCUUCCAAAAAUUGUUUGAAAACCGGAACAGUCACUUCCGGGUUUUGAUUGUUUGGGAGUCGAUUUGUUCGGGAGCCAAGCUGUUCGAGAUCCAAGGUACCCCCCCUCUCUCUGUAUCCUAUUCUUCCUCCCAAAGGAGCCCAAGACAGAGGACAACAGAAGAGCAAAACAAUAGAAUUCAACACAAACACACAAUGUUUUAAACCAUUUAAGAAUAUUGGAAAACACUUCAAAAUAGCCACCUAUUUUCACAGCUAACAAUUUCAGGCUCGCCAGAAAUGGAAUAUUUUAGCCAUUUGACAUCUGGAUGAGGAGCAAUGCUGAUAAUAAUACAGUGGUACCUCGGGUUAAGUACUUAAUUCGUUCCGGAGGUCCGUUCUUAACCUGAAACUGUUCUUAACCUGAAACACCAUUUAGCUAAUGGGGCCUCCUGCUGCCGCUGCGCCGCCAUAGCACAAUUUCUGUUCUCAUCCUGAAGCAAAGUUCUUAACCUGAAGCACAUGUAACCUGAAGCAUAUGUAACCUGAGGUACCACUGUAAUAAUAAUAUCCUCCAGUUGGUUAAUAUGAGGGAGACACUGUGGAUGAUGCUGAACUUGGCAGGAUGGUUUUCAGGUUCUCAAGUUUUGGUUGUCUUCUCAGCACCUGCAGGUGAAAGAAGUAGGUCUUGGAGUGUUCGGUUAGACUUAGAGCAUGGGUAGGCAAACUAAGGCCCGGGGGCUGGAUCCGGCUCAAUCGCCUUCUAAAUCCGGUCCGCAGACGGUCCGGGAAUCAGCCUGUUUUUACACGAGUAGAAUGUGUGCUUUUAUUUAAAAUGCAUCUCUGGGUUAUUUGUGGGGCAUAGGAAUUCAUUCAUUUCCCCCCAAAAAUAUAGUCCAGCCCCCCACAAGGUCUGAUGGACAGUGGACUGGUUCCCUGCUGAAAAAGUUUUGCUGACCCCUGAGUUAGAGGCGGCGGGGAAGCUGUUAUUUGAUUGGCUUCAGCCCUUUUCUCCUUAGCUCCGCCCAUGCUAAUCAAGCCCCGCCUCUGAGCCUUCAGCCUCUAAUCCCCACUCCAAACCCUGCCAGUGCCCUGCCCACCAGCUAUGGAGGGACCAUAGCUCAGGGGGAGUGUGCAUAAAGUCCCCCAUUCAUUCCCUGGCACUUCCAGCUGAAAGAAUUACAUAACAGGUGAUGGGAAAGACGCUCUGCUGGAGUGGAGACCCAUCUCCUGGUAUACCCCGUGGAGGACCUUAAGGUCCACAAAUGACAACAUUUUGGAGGUCCCAAGUCGCAAGGUGGUUAGGUUGGUCUCAACUAGGGCCAGGGCCUUUUCAGUACUGGCCCCGACUUGGUGGAACACUCUGUCACAACAGACCAGGGCCCUGCGGGACUUGCCAUCUUUCCGCAGGGCCUGCAAGACAGAGCUGUUCCGCCUGGCCUUUGGUUUGGACUCAGUCUGACCCUUAUGUUUCCUUCCCCCUUAUGGCUUUGACUUUUAAAAUGAGGCUGCGUUUUAAAUGGCAUUUUAACCUGUAUUUUAAAUUGCUCUUUUUCUUUUUUCUUAUUAUGUUUUACUGAAAUUUUAUUGGUGCUAGCCGCCCUGAGCCUGGCUCUGGCUGCGGAGGGCGGGGUAUAAAUAAAAUUUAUUAUUAUUAUUAUUAUUAUUAUUAUUAUUAUUAUUAUUAUCUAGAGUAGAUGGUCAAAAUAGCUUGGCAAGACAGCUGCUUCCUAUGCCCUGCUCCAUAUUUGAAUGCUAACCAGGCUUUGCCCCAACCUCACCUUCAAUUUCAGAAUCUGAGCCUCUAGGGUCCUAGCAAACUGGCUUGGGAGGGGGCAGGAAUCAAGACCACUCCUUUCUUCAACAGUCAAGAUAAAUUUGUGUUGCAUCCGUAGUUGGCACCUGGAAUUCUCCAUCCUAUCCAGCAGCUGUUAAAAUAUAAGCCAGGCUAGCUUUCUGGCGAACCGAUAGCCUGGGUGAUGGGCCAUUAAGGGAACAAAGGAAGUGGGUCUGUGCCAGAUGACAAAUGGGUGGAGUUCCUCCCUCAACUCUUGAAUAGUGAGAAGGACAAAGGGCAGAGUGGAGAGAGUUGGGUGGUGUGCACUAAAAGCUAGAAGGAAAGUGGUAGACUGGGAAGUCAGAGGGAUGCUUGAUUUCUGUUUGAAUCCAAGGCUGUGACUAUGAGGGAAGCAAAUUAUUGCUGGGGUGUUAAUGCUGUGACCCCCCCCCCCAUUUUAGACUCAGGUUGUGUGUGUGUGUGUGUGUGUGUGUGUGUGUGUACAGGCUGGGGGAGGCAUUUUGCCAAAUUUUCCCCUGGGUCUGCUGAUACUUUCCAACAGUUUGAGGGGAGACUGAAAGUUCUCUGGUAACUUUUGCUGAUAAAGUUUGGCUCAACUCUAGCCUAAACAGGCUUGAUUGACUUAAGUACCCUUUAUAAGAUUUAAGUACCCUUAUAAGAUUUAAGUGUCCUGAGGCUGGAAGUGGCACCCAGUUCCUAAAAACACUGGCAGCAAUCUUUUAAAGAGACAACAUUAUAAUUUUGAGAACCAAGCGGAAUAGAUAAUUAUUCAAUUUCUGGCCACUUUGAGGGCUUGUAGCCUAAAAGUGGGAUAUAUGUACAUAAAAAUAGAUUUCUAGGUUUCUGGGCUGCAAGUGUUUGGAAAGCUUCCAUAUUUGGUUUAAAAUCUGAGCAAUCUUUUUAGCUAGACAUUCAAGGUGGUGAAAGCCCACUUUUAAUGUACAGUAGUAGUGAGGGUUCAUGGCAGCAAAGCACAUUUACAGUGGUAUCUUGGGUACAUAUGCUUCAGGUUGCAUACGCUUCAGGUUACAGACUCCGCUAACCCAGAAAUAGUACCUCGGGUUAAGAACUUUGCUUCAGGAUGAGAACAGAAAUCGUGCUCCGGUGGCGUGGCGGCAGCAGGAGGCCCCAUUAGCUAAAGUGGUACUUCAGGCUAAGAACAGUUUCAGGUUAAGUACAGACCUCCAGAACGAAUUAAGUACUUAACCCGAGGUACCACUGUAUAUCACAUUUAAAGGGCGGUAGCUGCUGGUCCAAAUCCAUUAAUCAGCCAGUUUCACUUGUUGCCCCAUCAGAGUUCAGUCCAAAUUUGCUGGCAGUAGAAGAGAGAACACAAUUCACAAAGCCAACCUCCUUGACAAGUGUUACUUGCUCUUGUAAGCAGGCACAAAUGCACACACACACACAGUUUAUAUAUUUUGCAUCUCAUUGUCUGGCAAUUUUUUUUUGCCUCAUUUGAGACUGUUAGAAAAGAGGUGGGGAAGAACUGCCUCCCCUUGCCUUUGGUUCCGCUGCAAAACUGAGCUGAGAGCAAUCUUAACAGGGCUGUGGUACCCUGAGACGGUUGCCACGGCAGCAGGAAGAAGUGCCCUCAGCAUCUUUCCAGAAGACAGCUGUGAAUGGCAGCCCAGUGAGUGACCUCUUUUCGGAAGAGAGGUUCUUCGUUUCCCCUCUGAAAUCGGAGCUUCAUAGAGGAGGUAGGAGAUAGCUGUCCCCGAGGCAAGGGACUGUGGGGAUGAGAAUGCUGCCCACUUCCCUGGUGUCCCAGAUUAAGGCUCCGUCCUAGAUGUGUGUGAAAUAUUUAGUAGGGUUAAUUCUGUGGAAGCUGCUUUCUGUCUACCCAGGGGUGGAAGCAACAGCAGCCAGUUGAGAGACAGAAAGAGAGAGGUGUAAAGCCAAGCCACACAUUCUGCUGUAGCAAAGAUGACCUGAAUAGCUCAGUUGGUUAGAGUGUGGUGCUGAUAGUGCCAAGGUUGCAGGUUCGAUCCUUGUAUGGGACAAAAUGCAUAUUCCUGUCAGUUUGCAUUUCUUAAUACAGAAAGUGUUGAUCUGAUGUGUAGAUGUCUUUCCUAUUCUACUUAAUUCAGGAAGGUUCUGGAAGCUUCUCUGUGUGAAAGAAGCAAGCAGAAGGUUUGUGAAGUUUGGGUUAUUCCUUCAGAGAAGCAGAGUACAGUGGUACCUCAGGUUAAGUACUUAAUUCGUUCCGGAGGUCCGUUCUUAACCUGAAACUGUUCUUAACCUGAAGCACCACCUUAGCUAAUGGGGCCUCCUGCUGCUGCCGCGCAGCCGGAGCCUGAUUUCUGUUCUCAUCCUGAAGCAAAGUUCUUAACCUGAAGCACUAUUUCUGGGUUAGAGGAGCGUGUAACCUGAAGCGUAUGUAACCUGAAGCGUAUGUAACCCGAGGUACCACUGUACAGCAGGCUUAAACUGGCUCUCUUAUCCAGGGGUCAGCAAACAUUUUCAGCAGGGGGCUGGUCCACUGUCCCUCAGAUCUUUGGGGGGCCAGACUAUAUUUUGAAAAAAAGAAGGAGGAACGAAUGCCUAUGCCCCACAAAUAACCCAGAGAUGCAUUUUAAAUAAAAGCACAUGUUCUACUCAUGUAAAAACACGCUGAUUCCCGGACCGUCCAUGUGAAAUUGGGCCAGAUCUGGCCCCCAGGCCUUAGUUUUCCUACCCAUGUUCUUAUCUCUCUCUGUCAAGGUCAUGCCGACUAUAAUAGUAAGGCCAGAAGGAGCUUGGGGUUCACUUUCUCUUUCUUUCUCUCUUCCUUCUGGUGUGGUGGUCUGUAUGCUUAGUGUUAAGGUUUAGACUUCUUAUAAGUUAUUGGAAGUUUAAGUUAAGUCUUCCGCAACUGGAUUUCUUAUGGACUGUGCCAAUCCCGAAUGUAUUGGAUUUGUGACCAUAAUGCUCAUAUGCUUUCAGUAGCAGUAAAGCUCUUCUGGAGGAAAUACAAUUGCCUCUGGUCUAUUUUGGGGGGGAAUCCUGCAAUGUGUUUAAGUUGUUACUCUGCUAACUAUACACUGGAACCUACUCUUGAUCAAUAUUGAGUAGAAUUCCAUGAGAAUUCCUGCAAUGGCAAAGGGUUGGACCAGUGGUGGCCUUGCACCUGGAGGGAGGGGCUAGUGUCCCGGGGGCACGUCGAGCAUCCCAGGGGGGUGAUGUCACCCUCCCUCAGGGAUGACACCCAGGGUGGGCCACACCCACUGCACCCAACUUGCUCUGCCUCUGGGUUGGACUCGAUGAUCCUCAGGGUCCCUUCCAACUCUACAAUUCUGUGAUUCUAUGUCAGCUUUCAGAUGGGCAGCCAUAAAUGCUGGGGCUUGAACCUAGGAGCUUCUGCAUGCAAAACAGAUGCAAAACCGCUGAGCUUUGCUUCUUCAUCUAGGCUUUGUGCAAGGAAAGAGUUCUGCAUAACCUGGAAGCUUUGUGAAUGUUCUGAGUAGCAUUCGUGUAGGGAAAGAUGCCAUCAUGCCUGUUUUGGUUAAACUGAAAUAAAAGUCCGCUUUCCCCUCCUUUCUUUGCAUUCACGGAGCUGGAAGGGAUCCUGAGGAAUAAUUAUUGUUAUUUAGGGAAGUUUUUAAUGACUGAUGUUUUUAUGUAUUUUUAAUCUUUUGUUGGCAGCCGGCCAGAGUGGCUGGGGAAACCCAGCCAGAUGAGUGGGGCAGAAAUAAUAAAUUAUUAUUAUAGAAAUAAUAAUAAAUUAUUGUCAUCUAGUUCCGUGGUUCCCAACAUGGGGCACAUGCCCCACAGGGGGGCAAUUUGAUUUUUAAGGGAGGGGGCAAUUUGGAAGCUUGUUUAGAUCAAGCCAAUGGCCUUUUAGGCUUCCUCCAUGUGAAUAGGAGUUCACUUUUUGAAUAAUAAGAAUUAUAUGUCACCGGUGGGGGUGGGGGUGGGGCAGUGCAUCAGGAAUUUAGAGAUGCUUAGGUGGGGCAUGGCCAAAAGAAGGUUGGGAACCACUGAUCUCGUCCAACUCCCUGCAAUGGAGGAAUAUGCAGCUGUUCCUUACGGGGAUCGAACCUGCAACCUUGGUGUCAUCAGCACCACGCUCUAAGCAACUGAGCUUUCCAAAUACCUUUUCAGACUCUGGCUGAACUAACAGUUCAGCCAAGUGGACAAUAGGGGUCCAGCCCCCUGGUUAGGAUGUGCUAAUGCAUACCUAUCUACACUUCCCAUUUGAAACUGGGUUGACCCCAACCCUUCAUCCCCGGCAUCUCCCCACACAUCCAUGAUUGAACAUGGUUAAUAUGCACCUUCUUUUGUCACUAAGUGCUGCUUACUGGUGGCUGCUAAAUUCCUUCACAAAUGCUGUUACCCACCAGCUGUCCUUAGAGCUAUUGCAGGUGGCACGUUCCUAUCUUGGUAACAGACUCUGACAGCUGAGCCUUCUUUAAGUUAUCGGGAGUGUGUGUUGACAACGACAAAGAAGUGGUAAUUCAUAGCUUCUGGUUGUGGCAAAAGGGGGGGGGGCGGCUUUCUGUGUUUUAGGGAAAUGUACAAUUUCGGGUUGAUCUUUCCAAAUGUGCCCCUGGACAUUUCGAAAAUGCAUUUGGCUUCUUUGGAAUCCUCUUGUUCACUUAUCGCACAAUGAAGACUGCCCAUUUCCCUCCAUCGGAUGGGGAAAGGAGUAGAUUCAAAAGCAUUGGUGGCGGGUGGCGCUGUGGUCUAAACCACUGAACCUCUUGGGCUUGCCCAUUAGAAGAUCGGCGGUUCGAAUCCCUGCAGUGAAGUGAACUCCCGUUGCUCUCUCUCAGCUCCUGCCAGCCUAGCAGUUUGAAAGCAGGCCAGUGCAAGCUGAUAAAUAGGUACCUCUGUGGCGGGAAGAUAAACGGCGUUUCCGUGCACUCUGGUUUCUGACACAGUGCCCCACCGCGCCAGUAGUGGUUUAGUAGCAGUUUAGUCAUGCUGGCCACAUGACCUGGAAAGCUGCCUGUGGACAAACGCCGGCUUCCUCAGCCUGCAAGCGAGAUGAGCGCCGCAACCCCAGAGUUGGCCAUGACUGGACCUAAUGGUCAGGGGUCCCUUUACCUUUACCUUUAUUCCAUAUCUUCCAACAUUUCUCUGAUGGAAAUAGGGACAUCCUAUUCCAUACCCUCCAUCAUUUCUCCAGUGAAAACAGAGACAUCCUAAGGAAAAGUGGGACAUUCCUGGAUCAGAUCAGAAACUUUGAUGGCUUCUGUAACUCCAGGACUGUCCCUGGAAAAUAUGGAUACUUUGGGGGCCUGCUGGAUCCAGGCCUCCUGCCAACAAGGGGGAAGCGGUGGCAGCCCAGCCCAAGCCCCCAAACCUGAGCAUGCAAGGCAGGCUCUGAAGCCUGGUCUGCUACAGGUGCAGCAGAAUAUGGCAGUAAUAUCCCAUUGCGGAAUAAUAAUAAUAAUAAUAAUAAUAAUAAUAAUAAUAAUAAUUUAUUUAUACCCCGCCCACUCUGGGCGGAAAGAUGGUGCUGUUUCAGAACCUUUCUCCCUGGUGUGAUAGUUUUUAUUUUCAGGAUUUUUUUGUUUUUAAUCGAGGGAGCAGAGUUUUAAAAUAUGCCAUGUGGAACCCUGCUGUCUGAAGUACAGUGGAACCUUGGUUCCCAAACGUUUUGGCUCCUGAACGCCGAAAACCCGGAAGUAAAUGCUUCCGUUUUCGAACGUUUUCCGGAACCCGAACGUGCGACGUGGCUUCCGCUGAGUGCAAGAAGCUCUUGCAACCGGUGGGAAGCCAAGCCUCGGUUUCCAAACGUUUUGGAAGCCGAACGGGCUUCCGGAACGGAUUUUGUUCGAGAACCGAGGUUGCCACUGUCGUACGGUCUAAGCUGCCCCCUCAGGGUUGAGAGUCCCGAAACUCCCGUCAAGGGCUGGCAGAGACUCCAGCCGAGGCAAAACCCCCUCAUGAGGAGAGGGAACUGCUGGCUCGCUUCUCCCUCUCCAUCUGCUGUCUCUGCCCUGUCCCCUCAUAACUCACAGGGACAAUUAGCGACUAUAACGGGGGGGUGGGAUACACGAGAAGAACGGCCGGCCGUCUCUGGGAGAGCCUCACAAUUCUCAGCAGUUAGUGCCUGGCGUUUGCGUGUGGCUAUUGCUGUCACAAUGUUUUCAACAGCCUCUCAAACGUUCGCCCCACAGCGGUCAGUCAUCUUCAGAGGCCUCUCUGCCUGCUCUGUGGACUGACAGGCAAGAGAGGAACCCCAGUUAUAUUCUGUAUUAAUGAAUUUAUCAUCUGGGGAUGAAGCAGAUGUUUGUGGCUGUCUGCCAAGACCCACGAAUGUUGCUUGUUUGUUUGUUUGCGUUCUGUGUGCGCAUGUGGACAAAGGCACAGAGGCUGCAGUCUGGUUUUUCCUUCCCUCUCAGGGAAUGCAAAUAUGAGGGGGAAUCCCCCCCCCCAUCGAACACAGCAAAUGAAGUAGGAUUGGUGAUCCAGCCAGUAAAUUGAUCAACAAAAGCGUCCGUCGUUAAUGAAAUGUUCUCCUCAAUUAGCGAGUGGGCUUGGAAAUGUAGGGCACACUACUGACUAGGUUGUGCCAAAUACCUCCCCGUUUGGUUAAAUUUUGUGAAGGGAAAUGGCUUUUCCCCCUUCCCGAUGUAGCAAGAUUCUGUAUUUAUUUAGGGCAUUUGUCUAAGAUAAAAAGGCGCCCCGAGCAGCUGAAAACAGACCCCAUUUUCCAGGGACAGUUCCAGACUUACAAAAGCCUCCCUAGUUUCUGAUUUGAUCCCGGAAUGUCCUGCUUUUCCUUAGGACAUCCCUAUUUUCCUCAGAGAAACGUUGGAAGGUAUGGAGUUAUACGACCCCGGAGCCAAGGAGAUAAGUACAGUAACUAUACAACCAUUAGAAGACAUCUGAAGGCAGCCCUGUAUAGGGAAGUUUUUUGUUUUUGUUUUUUAAAGUUUAAUGUUUUAUUAUGUUUGUGCAGUGGUACCUCGGGUUACAUACGCUUCAGGUUACAGACUCCGCUAACCCAGAAAUAUUAUCUUGGGUUAAGAACUUUGCUUCAGGAUGAGAACAGAAAUUGUGCUCUGGCGGUGCGGCAGCAGCAGGAGGCCCCAUUAGCUAAAGUCAUGCUUCAGGUUAAGAACAGUUUCAGGUUAAGAACGGACCUCCGGAACGAAUUAAGUACUUAACCUGAGGUACCACUGUAUAUAUGCCAGAAGCAGCUGGGGCAACCAAGUGAGAUGGGCAGGGCAGGAAUAGUAAAAUUAUUAUUAUUAUGGGAUAGGACGUCCCUAUUUUCAUCGGAGAAAUGUUGGAGGCUGUGGUGGGGAGGUGGAUUACAUUUUGUGGCCUGCCUCAGGUGCCAGAAUGUCUUGGGCUCGCCCUGAUCGUACCUGUUUUGUUAUGAUUUCUGUCCCCACCCCAAUAAAAAAUGAAAUAACAUCCCUGAUUGCAAUACCCAAUUGCAAAUUCAAAUGUAUCCCUAUCGUGUUUUAUGACUUCCUUGAUAUUGUAUGUGGGGUGGAACUGGUCUGUGACCGAAAUAAUAAAUUCAUUCAUCCCUGUUGUUUCUCUACACAGCAAUGCAGCAGGUCUUGGACAAUCUCAGUGACCUCCCCAACUCUAUGGGAGCCGGAGACCUGGACCUCAUCUUUCUCCGUGGCCUCAUGGAGAGUCCAAUAGUAAGAUCAUUGGCUAAGGUACAGUUACAUGGGGUAGUUGGGAGAGGGGCAGUUUGCUGCAACAGAUCCUGCUUCUCCAGUUCCACCCACUUCCGCUGCAUCGCUUACUCCUUCUUAAUCUUGCCCUUAACGCUUUUGCCAAAUAGAUUAGCUGACAACCUAUUCUCUGCUCGCUUUAUUUCCCCUUUACCUGGAUACACGAUCCGGCCUUCACACUGCGCACACAUAAUACAAAUGCACACACACACAAAUGCACACACAUAUAUGACUUCCUCCAUGUUUUUUAGCUGAAUGGGUCCCAUGUGGUGUGACAGAAUGGAUGAUGGUGUCUUGCCAAGUGCAAGGUGGUUCUUUUAAAAUGAGAUUCAGGAGGAAUACAAAACAGAAGUGGGUGAGAAGAUUGAAGAUUCCAUUCUAAACUGGUUACGACAAGUCCAGAUAAAUGAAUGAUUUAAAAAUGAUAAGAAAAGACUUGCUCGUGAAAUCUCAAAAUUCCAAAGAGAAAUAAUAGAAUGUGAUAUUAAAGUGAACGGCCUUGGUCGAGUAUACCUGAAGGAGCGUCUCCACCCCCAUCGUUCUACCCGGACACUGAGGUCCAGUGCCGAGGGCCUUCUGGCCAUUCCUUCACUGCAAGAAGCCAAGUUACAGGGAACCAGGCAGAGGGCCUUCUUGGUAGUGGCCCCCGCCCUGUGGAACGCCCUCCCAUCAGAUGUCAAAGAAAAGAACAACUACCAGACUUUUAGAAGACAUCUGAAGGCAGCCCUUUUUAGGGAAACUUUUAAUGUUUAACAGACCACUGUAUUUUAAUAUUUUGUUGGAAGCCGCCCAGAGUGGCUGGGGAAACCCAGCCAGAUGGGCGGGGUAUAAAUAAUAAAUUAUUAUUAUUAUUAUAAAAUUAUAAAGUACUAUCGGGAAUGUACAACUUGUUGUUGGAAUGGGAAACCAAAGAUGAAGAGGUCAAAUGUCUAAUGAUAAAGCGGGCUAAAGAUGUGGGACGUAAUAUCCAAAUGUCAGAUUGGGAAAAAUUAUGGAGAAACCAUCUGAAAUUUACGGCCUGUACACUGAUAAAAGGAAAUUACGUGAAAAUGAUGUGUAGGUGGUACUUAACACCAGUCAAGUUAUCGCAAAUGUAUAAAUCAGAAGAUAAGAAAUGCUGGAAAUGUGAGGAAGUAGAAGGUACAUUUAAUCAUAUGUGGUGGCAAUGUAAAGAUAUAUAAAAAUAAAUAAAUUGGGAAAUGAUAUAUACGUACAUACCAAGCAGGCACUUAACCCUCAACUUGGAAGCCCUCAAGAAGUGGUGAAGUGCCCCCAGUUUGCACAGCCCCGCGGCUGAGCAGUCCAUGGACGAGCUUCUCUCUAAAACUCUGCCCACAACCAUCCAAUUUAUAGAUAGCUAAUCUGUGUGGUUUGCCUGACUGGCUCCAUGUAGACCCCUAGCUACGUACAGAUUAUUCAUUAGCCACCCACUCCCAGUGCCUCACUUUCUCCCAACAAUGUCCAACGUCAAAGACCUUUUCUUUGCUUUUGCUCUAAACUUGGGUCUCCAGCUGUUUUUGGACUACCCAUCAUCCCUAGUGGUCAAGAGUGAUGGGAAUUGUAGUCCAAAAAUGGCUGGAGACCCAAGUUUGAGAAACCUUGUUCUAGCAAGACAUUUUAAGUUUAAAAGUGCCAUUUUAAGCAGGCAAAAUUUCCUCCUCAAAAUUCAAGCCGCUAGUGUCUCUCAGGGUAGUUUUUCAAAUAACAAAUCUCUUAAGUUGUCCAGCUGUCCAACGCUGUCAAGUACUAACUACCAUUGCAUGCUCUCCAUCAUGUGGGCUGGCUGGUAUUUUUGUUUGUUUUAAAAGCCAUUGCAUAUCAACUGGGGACCUUUGCCGGAUUCCCCGCUGCUAAGUAGUUUUGUGUAUUAUUUACUCUCCUCUGCUUGUUCAUAUUCUUUGUUUUUGUUGAUGUUUAUUGAUCAGACUUAUUGAUUUUGCUGCAAGCUGCCUCAAGCUGAGACAGAAAGGCCCGGUUAUAAAUGGGUUUUUCAUUUAGUGUUUUUAUAAGAAAAAAAUGUUACAAACAAGGUGUAACACAGUUAGGAUAAACUGCGGGGUGGGGGUGGGGGCAAUGCUAGUCUUACUCAAGAGUAGACCCAUUAUAGCUAAUGGGCAUGACUAACAAAAUUCAUAUUUUAAUUUGUCUACUCUGUGUAGGACUUACCGAAUUUUUCUGUGUAUAAGAUGCCCCCACAUAUAAAUGACCUCUAUUUUUUGAGCCCAAAAUUAAUUAAUUAAUUGCAGCAUUCUGUGUAUAAGACAACUCCUAAUUUUAAACUUAAAAAAAUUGGGGGGAAAUAUAGUCUUAUACACGGAAAAAUACAGUAAUUGAAUAGAGCCCAAACAUGUUUACUUCCAGUUUUAGAAUGUUUAGCAUAGGGUGGGAUACUAUCCCCCAAUUCUGUUAUUCCAAAAAUGUAUAAAUAAACCCCACAUUUCAAGAAAUUUGCUUUCUUGAAUAUUUAUCCCAGCUGUUGCUUGGUGUGCCAGUUUAAAUACCAAUGCUGAUUCCCAUGUUUUUUUUCUUAACUACUCUGGGAUGUAAAGUGGGUUUUUAUUUUUUCUAGUAUAAAAUGUUUUCAUUUACUUUUCCUUAUUUAAAAUAUUUAUGGAUCACCCUUCAGUAGGGCUUCCCCAAAAGAAGAUAACCAUCUUAUUAGUAGAUAUAAUUAGCUGUAAUCUGAGUGUGGUUUUUGGUUUGAAGCUCAAUAAUACAAUUUGUGUACUUGCUACCUGUCCAGCCUGCACUAUCAAACACAAUUGCUAGCAUCAACCAAUAAAUUAUUGUCAAAACCUGUCAGGCAUCAAACAACAAAAUUCAGUGUAGCGGGAUGUGAAAAGCAGCCAUCAAAUAUUCAGCCACUUAGAGAAUAGCGGGAGAGUAUUUGACAAAAGCAUUCACUAGUUUGAACUUGGAGGGGAUAAUUUUGUCUCAGCACACAUUACGGUGCAGAGCAUUCCUGUUCAGGCUUCCAGCCAGCGAUGUGCUUUUCCAGAAUAAUUCAUUCCAUCCUCCCUGUCCAUAGUUUUCCAUUUUCUUCCCUGAACAGUCAGGCAGUAUUCUGCACCUACUGAGCAUGCUUAUUCCUCCUCAUUGGGCUGUUUUGGGUACUUCUGCAAAUCUUGGAGUCCCCACACCCCACCUCUUCUGAUUGGAUGGCAUUGUUUUGGCUGCACAAGAAUGCACACUUGAAGAAUGAGUUCCCUGUUAGAAUAUGGGAUACCAUGGAAAUAGUUUGAUGAACCCGCAAGGGCUUAUAUAUCCAUGAUGGGAACAGGUGGCGCUGUGGUCUAAACCACUGAGCCUCUUGGGCUUGCCGAUCGGAGGGUUGGCAGUUCAAAUCCCCGCGAUGGAAUGACCUCCCAUUGUUCUGUCCCAGCUCCUGCCAACCUAGCAGUUCGAAAGCACACCAGCACAAGUACAGUGGUACCUCGGGUUACAGAUGCUUCAGGUUACAGACUCCACUAACCCAGAAAUAGUACCUCGGGUUAAGAACUUUGCUUCAGGAUGAGAACAGAAAUUGUGCGGCGGCAGCAGCGGGAGUCCCCAUUAGCUAAAAUGGUACUUCAGGUUAAGAACAGUUUCAGGUUAAGAACAGACCUCCAGAAUGAAUUAAGUUCUUAACCAGAGGUACCACUGUAGAUAAAUAGGUACCGCUGCGGCGGGAAGGUAAACGGUGUUUCUGUGCGCUCUGGUUUCUGUCACAGUGUCCCGUUGCACCAGAAGCUGUUUAGUCCUGCUGGCCACAUGACCCGGAAAGCCGUCUGUGGACAAACACCGGCUCCCUUGGCCUGAAAGCGAGAUGAGCACUGCAACCCCACACUCACCUGACUGGACUUAAUUGUCCAAGGGUCCUUUACAUUUUUACCUUCAUAUAAAGGUAAAGGGACCCCUGACCAUUAGAUCCAGUUGUGACCAACUCUGGGGUUGCAGCACUCAUCUCACUUUAUUGGCUGAGGGAGCCAGCGUACAGCUUCCGGGUCAUGUGGCCAGCAUGACUGAGCCGCUUCUGGCGAACCAGAGCAGCCCAUGGAAACGCCAUUUACCUUCCUGUCGGAGUGGUACCUAUUUAUCUACUUGCACUUUGACAUGCUUUUGAACCGCUAGGUUGGCAGGAGCAGGGACCGAGCAACAGGAGCUCACCCCAUCGCGGGGAUUCAAACUGCUGACCUUCUGAUUGGCAAGUCCUAGGCUCUGCGGUUUAACCCACAGUGCCACCCACGUCCCUUUACCUUCAUAUAGAAUAAUAAAAUUGUAGAGUUGGAAGGUACCACAACGGUCCUCUAUGCAGGAAUCUUUUGCUCAGUGUGGGGCUCGAACAUACAGCCCUGAGAUUAAUGUCAUGUCCGAAGUAGCCAUGUGUAAGCCGGACUCUGUUGAGGAUUCUAAAAGUUCCCCCAGCGACAGGCAGAGGAAGAUGUGGUAUGUGAGAAAUGCUCACAGUUGCGGGUGCACAAACACUCUCAGAGACAUUAAUCCCUGGCCACCUUUCCGUUGUUUACCUCUGCUUAUCAUUCUUCUGGCAGCUAAUUGUCCCUCAUUCUCUCCACUCAGCCGCUAGGGAAAAUUAGCCAUUAAAAUGAAAGAUAAUAUAAGCAAACAACCCAGGAAGAGUAGACAGCCAACAGCGCCUGCUCUCAAGUGUGUGCAGUCGUUAUUGUCAUGGAAUUCUACUCAAUAUUGAUCCAGAGCAGAACUCCAACAUAUACUUAGCAGAGUAAAAACUUAAUAGACCAGAGGCAAUUGUAUUUCAACCAGCAGAGCUUUACUGCUACUGAAGGCAAAUGAGAACAAUGGUCACAAAUCCAAUACAUUCAGGAUUGGCGCCGUCCAUAAGAAAUCCAGUUGCGAGACAAUACCUACAAAAGAUGACUGGCUACACAAAUUAAGCGAAUUUCUAGAAAUGGCAAUGCUAACUGCAAGUAUAAGAAUGCAGUCAAAACUUAGUCAAGAAUAUAUGGAUAAACACUGUUCAGAAAAGAAUUUGCAGAUAUGUUUAGAUUAAAGGAGUAAAGUGGAACAGAAACCAUUAAUAAGUCAUGUCAUAAAGAGAUCAAAAUAUAAAACUUAAAAGAUUGCAAAGUUUUAUACGAAAUUCAAAAUAUAUGGUAGUCAAGGUGUGGUGGAGGGAAGCGGUGUGGUGUGGUGAUGUGUAGUCACAGGGCUGGGAAUGACUUUUGUUUGUGUAAAUAGUAAUGUAUUUUUGUCUUAUCUAUGUAUUUCCUUUUCUCUCUUUUUUGUUCUGUUUUAUUAUUUCCCCCCCUGUACCAUUAAAAUUCAACAAAAUUUAAAAAAGAAAUUAAAAUUAAAAAAGACAUCCAGUUGCAGUAGACUUAAUUUAAACUUACAAUAACUUAUAAGAAGUCUAAACCUUAACACUAAGUACCGUAUUUUUCGCCCUAUAAGACGCACUCUUUUCCCUCCAAAAAUGAAGGGGAAAUGUGUGUGCGUCCUAUGGGGCGAAUGCAGGCUUUCGCUGAAGCCUGGAGAGCGAGAGGGGUCGGUGUGCACUGACCCCUCUCCCUCUCCAGGCUUCAGGAAGCUAUCCGCAAGCCUUGGGAGCCCGUGGGAGUUCCUCCCGGGCUCCCCCGGCUUGCGCAGAGCUGCCUCUUAUCCCGAAGCCCCGGCGCGCUGAGCAGUCACGCCGGGGCUUCGGGUAGCUCUCCGCAAGGCACGGGAGCCCAGCGCCGGGCUCCCGCGGCUUGCGGACAGUUGCCUGCAUGCUGAAGCCUGCGUGCGCUGAGCUCAGCAUGCCCAGGCUUGGCGCAGCUCUCCGCAAGGCGCGGCAGCCCGGCGCUGGGCUCCCGCGGCUUGCGGAGAGUUGCCUGUUCUGGGGGCUGGGGUCGCGGGAAGCUCGGGCUUCCCCCGCCCCAGCCCUGCGCCUGGGGGGAAAAUAAUUCCCCCCCUUUAUUUCCCCCCCAGAAAACUAGGUGCACCUUAUGGGACGGUGCGUCCUAUAGGGCGAAAAAUACGGUAUACUACGUACAGAACACCACACCAGAAGGAAGAGAGACAGAAAGAGAAUGUGAAACCCAGGCUCCUUCUGGCCUAUUAUUUUAGUCAGCAUGAUCUUGGCAGAAAGAGAUAACAGAACCAGUUUUAACCAGCUGUACUCAGCUUCUCUGAAGGAAUAACCCAAACUUCACACACCUUCUGCUUGCUUAUUUCACACAGAGAAGCUUCCAGAACCCUCUUGAAUGAAUUAGAACAGGAAAUAUCUCUACACAUCAGAUCAGUGCUUUCUGCACUAAGAAAUGCAAACUGAUCUCUGUUAUUGUUAUUAGUGAUGACCACUUUAGGUGCGUCCAAAUGAUCCAGAAGAGGGAAGAACGGAGGCAGAAUUAUACACGCUCUGCUGACAGGUGUGGGGACCCGGAAACAGACCCCUAUGCGAAAUGGUUGCUGCCUAGAUCAUUAAUAUACCACCCUCCAUCCGAAGAUGGCAGGGCAGUUCGCAGCAAACCUUUUUCUGGCUUUGGAAUUUGGAGCCAGGUUGCUUUUGAAAUAGGGAAUGCAUAAGCAGGAUCUGAAAAAUACAUUUUAUUUCAACCAAGUUCAGAUAAUAACGAAAUUUAAUUUAUUUAUAAUCAAGUAACAAUAACUGAAAUAGUAACUGAAAAUGAAAUGGGCAGCAUCUCUCAGUCUGAAAUGCUGAAUUCAUUUCUAACCAAGCUAGCUGUAACACAUAGUCUUUCAAUUUUCUUGAUUUCUCGCUUUUCAAAUCUUAAUUUCAGUCCUUCGCAUUUCCACUUCAGUUUGAUUUUUAAAAAUGUCCCAUUAAAAUUCACCAGUGUUUAAGAUGCACAUUUUUUUAAUGUCAUAUACCCAUUUCUGUAAAACAUAUUUGUCUUCGUUUGUAUGCUUUCACAGUUAAUAUGCAUUUUCACGCACAGUUUACCUCAGUUAUAUGCAUUUUUGUACACAUUACUCGGCUGGAGAAUGGCAGAAUUCAGAGAAGUGCAAAUCUCGAAGGAUUGUUGCAUUUCCGUUUACAUACAGUUUCAGGAAACUGCAUAUUAGGUAGAUCUGCCUUUUGAUGUGAAUCGAAUCAAAUUUCUCUCUUUCCUCUCCUGCCACAUCCUUACCCCAAGCCGCUUUUCUCCUUGAGGGAGAAGAUACAGGGACCACAUAUCUUCCAGCCGCAGGCUGAAAAAAGAGCUUGGGGAGUGAUUUUGAGCAGGGAAAUGGCCGGAAGGGUAAGGGUUAAGCAGACCCUCCCUCAUGCUGUACCUCUGAUCCCAAUCACUGCAUCCGGCAGCUUCUCUGCCUUCCACACCCAUUUCCCCCUUUUAAUAAUAGUAGAAAUAAUAAUAAUAAUAAUAAUAAUAAUAAUAAUAAUAACAACAAUAAUUUAUACCCUGCCCAUCUGGCUGGGUUUCCCCAGCCACUCUGGGCAACUCCCAACAGAAUAUUAAAAACACAAUAAAACAUCAAACAUUAAGAACUUCCCUAAAGAGGGCUGCCUUCAGAUACUGUAAGAAAACUGGACAUCUCCUGUUUCUCCUUUAGUUUGGCCCUGAGCUGGCCGCAGAAACCUAGCGAAACUUGUAUGUUAAUGUUUCCUGGAUUGAGGGCCCUUCUCACCCAGCCCCUGUCAAAUAGUGGAGUCUGGGAAAGUUGCUCUCGAGAGGGCUAGAGUCAGGAUUUUUGGUCCUAUUUUUCAGCUAAAGCUAUCCAGAAACAUCCCACCUCGCUAUUUCCCAGUGCUAGCCCUGGAUUCCAGAACUGGCUCAGAUUUCGCUCUCCUUCCCACCGCCCUCCUGCUGACUUCAGGCAGGCAACGCUAAGCUUCUCCUUGAGAGCCUUCUUAUUUUUAGUUCCUUCUCUUUUGUGUCUGCCUCCCUUUGGGCAGCCUUUCUCGAGGCUCCUGCAGAGCCAGCGAUUCAUCCCUUUUGCAGCAAAGACCUGCUUGAUUUUUUACUGCGCUCCCUGUCAAAGGCUGGGAGAGGCUCUGAUCUUUCUGGGGAUGUUGCUCUGAGCAAGUGGGCUGUGUGUUUGUGUGAGAGCGGCAUGUGUGAGUAAUUCUUCCAAUCCCCUUUCCUUUACACAGUUCACAACACACCCUCUCUUUCCCCCCUCACCCUUUUGGCCCUGGAAAGUGCUGAUGAGUUUUUCCCAAGCUCUGCAGGAACCCAUAUUGAAAAUUUGGAGAGCUCUGUCAACCACACACACACGCUUUUGGUUUAACUUGGGGGACAGGGCUGUGGGUUUUUCAUGCAUCCACAUAAACAUAACCCGGUAGGUCUCCAGCAUCCACAGUGUCCGAAGGACAAAGGGUUAGCGGGGCUUUGUUGGUUUAUUUACAUGUGCCUCUCUAAUCCACCCCCCUCCUUCGCCCUUUUGCCACCCGCCCACUGUGCAGGCUCACGAGCGACUGGAGGAGACAAAGCUGGAAGCCGUGAGGGACAACAAUCUGGAGCUGGUCCAGGAGAUACUCAAAGACAUCACUCGCAUCGCUCAGCAAGACAGCACAGCCGCCGAACUGGCUCGCAUUCUCCAGGAGCCUCACUUCCAGGUAGGCAGCAGCUGUCUCUCAAGAUCCGGGGAAAUGGCGAAACUUACCAGAACAAUUCAAGAUAACAAAACUUUUUUUUAUAAAAGAAUGGUAAUGGUUUAUUGAAUAUUUACAGAUAAAUUGUAAACCAAAACAUGAGCAGGAUCAUUGUAAUAACCUGCAAUUUUAUAGGAGCGUAUGUUUACAGUAGACAAUUAAACGAGCAAGUUAAAUGAAUUUGGAUCUUAAAAAAAUAAAUUUUAGGAACCGCAGAAAGAGGGGGAAGGAAGUCAAAUUUUGAAAUGUUAGAUUGAUUGUAAAACUAAUGAAAUGUAUAAAUUUGAAAAGUAUUAAUAAAAAAUUAAAAUCAGCAACAACAACAACUUCCCGAUACAAGGCUGCCUUCAGAUGUCUUCUAAAAGUUGUGAAGUUUUGUAUCUGAAGGGAGCCUCACUUCCAGGUGAGAGGCAGCUGUCUCUCAAGAUCCGGGGAGUGAGAAAAAGGUGUCACUUCCAGACCGAACUGGGGUAGUUGAUUUCGCAUGGACCCUGGAGCCCGGGCUCGUUGUAAGUGGCCCAGGAAGGAGGACAGACAAUUCACGAAGGGCUCGUUUCUCGUAAGGAGGUGUCAGCAGGAAUCCCAGCGCAUAUCAGCUUUGUCUGUGCGUGACACACACAGAGAGAAAAGUGUCGGGAGAAGUGCCCUUUCGCACAAAGACCCACAGGGCCAGGAUAUUAAUAAGGGACAUCUGUGGAUUUGCCCUAUUUGGCAGCAGGAGUUGGGGGGAGGGUUCCGACUUGGCGAUGGAUAAAGCUUUCUGCUUCAUGCCAGGCUGAGGGGCGAGGCGCCUUUGCUCAACAACAUGCAACAGCAAGAUUUAUUUUUUUCCGUGUGUAUAAGAAAGACAUGGUUUAUGUCCUCUUUUUUUGCAGAGACACCUGAGGCAUCUGGCUUAAUGCUGUUGGUUUAUUUGCUUGCUUCCUUGUUGCAUUUGCAUCAGGUCUUUCUUCUGUAUGGGCUGUGUGGCAACACACCAGGAGUUCCCAGGUGUUUUCCCACUUAGGAUCUGACCUGAUGAAUACCUGCUUAGCUUCAGCAAAUUUCCGGGAUCGUGUAACUUCAGACUGUUGAUGUAUAUACGCAAAGUGUAGAUUCUCUGUGCUAGUGUUGCCUCUCUGUGUCUGUGUCUAAGGUGGCAUGAGGGAGUGAUUUAAAGGCUCACAAGGAUUUGCCUGUCUUGUUUUAACUGGUAGGUUUAUGCAUCAUCAUCAUCAUCAUCAUCAUUUAUUUAUACCUGCCCAUCUGGCUGGGUUUCCCUAGCCACUCUGAGUAGCUCCCAACAGAAUAUUAAAAACACAAUCAAACAUCAAACAUUAAGAACUUCCCUAAACAGGGCUGCCUUCAGUUUUCACAGGAAACUGAAGUAGAAGCUUAUUAAUAGUGAAAGCUUCAUUUAUUGCCCACCCCAGUUAAAAGCUUAAGACAAUAGUUAAACAAUAUUUAAACAGCCUUGGCCCAGUAUACCUGAAGGAGCAUCUCCACCCCUAUCGUUCAGCCCAGACACUGAGGUCCAGCUCUGAGGGCUUUCUGGCGGUUCCCGCACUGCGAGAAGUGAGGUUGCAGGGAACCAGGCAGAGGGCCUUUUCGGUAGUGGCGCCCACCCUGUGGAACGCCCUCCCAUCAGAUGUCAGGGAAAUAAACAACUUUCUGACUUUUAGAAGACAUCUGAAGGCAGCCCUGUUUAGAAGUUUUUAAUGUUUGAUAUUUUAACGUGUUUUAAUAUUCUGUUGGGAGCUGCUCAGAGUGGCUGGGGAAACCCAGCCAGAUGGGCGGGGUAAUAAUAAUAAUAAUAAUAAUAAUAAUAAUAAUAAUAAUUUAAUAGUCAGGUAUCAGAAGCCAAGUUGUAAUACACUUGGAAUUCUGCUCUUUAGAUUCUGCCCCCCUCCCAAUGUCAUUCAGAUGUUGUGAUCUCAUCUCCCUCUAAAGAGUUCAAGGUGACACACAUGGUAUUAUCUCUGCAAUAAUCCUGUGGGCUCAGAGAGAAUGAAUGACCCACAAUUACCCAGUGACUGUCAUGGCUAAGUGGGGAUUUGAAGCCUGGUCCACUCCCUAGUCCCAGCUUGAUAGGCACCUCUACACCUGUUGUACUAUAUAUCUAACCAUUUAUAUAUGGCCUAAUAGUUCCCCAGGACGCUGUGCGUUUGUGUAUGUUCUUGCUGGGCUGAAUCUAGUGAUUUCGGAAAUCACCGUGGAAUAGAUCCUCUUCUGAUCAAGAACAUACCGUAUUUUUCCAUCUAUAAGACGCCCCCAUGUAUAAGACCCCCCCCCUAUUUUGGAGGACUCAGAUUUAAGAAAAUGGAGGGGAUGUAUCUGUGUAUAAGACACCCCUUGAUUUUUGACAUUCUGGGUAUGGCUUGGAAGAUUUGCCCCUGCUUCCAGUGUUGUGACUAGGGACUUUAAGGUCUCUGGACACAGGCCCAUGGCACAAAUUUGCACAAAUAUGCAUAUUAGCUGCAGAAUGGUUGUAGCUCAGUGGUCGAGCACCUGUUUAUGUGCACACAGAAGGGUUCAUUCAUGGGCAUCUCCCAGUGGGAAUGUCUGAAUCCCUGGAGAGCUGCUUCCAGUCAGUGUAGCCAGAUGGACCAAGUGUUUGACUCAGCAUAGGGCAGUUUCUUAGGCUUCUUAUAUGAAGGGAUGCCUCUAGGCAAGCCAUUACUGUGCUUUCUGGGGUAUCAUGAGUGUGCUGUUUGGAGAGAAAGGCCUGGAGAUCCAGGACCUAGUGCAAAAGACUUGAUCCUCAUGAUCCCCCGUAACGAGGCCCAUUCCCCUCCUUUACGUUUUACUUAAUCUGUCUCUGGUCUCAGCUGAGCGAAUCUUUCUGUUGCCUCCUCUUUCCCACCCCUGCCACGCUCCUUUCUCAGUCCCUCUUGGAAACCCACGAUUCCGUUGCCUCCAAGAGCUACGAGACGCCACCACCCAGUCCAGUCCUGGACCCCAUGUUCAACAACCAGCCGGUGCCACCAGAUGCCGUGCGCAUGGUGGGGAUUCGUAAGACUGCUGGGGAACACCUGGUGAGUAAAGUCUUUUUCCACUGUCAUUGGCCUCACCAUAUUUUAGUUUAAAGGCCAGUGUACUGAGCAGACCUGUAACUAACCAACCAACCAACCAACCAACCAACCAACCAAUUAACCAAUCAACCAAUUAACCAAUCAACCAAUCAACCAAUCAACCAACCAGCCAGCCAGCCAGCCAACCAACCAACCAGCUAACUAACUAACCAACCAACCAACCAACCAACCAACCAACCAAUUAACCAACCAACCAACCAACCAACCAACCAACCAACCAACCAACUAACCAACUAACUAACCAGUGCUGGAUUUAUGUAUAAGCUAAACAAGCUAUAGCUUAGGGCCCCACUCUCCUGGGGGGCCCCAAAAAAAUUAAAGGAAAAAACCUGGAUGUACAUUUCCAAAAUAUAAGAUAAAAAACAAAUGAAAUAAAACCUGCAUACAACAACAGUGUUUUGUUUUGUGUUGUGUAGGCUCCUAUUUGUUAUGUGCAAAUGGCUUUAGAUACCUAUUAGGUCCAUAAAUUACCAUCUAGCAUAUAUUCAACACAAAAAACAGCAACAAUUUGUUGUUGACAAAGGACAGCUGGACAUAUAAAGGGCCCCAUUACCUUCAGUAGCUUAGGGCCUCAUCAAACCUAAAUCUGGCCCUGUAACCAACCAACUAAUUAACUAACCAACCAACCUGUCACUUACCGGAUUUUUCACUCUAUAAGACGCACCCGACCAUAAGACGCACCUAGUUUUUAGAGGAGGAAAACAAGAAAAAAAAUAUUCUGAGUCAAAUGUUGUUGAAGAGGCUUCGCAACAAUCCCUCUUGCUGUUCUGGCUUCAGCGAUAGCUGCACAGCCUGCAUUCACUCCAUAAGACGCACACACAUUUCCCCUUACUUUUUAGGAGGGAAAAGGUGCGCCUUAUAGAGCGAAAAAUACGGUGCAUAGCAAUAGGGUAGCCCAGGUGGAACAGCUGCUUCAGCCUGACUCAUGGUUUGGCUGGACCUGUCUCCAUUACCCAUAACUGCUUUGCAUUGACCCUGCACUCUUGCUGCUUUCUCUUCCCUCAGGGUGUGACGUUCCGGGUGGAGCGCGGCGAGCUUGUCAUUGCCCGCAUCCUGCAUGGUGGCAUGAUUGACCAGCAGGGGCUGCUGCAUGUGGGUGACAUCAUCAAGGAGGUGAACGGGCAGGAGGUGGGCAGUGACCCACGGGCAUUGCAAGAGGUGCUGAAAAACGCCAGCGGAAGCGUCGUACUCAAGAUCCUGCCCAGUUACCAGGAGCCACACCCACCUCGCCAGGUAGGAGGCGCCAUCACUUAGCUACUUGUCUCCCCUGUGCUAAAUAAGGUCUUGGUAAUUGCCCCACCUCCACCCUACCUCUGCCUGGAACAAAGAUAAAAUGUGAUCAUCAUCUCUUGACUGAAACAGGCAGGCUUUCCACUUUAUUCUUUCAUUUCUUUCCCCACUCCUUUCUUGCUUCUCUCUUCCUUUCAGAAAGAUUCCCCGUCCUAAAAUCAUAAUGAUUACGCUGUCGGCUGAUUAAAGAAUUCAUCAAUUAUUUAUCUGUUUUCUUUUUUUGGAUAUUAUCAGAACAUCCAUAUUGGUGCCUUUCAGAGCUGCUGGGGGGAAGUCUAUGAUAACGUCCCAAAGCUCUUUUUCCGAAAAGGAAAGGCCGUCAGUAGUAUUUUCUUUUGCAUUCCCUGUGGCAGGAGGAGCACACUGAGAACUAAAAUAGCCCAUGAAAACAAACAAGUUAUGUGCUCUUAACUUGCAGGGCCACCAAUUUAAAUUUGGCCACCACCACCUGUUAAUCAACAAAACGUUGAGUCAGUACCGAUUAAACCUUUGAAAGCUCAAAGUGCUUUUAAAAGCCCCCCUGUUUUUGGUAGCUGCAUGUUUGGCAUACGCUGAUAAUUAUUUAGGUCAUUAGAAAUUGCCAGAUAAGAAGACUCUGUACGUGCUGAGCAUGGAGACUUUCUUGGCAUUUGCAAGUGUUGCUCAGAUGUUCUCGUGUUCAUAGCAGGCGCCUACAAGAGAGCCACGAAGGACCCUUUAUGGCCCUCCAGCAAUAUCUGCAGCCUUAUAGCGUGAAUUCCCCCCCGUCCGUGUGACUGUUUUGAACGCUGUGAUACUGUUAACUACAGUGGUACCUCGGGUUACAGAUGCUUCAGGUUACAUACGUUUCAGGUUACAGACUCCGCUAACCCAGAAAUAGUACCUCGGGUUAAGAACUUUGCUUCAGGAUGAGAACAGAAAUCGCGGUGGCGGCAGGAGGCCACAUUAGCUAAAGUGGUGUUUCAGGUUAAGAACAGUUUCAGGUUAAUAACAGACCUCCAGAACGAAUUAAGUUCUUAACCCGAGGUACCACUGUACUGUGAUUUUUUUUGCUGAAAGAUUCAGAACAGAUAAAAGAAAGUACUUCUUCAUGCAGCACAUAUGAAGUAGUGAUGGCCACCAACUUGGAUGGAUGCCUUUGAAAGAGGAUUAGACAAAAUCAUGGAGGAGAGGGCUAUCGAUGGCUAUUAGCGGAUGGCGCUGUGGUCUAAACCACUGAGCCUCUUGGGCUUGCCAGUCAGAAGGUCAGCGGUUCGAAUCCCCGUGACGGGGUGAGCUCCCAUUGCUCUGUCCCAGCUCCUGACAACCUAGCAGUUCGAAAGCACACCAGUGCAAGUCGAUAAAUAGGUACCACUGUGGCGGGAAGGUAAAUUGUGUUUCCUUGCGCUCUGGCUUCUGUCACAGUGUCUUGUUGUGCAGAUGUGGUUUAGUCAUGCUGGCCACAUGACCUGGAAAGCUGUCUGUAGACAGACACCGGCUCCCUUGGCCUGAAAGUGAGAUGGACUACUGCAGUGCACUCUACGUGGGGCUACCUUUGAAGGUGACCCGGAAACUGCAAUUAAUCCAGAAUGCAGCAGCUAGACUGGUGACUGGGAGUGGCCACCGGGACCACAUAACACCGGUCCUGAGAGAUAUCCAUUGGCUCCCAGUACGUUUCCGAGCACAAUUCAAAGUGUUGGUGCUGACCUUUAAAGCCCUAAACUGCCACGGUCCUUUAUAGCUGAAGGAGCGUCUCCACCCCCAUCAUUCAGCCCAGACACUCAGAUCCAGCACCGAGGGCCUUCUGGCGGUUCCCUCAUUGCGAGAAGUGAGGUUACAGGGAACCAGGCAGAGGGCCUUCUCGGUAGUGGUGCCCGCCCUGUGGAACUCCCUCCCAUCAGAUGUCAGGGAAAUAAGCAGCUGUUUUAGAGUGCCUGGCAUGCUCUAGUCCAUGGGGUCUUGAAGAGUCGGACACGACUAAACAGCAACAACUAUCUUUAAAAGACAUCUGAAGGCAGCCCUGUUUAGGGAAGUUUUUAUUGUUUAAUGCUGUAUUGUUUUUAACACUCGAUUGGGAGCCGUCCAGAGUGGUUGGGAAAACUCAACCAGAUGGGCGGGGUAUAGAUAAUAAAUUAUUAUUAUUAUUAUGAAUGCUGCAACCCCAUAGUCGCCUUUGACUGGACUUAACCAUCCAGGGGUCCUUUACCUUUUUACUAGCCACAAUGGCUAUGCUGUGCCGCCACAGUUGAAGGCAACCAUGUUUCCGAAUACCAGUUGCUGGAAACCGCAGGAGGGAAGAGCGGCGUUCUUGUGCUCGCAUCCUGCUUGCUGGUUUUCCACAGGCAUCUGGUCGGCCACGGUGAGAACAGGAUGCUGGGCCAGAUGGGCCUGAUCCUGCAGGCUCUUCUUAAUGUUCUUACUCUAACCUCCACAAGCUGCCCAGCUUUCUGUUUGCAGCUGUUGCCAGUGAUUUCUUCCUUUUGUUUUAUGUACUACUAUAUUGGGAAAGUUGGCCAAACUUUCUAUAUGCUGUAUCUAAAAGGAGCCGUCGCGAGGGGGGUCAUCUGGGGAACAACCAUCAGUCUCAACCGAGGAUGGGUAAUAGAUUCUGACAGGCAGGCAACAGAGUGGAAUGAAAUUCAGCACCUUGGUCAGCGCACUUUGAAGUCAGAGACAAGAUUUUGCAUUUGCAAGCAGUGCUCCCUCAGCAAACUGAAGUCUUGCCCCAGCACCAGUCUGAAGCCUAAUGACAACUGAUAUAGUCUUGUUUUUUGGUCAGGGGUGCAAAAAUCCCAGGUUUCACCUCCCUGGAGGAACUCUGUCUUCAAGGGGCCACAGUGCGUAUGCGAGGCAGGCUGCAGUGUCUCUUGUCUCCCUGGAACUUGCACGCUUUAUCAUAAUUUUUUAAUUUGUAUACCGUCUUUCUAUCUUGCAAUACUCAAGGCGGUUUACAAGCUGAAGAAACAGAAAAUGUACAUCUUAUAACAAUCUAAUGCAAUACAAAAAUGUGAUAAUAAAACUUUAAAAUAGGCAACCUACGUCAAAAAAGUAACAUUCAACAAUCAUUAGAAUCGUAUCAAAUAAUAAUAACAUAUAAAAGUUAAACAGUUGCAAUAAAUAAUUUCUAAACUAUAAUCAAUAAAACAACGGCAAGCCACAGUACAUAAAAUAGGUAAAGGUAAAGGGACCCCUGACCAUUAGGUCCAGUCGUGGCCGACUCUGGGGUUGUGGUGCUCAUCUCGCUUUAUUGGCUGAGGGAGCCGGCGUACAGCUUCCGGGUCAUGUGGCCAGCAUGACUAAGCCGCUUCUGGUGAACCAGAGCAGCGCACGGAAACGCAGUUUACCUUCCCGUCGGAGCGGUACCUAUUUAUCUCCUUGCACUUUGACGUGCUUUUGAACUGCUAGGUUGGCAGGAGCAGGGACCGAGCAACGGGAGCUCACCCCGUCGCGGGGAUUCAAACCGCUGACCUUCUGAUCAGCAAGUCCUAGGCUCUGUGGUUUAACCCACAGCGCCACCCGUGUCCCAAUAGUACAUAAAAUAAUACAAUACAAAUUGAGAAGCAGAGACUAGAGGGUGGGGCAAGGCCGGUGGAAGGAGGCCUUGCCUGAAAAAGUCUCUCCCCUCACAGUUCUUCCUCCAGGAACAGCUCCCUUAUGAGGACUCCUAGGGUCAGAGGGUGGGGCAAGGCAGGUGGAAGGAGGCCCUGCCUGAUGGAGUCUCUCCCCUCACAGUCAUGGAAGGCCGGGUGUCCAGAGGGAGGUUUUUUUGGAGAAGAGCUGUUAGUGUCACAGCCUGUAGGCAAGUAAAUCUCAGGAGCAGGGGGUGGACCCAUCGCAGAUCCUUUGGAUUUUUCCUUCUGGAAGUACAUGCCAAAGUAUUUGACACUCUGGCUGCUUCCUGAGAUUGUCAAAGGAGAGGAUCGCUCCAUCUUCCAUGACUCUUGGUGCAUAAAGCAUUUCUCGUUUGUCCUUAGUUAUGACAGAUGGCCUUGCACAGAGACUCCUGCUGUCAAUCUCACAAUGGACGCAGGGGGAGAUUUCUUCAUAACCAAUGCAUUGUUGUGUUUGCAUCUCAGAUUUUCAGCUCAGCUGAGGUGGUGUGCAGAUUCCAACUUAAAAUAAAAUAAAAUAUGUGAAUCUAAGGAACCCUAUAGAAACCAUCCCCAUUCCAGCCACAGUUGAGGAUAUAGCUCUUCCCUGUAUGCUCUCUCCCUGUUCCUCACUUUUCUUUGAAUUAUGAUCUGGCAACCAUUACUUCUGGUAGCAUUCGUACACAGUUGGGCAUACCACCUCCUGGUAUGUCUUCUUAGAUGUUCCUAAUCCCUAUCUAUUUAUUUAUUUGAUGGCCACAGGGGUUGCCAGCCUUUUCGGACCAGGGGGCACAUUUUGAAUGUUGAGAGUUCUGAGGGCACAAGUUACAAAAUGGCUGCUGUGGGGGCACAAAAUUAGAAAGUGUGCAGUCAGGGCGAUGCUUUCCUCAUAACUGUAUUUCCAUAUGAGAAGAAGCAUAAACUGUUGAAUUUUUGCCUGGAAAAUAAGACAGAAGCAGGAGGAAAAAUGCAUUAAAAAGAAGGAGAAAACAGGGGGCCACCAGAUGGCACAUUGGACGAUGGCCGACAAUAACAUCUCUCCGACCCACACGAGGUAAUUAAGAGGCUGCUAUGGGAAGUAUGCAGUCUUCUUGACCCCCAAGGAGAUGGGAGAGACAGCCUUGCCAGCGGUGUCCAUAAUCCACCCCCGGAAUCGAAAGAAGGGGGUGCCCGGUCACUUGGCACACGCCCUCGGUGAAGUCGGCUCUUCCCGGACGCUGUCUCCAAUCAGCGCGUGCUGGUUCGCUUUAGCUCGAAAAUAUAAUUGGAAACAUAUAAUUGGAAGAGAAGCUAAAGCACAUACAUCAAGCGAAGUUCGGGUGAUAAGACUGCUGAUUAAUGGAUCUCUGUGACCGGAGCAACGGAUGAGACAAAUAAAUCAAGUGAGGAAUUACCAUCAAGACACUGGUACGUUUGGACUGAAAUGGAAGAGGGGUGGAGGAAAAAACUUUUCUUUUCUUUGCCUUAUGUGGUUAUUAAUAACCCUCCACCCCAGAAAGAAGUUUGUUGCAUUUGCUAACCAUAAGCAGGAAUCCAAGAACUGUGUGGAAUGAAUUUCAAAGAGAGGAUUGGUAAACAUUGGAGAACAAAGGAAAGUUUUUAUGACGCAGUUUUAAAUUGUGUCUCGCUAAGACAGGCUUGUCUAAGAAAGACGGGAGGCGGAGGACGAGUACCAUCGGAAUGUGAAUGAUGAUUGGAAUGUGAUCUAACUGGCAGAGCCUUUUGUGAGAUACUUGGCAAGCCUGCGAAAAUUAAAGGACAGACCGAGGAUAAAUUUUUUAUGGAAUGUGGAAUGGCGUCUGUCCCUAUGUGAUAUGACUUUUGGGAGAGUCUAAAACCCACACAGAGGAUUUUGUUUUCUAACCUGCUUGUGAGGAUUAUCAGAGAUCGCAAAGAAAGGAUAUAUGAUAACAACAAGAAGAUGAAGAAAGUAAUAAAGAGACUAUCUGGACAGAACUGGAUAGAAUUGUCUAAUUAAAGCAGCAAUAUGAGUGAUGUUUGGACCCCCGUCUGGAGCUUGGAGUAUGGGUACCCCCAACAAAAUUUAAAAAUCUGGCUGUAUAAUUUGGAAUUAAUGUGAUUUGGAAAUAAUGUGAUUUGAUUGGCCUGUUAAUAAAAAUUAUUUUAAAAAAUAAUAAAAAGAAGGAGAAAAAGCAGGCUUUUAAGACCCCAGGAAUUCCUCUUGCCUGUUGGCUCAACAAUUCACUUAUCAAUCACAGCUCUGACUUCAGUCAUUGGUUAAAAACACUAGCAAGGUAGAUCAGCCAGGCUUGCUCAUUUCAUAGAAAAAGCUUGAAAGGGUAUCUGCACAUUUUUGUUUCAAAACUUUCUUUCUAGGAGAAAGCUCAAAAGUCUGGGGCCGCUGUGCAGGGGUGCAAAUGAAGACCCUCAUGGGCGCAAUGGCUCCUACAGGCAUGAGUUUGGCAGCCCUUGCCUUGAAUUGCUGCAUUGACUAGAACCCUAAAUCUUUCAGAUUCCUGUACAAAAUUAACACCUCUUGGUUUGAAUUGUAUCUCUUGGACAAGUGUGCAGAUUGCAUCUACCCAACAGAUUUCAUACUUCUCAUAAUGUUUGUGCAUUUAUUAAAACAACUCAUUCGCCACCUUUAAACCAGAAGUUAUAAUGUUGCAACAUAAACAUAUCAAAAUACAGCAGUCAGCAAACAUAAUGUUAUGUCCAACGUCCUGUGCCCAUUUAAUCAUAGCCGAUUUUACCGUUUCAUCCUGAGUAUUCCAUUUCAGCAGCAAGUUAUACAUUCUUGACAAAUUCUUAGUUUUGGGUUCUAACAGUUCUGUUUCUAAUUUUGAUCUUUCCACCUGGAAGCCAAUUUUCUUGUCCAAUUUAAAUGCCUCCAUUAUCUGAAAAUAAUGAAGCCAGUCUCGCACUUUGUUUUUAAUUUUUCAAAACUCUGCAAUUUCAGUCUAUCUCCGUCUUGUUCCAAAAUUUCCCAAUAUUUCGGCCAUUUGACCUCCAUAUUGACCUUUUUCAAGGCUUUCGCUUCCAUUGGUGACAGCCACCUUGGAGUUUUGUUUUCUAACAAGUCCUUAUAUCUUAACCAGACAUUAAACAGCGCUUUCCUGACAAUGUGGUUUUUGAAUGCUUUAUGUGCUUUGACCUUAUCAUACCAUAGAUAUGCAUGCCAUCCAACAUACUUUGGUUUUUGAACUGCUUAGUUCUUGAACGUUUUGGCUUCCGAAUGAUCAAAACCCAGAAGUGACUGUUCUGGUUUGCAAACUAUUUUUGGAAGCCAAAGGUCUGACAGGGCUUCUGCAGCUUCCAGUUGGCUGCAGGACCUUCCUUCAGCCAAUCAGAAGCCAUGCUUUGGUUUCCAAAUGUUUUGGAAGUCAAACGGACUUCUGGAAUGGAUUCCGUCCGACUUCCAAGGUACGACUGGACGUAUUUAAAUGCUUUAUUGGAGAUAAAAAAAUAUGCAUUUUUGAAUAUUAAAGGAAGUAGAAAUUUAAAUGAAUAUUUACAUGGAGAGUUUUUGGUUUUUUAAAAUCACAGAUUAGUUCAGAAAUGGCACAAACAGACUUAAUGGGUAAAAACAGAAAUACAGAUUUGUCCCUCCCAGGCUGAGGGCUGUAACUCCUCAUCUCUCACAACCCUUUGGGAAGGAGAGAGAGAGAAAAUCUGCUGCCUCAGCCAAUGUCCGUGUCCCUCUCUGCUCCAUUCCUUCUUUGCCAAGUGACUUUUCCACUCUGCUCUGUCACGCGUCCCCGCUCUUUGUCUCAUGCGGCGGAGUUCAGAAGUGACUUAAUGCUUGGGUGCUUUGGGCAUAGUGGCGUAAGAAUUUAAUGAGCAGGUGUCAAAUCAAUUACGCAUAGCCGUCUCACGCUCCGAGCAUGGGAAGCUGUGUAUGUGUGCCACACAGCCCUUUUUUUGGGCAACCUGGUUCUGGGUGAGGCCUAAGUCGAAGCGAGCAAAUUUCUGCUCAGGAGGUAGCGCUUUUCUACCUCAGGCAUUCGUCUCUGGCCUAAACCAACUUGGAGGGGAUCCGGGCACAGCCAUUAGUCCUUCGGGGUGCAAGAAAAGGAUAGGGAAAGGCUUUCUGCUUCCUAAGACCACCCCAUCUCUGCUUCCCACAUAAGAUUUGUUGCUUGAGACAUCCUCUCCAGGCGUCCUGCUACGGUGUAUAGCAGGAACGCAUGAGGCAGGGGGACCAGGGAUGAACAAGCUUCUCCCUUCUUUCCUCAGUGUCGUUCUUGCCACCUUCCACGAGUGAGGGUGCCUUCAUGAAGCGCAGUAGCUCCCCAUGCAAGGUACUGAAUGAAUUGUGGAAUUCCCUUCUGCAGUUACAGAAGAUUCCCCACUUCACUGUCUCGCCAGAGUGGUGCACGCUCUAGUUAUCUCCCGCUUGGACUACUGCAGUGCGCUCUAUGUAGGGCUACCUUUGAAGGUGACCUGGAAACUACAAAAUGGCCUUGUCCCAGUAUACCUGAAGGAGCAUCUCCACCUCCAUCGUUCUGCCCAGACACUGAGAUCCAGUGCCAAGGGCCUUCUGGUGGUUCCCUCGCUACGAAAUGCCAAGUUACAGGGAACCAGGCAGAGGGCCUUCUCGGUAGUGGCGCCUGCCCUUUGGAAUGCCCUCCCACCAGAUGUCAAAGAGAAAAAUAACUACCAAACUUUUAGAAGACAUCUGAAGGCAGCCCUGUUUAGGGAAGCUUUUAAUGUUUAAUAGCUUAUUGUAUUUUAGUGUUCUGUUGGAAGCUGCCCAGAGUGGCUGGGGAAACUCAGCCAGAUGGGCGGGGUAUAAAUAAUAAAUUGUUGUUGUUGUUGUUGUUACAACUAAUCCAGAAUGCAACAGUCGCUCUGGGCGGCUCCCAACAGAACAUUAAAAACACGAUAAAACAUCAAACAUUAAGAACUUCUCUAAACAGGGCUGCCUUCAGAUGUCUUCUAAAAAUCAGAUAGUUGUUUAUUUCCUUGAUGUCAGAUGGGAGUGCGUUCUACAGGGCGGGUGCCACUACCGAGAAGGCCCUCUGCCUGGUUCCCUGUAACCUCACUUCUUGCGGUGAGGGAACCGCCAGAAGGCCCUCGGAGCUGGACCUCAGUGUGGAGGUGAAGACGCUCUUUCAGGUAUACUGGGCUGAGGGCGUUCAGGGCUUUAAAUGUCAGCACUGACACUCUGAAUCAUUCAUAUAUGCAGACACUGCUGAGAAGUAAGGUCCAUUGCGCUGGACCAAUGGGAGUUAACUCACAAUUAAGCAGGUAUUGUUUUUCAGCCAAAGUCGGGGCCGCACUCUGCAUCAAAUUGCAACCAGCUGCAGAACACUUAAGUUCAAGGUGGGCAGGGUAAAAGGAAGCCAAACAAUCUUCACAGUAAGCAGAGUGGAGGUGCUGCUUCUGUACACUCCAGCAUUUAACUGGAAAUGCCUCAAAAGACUCCUGAUCUUUGUGAGUUUUGAUGGGAAUCAACCUGCUCUGUACCUCUUGGACUAAUGUUGAGGUUGGAACAUGGCAGAAACCAAAAUACCUUUAGAAAACCAUAUGGAAUUGUGCAUGUUGAGUGAAAAUACAUAUAGGGAUGUGUCUUUUGAGAGGAAAUGUGUGUACUGCAAGGGGAAAGAUGUUUAGUACAGUGGUACCUCAGGUUAAGAACUUAAUUUGUUCCGGAGGUCCGUUUUUAACCUGAAACUGUUCUUAACCUGAAGCACCACUUUAGCUAAUGGGGCCUCCUUCUGCUGCCACGCUGCCAGAGCCCAAUUUCUGUUCUCAUCCUGAAGCAAAGUUCUUAACCUGAAGCACUAUUUCUGGGUUAGCGGAGUCUGUAACCUGAAGCGUAUGUAACCUGAAGCGUAUGUAACCUGAGGUACCACUGUAUUGCAUAUUUAAAUGUUGAUUUUUGUGCAGUUUUUUCAAAAAUGUAAUUUAAUGCAGGAAUGGGGUAGAGUGGAACUAUGGAUUAAGAUAAGUGAAAGUGACAUGGAGCAGAAGUAAACUGAUACUCUUAUCCUUAUCUCCAACAUCCUUAUUCUCAUGUCAAGGAAAUAAACAACGAUCUGUGAGUUUUAGAAGACAUCUGAAGGCAGCCCUGUUUAGGGAAGUUUUUAAUGUUUGAUGUUUUAUUGUGCUUUUAAUAUUCUGUUGGGAGCUGCACAGAUGGGUGGAGUAUAAAUGUUGUUGUUGUUGUUGUUGUUGUUGUUACACUCCCCAAUUUGCAGCACCUCCAAUCACCGACCAUUUCACUUGGAUUGGGAGCCUCCAACCAGAGGAAGUUUAGGGAAGUUUUUAAUGUUUGAUGUUCUAUCGUGCUUUUAAUUUUCUCUUGGGAGCUGCCCAGACUGGCUGGGGAAACCCAGCCAGAUGGGUGGCAUAUAAAUUAUUUUUAUUUUUAUUUUUAUUUUUAUUACAGGACCAGUUAGGCCUGGCAUGCAUCCCCGUUUGGCCCAUGAGGUUAUUUUUCCAAAAUCAGACCAAUCUGCCCCUCACCUGAUAUCAUACAUGAGGUGGGGAGACAUAUAAGAAUGUAGCUGCAAUUGGGAGCUUGAAACGAGCUCCCGAUUAUUUCCAAUAGGAACUCCCCAGUGCAGCUGAGUGAGGCGCAACCCUUUGCAAGUCCCGACAAUCCGCUGAUCCUCAGUGCCUUCAGGACCCUGUGCUGUGCAAGUGGGGGGCUUGCAAAGUUCUGUGUCUUUGCCUACAGCUGUUUUGAUUUCAGACUGCGCAGCCAAGGGAAAAUGGGUCACCCAAUGUCAUGGUGACAUCAGGUGAUUGACAGGUGGCUGGCCCUGCAAGGGGAGGGGGGUGGAGAUAAGAAUCCACCCGCCCCCCCCAGCUGCAUCCAGUUCCCCACUCCUUCUUUAUUCCAUAAAAUCUAUGCUGUGUUUUGCAGCCUUUUAAAAGCAGCCUUAACAGCUGAUGGUUGUUCUUUUGGCUAAACUAAAGCUGUAUAAGGAAACAUUUCCCUACAGUGAAGCAGGUCUUCUUUAAUACAUAUAAUAAUAUUGUAUUCUUUUUCCGUACAGAAAGUUACAUUUGCUACUCUGUCCUAUUGAUUUCCCGCUCGGCCAGCAUCAAUGCUUAUAGCCCAAAUCACAUACAAUUGCAUUUUAGGUUUCCUCUUUAUCUGAUUCCAUCCUCUGUGACAUAUUUCUCGAUAUGUUCUGCUGUUUUCUUACACUUCAGAAACUGCUGUGGUCCUCAUGUGUGGAAAAUAACUUUUUAUAUAGACUAGGAAAGGUUUCCAGUCUUCUUUAAAAGAUUCUAAAUUUAGACAGCAUCUUAAAAAGCAGAGACAUCACCUUGCCGACAAAGACCCGUAUAGUUAAAGCUAUGGUUUUCCCAGUAGUGAUGUAUGGAAGUGAGAGCUGGACCAUAAAGAAGGCUGAUCGCCGAAGAAUGGAUGCUUUUGAAUUAUGGUGCUGGAGGAGACUCUUGAGAGUCCCAUGGACUGCAAGAAGAUCAAACCUAUCCAUUCUGAAGGAAAUCAGCCCUGAGUGCUCACUGGAAGGACAGAUCCUGAAGCUGAGGCUCCAAUACUUUUGCCACCUCAUGAGAAGAGAAGACUCCCUGGAAAAGACCCUGAUGUUGGGAAAGGAGAAGGGGACGACAGAGGACGAGAUGGUUGGACAGUGUUCUCAAAGCUACCAGCAUGAGUUUGACCAAACUGUGGGAGGCAGUGGAGGACAGGAGUGCCUGGCGUGCUCUGGUCCAUGGGGUCAUGAAGAGUCGGAAACGACUAAAUGCCUAAGCAACAACAACAAAAAUUUGUAUCUUUCAUCAGUGCCGUCAGUUUUGCCAUUUCUGCCUGUUCCAAGAUUUUCAUCAAACGUUCUUCCUUGGAGGGUGUUCUCUCUUCCUUCCAUUUCGCUGUGUGUAGAAUCCUUGCUGCUGUAGUCACAUGUGCACAUAAAUACUGUUGAGGCUUCCUUUGGGAUUUCACCGUCUACUCUCUGUCAGCUUCGCCUUUGAGCCGGUGCCAAUGACUGGGCUCAACCUCUUCAGCCCCGAGUGGGCCAGGCGAGCUGGAAAAGCACUCCCAGAGACCUUCCACUGCAGGGAGCAGGUCUAAGUGCUGUGGACUCACAGCUUAGAGCUGUGAGCACCAAAAUCAGUUCCAAAAGUCAGCGGAGCACAGCAGAGUAUGGACCACAUGAACAACGGCUCUGAAGUAUAACUUCUUUUAUUCUUUACAGCUACUGCAGAACUAAAAUAAACUACAGUGGUACCUCAGGUUAAGUACUUAAUUCGUUCCGGAGGUCCGUACAUAACCUGAAACUGUUCUUAACCUGAUGCACCACUUUAGCUAAUGGGGCCUCCUGCUGCUGCCGUGCCGAGGAGCCCAAUUUCUGUUCUUAUCCUGAAGCAAAUUCUUAACCUGAAGCACUAUUGCUGGGUUAGUGGAGUGUGUAACCUGAAGCGUAUGUAACCUGAAGCGUAUGUAACCAGAGGUACCACUGUAACUAAAGACUAAUCGGAGACGCUGGACUGCAUGAGUGUUACAGUUGCUUGAGCAAUCACCUUAUCUAUAUACAGAUAACACUCAAACUCCCACAGGCUGGAGCGGAAGAAGCGAUGAGCAAAAUCCGCCCCCUCCUUUCUGAAACAUUGUCAGCAGAUUCUUGCAAUGGGAGGGGUUAAAUAUCCUCACUCUCCCAGUGAUGCAGUUUUCACGUAAUGCUAAGCCAAACCGUAGCUUAGCCAAAUCAGAAAUUGUGGCCGUCCUCAGUCCUGCUGUGCCAACUAAGCCAUGGUUUGGCUUAGCAUGUUGUCCGGGCCCAGUCUCAUGGUUCUGCUAGCUGCAGACAAAGAUUUCUUCUUGGUUUCCUGCCUAUGGAUUUGUCUUGCGGAUGCAAGCCCAGGUUUAGAUGUAGUGCUUAGUGGUGGACUUGUAAAAGGAUAAAAUGCUUCUUAGGCAUUCAAGUAAGCAAAAGAAACAACAUUUUCCUGCUCCUAGCAGACUUGUUAAAAUAUAGAAGUCUAAAUCAGAUAAGUGCUAGAGAUGUAACGAGGUUGAGGGUACAUUUUAUCAUAUGUGGUGGACUUGUAAAAGAUUAUUGGGAAAUGAUAUAUAAAGAAUUGAAAAAAAUAACAAUGUUUAAACGUACCUUUCCAAACAAACUAGAGUCUUUUUUGUUGGGAAUAAUUCAGAGGGAAAUUCCCAGGUGUCCAAAAAGACUACAGUGGUACCUCGGGUUACAGAUGCUUCAGGUUACAGACACUUCAGGUUACAGACUCCGGUAACCCAGAAAUAGUACCUUGGGUUAAAAACUUUGCUUCAGGAUGAGAACAGAAAUCGUGCAGCGGCAGCAGGAGGCCCCAUUAGCUAAAGUGGUGCUUCAGGUUAAGAACAGUUUCAGGUUAAGAACAGACCUCCAGAACGAAUUAAGUUCUUAACCCGAGGUACCACUAUAUUUAUGUAUGCUACAACCGCAACCCGUGUUUUGUUAGCCCCCAAAUGAAGAAAGAGUGAGGUCCCAACCAAAGAAAAAUGGCAACUUAAAAACUGAUGGAAUACGCGCAACUUGCGGUUUCAACAUAUAAGAAUAAGAGAACAAGAAGAAUGUAUGUUUAAAGAAAACUGGAAAAUGUUUACUGAAUAUAUGGGUGAAAAUUGUGUUCAUGUAAAAAUGCUGGUAGCAGUAAGAUAAAUUCAACAGUGAAAGCAAGUUUUGAUGGAUUUAACAAUAGGUAACUGAAUGGUUUAGUUCAUGUAAAAUAUGCAGGGAUGUGUGGUAUGCAAAAUGAACCACGGAAAGAGAAGAAGGGAAGUCAUGGAUUGAAGGUUGUUUAAAUGAAUAUUUUGAAAAACGAUAGAUAGAUAGAUAGAUAGAUAGAUAGAUGAUGAUAGAUAGAUAGAUAGAUAGAUAGAUAGAUAUAGUGCUCAGCCAGAGCAUGGCAUAGCCCUGGGUAGCACAGGUCAUGCUAAACCAUGUUUUGGCAUUGUAUAUCACGUCCAAACAUAUGUAAAAACCAGUGCAUGGCGCCUUGCUCUCCCAGUAUAGGAUGAUAUGCAUUGACUCAUCCACUGGGAGACUGAAUUUCUAGAUGCCACUGGAGAAAAACUAAACUCUGAAGAAUGAUGCCAACGCCUCACCCUCACAAAGUGUAACAAAUAGAGAUCUAUUUACAGGGGAACUGUUCCUGGUAAACAUGGACACUUGAUUCUUCCUUAAAGUCUGGAGCAAAUUUCAAGCCCUCUUGCAGGCCACUGUGUCAGAGAUGUUAUCCUCCGAAGACGGGUAGCAGAAUGCUUGCAGCGUCCCUCUGCUAUCCACCAGUCUUUGGAGUACAUCUGGGAUCGCUCAGUGGAAACACUUCAACAUGAAAUGUGAAACGCAGGGAAUAAAACAUGGGGGGGGGGGGGAGAUUUGAGGGCAUACGUGCGUUUUGUACGGAAUAUUUGAGUGUUCUCCCUGUUGCGAUGGUGCAGGCGGGGAUUUGAGAGUAACGUCUGGUGAUGCUAGAAGCAUUCCAGAGGGAGGGAUUGUGUAAUGAGUUAGCAACAGCUCCUUGUCACAAAGCCCAUGCUGAUUCCAAAGCGAGCGGCAGAGGGGUGGAGGAAGGAUGACGUGAGCGGUGGUGAUGGAGACGAGCGCUGCUUGUUUUCAUGUGAAUAUAAUCCUGCUGCUUUGUGGAAGCAAAGAGGAUUAUUUCACACCACCAAGCCCAAAUAGCGGCCUAAAAAAAGACAGCAGGGGCAUGUGUGUAUGUGUGUGUGCGUGUGCUUGGGAAGACACAUUAACUUAUUACACAAUCCUCCUCUGCCUCCCUACCUCAAUCUUUCCCUCUGUCUGGAGAGAUAAUAUAUAACUUGCUCAAGGGCUUUGGGAUGGAACAACUUAGAGCGGAGAAGCAACAGGGGAAGAAUGUAUUCAGGGCCGGCCCUGCUGUUGGGUAGAAUGAGGAGGCUGCCUCAGAAGGCAAAUGCUGGGAGGGAGGGAAGGAGGGAGAGCAGCAUUCUGCCCUCAGGGGCCAGUGGAAGACACAGUCCACCAUCACCUGUCAGGUUUCCUUGUGGUCUGUUCCAAAUCUAGGACUCUAUGAUCCUAGAUUGCAUUUACGCACAUUUGCGGGACUGUACUGCAACAUUCGGGACUCGGGUGGCGCUGUGAGUUAAACCACAGAGCCUAGGGCUUGCCGAUCAGAAGGUCGGCGGUUCGAAUCCCCGCGACGGGGUGAGCUCCUGUUGCUCGGUCCCUGCUCCUGCCAACCUAGCAGUUCGAAAGGUAAACGGUGUUUCCGUGCGCUGCUCUGGUUCGCCACAUGACCCAGAAGCUGUACGCCGGCUCCCUCGGCCAAUAAAGCGAGAUGAGCGUCGCAACCCCAGAGUCGUCCAUGACUGGACCUAAUAGUCAGGGGUCCCUUUACCUUUGCCUUUUACUGCAACAUUCAGGGACGCGUGUGGCGCUGUGGUCUAAACCUCAGAGCCUCUUGGGUUUGCUGAUCAGAAGGUCAGCGGUUUGAAUCUGCUUGACGGUGGUGAGCUCCUGUUGCUCUGUCCCAGCUUCUGCCAACCUGGCAGUUCAAAAGCACACCAGUGCAAGUAGAUAAAUAGGUACCGCUGCGGCGGGAAGGUAAACGGCAUUUCCGUGCACUCUGGUUUCUGUCAGUGUGUCCCAUUGCGUGAGAAGCGGUUUAGUUAUGCUGGCCACAUGACCUGGAAAGCUGUCUGUGGAGAAACGCCGGCUCCCUUGGCCUGAAAUGAGCGCCACAACCCCAUAGUCACCUUUCACUGGACUUACCGUAUUUUUCGCCCCAUAGGACGCACUUUUUCCCCUCCAAAAAUGAAGGGGAAAUGUGUGUGCGUCCUAUGGGGUGAAUGCAGGCUUUCGCUGAAGCCUGGAGAGCAAGAGGCAUCGGUGCGCACUGACCCCUCUCGCUCUCCAGGCUUCAGGAAGCUAUCCGCAAGCCUUGCAAGCCCGGCGGGAGUUCCCGCGGGCUCACAAGGCUUGCGGGCAGCAGCCUGCAGCCCCGGCAAGUGUCCGCAAGCCUUGCGCGCCCGGCAGGAGGUCCCGGCGAGCGCGCGAGGCUUGGGGCGGCAGCCUGUCGCCCGAAGCACGGGGAGCCCUCCGGAGGGCUCCCCGUGCUUCGGGCGAGUGUCCGCAAGGCUUGUGCGCCCGGCAGGAGGGCCCGCCGAGUGCGCGAGGCUUGGGGCGGCAGCCUGUCGCCCGAAGCACGGGGAGCCCUCUGGAGGGCUCCCCGUGCUUCGGGCGAGUGUCUGCAAGCCUCGUGUGCCCGGCGGGAGGUCCCGCCGGGUGCGCAAGGCUUGGGGCUGCAGCCCAAAGCACGCGGAGUCCUCCGGAGGGUGUCCCGUGCUUCGGGCAGGUGUGCGCAAGGCUUGGGGCGGCAGCCGUGGGGGGGGGGGAAUAAUUUUUUUUUAUUCAUUCCCCCCCCCAAAACCCCCGAGGUGCGUCCUAUGGGCCGGUGCGCCCUAUAGGACGAAAAAUACGGUAACCAUCCAGGGGUACUUUACUGCAACAUUCAAAGCAGUGCACAUUUUAAAGGGUGGCUGGGUUUCGCUUUGCGUAUUGCUUCCUGAAAGUGCAAGUGAUUUAAGUUCUUCAGACUCACAAUGCCUACGAUAGCAAUGUCUUGCUCCAAAUAUAACUGAGCUGUCGAAAAAGUCUCUACAAACUGAAAGCAGAGUUUCUAUGUGGCUUUGUUAUCCAUUAAAAUGUUUCAAGGAAAACAUUUUUUAAGGAAACGGAAUCACAUUUCUCCCACAUCCCCGACCAGCCAGUGCCUUAGCCCAUUUCCCUUGAUCCGUGAGAAGUAGAGCCGAGUUUGAUCUUCGACAACAUUUCAUUUUUGAGAUUCAAUAGGGGGCUGCAAGGGUGAUGAUCGAGAGAGCCUGAACUGAGGUUCUCUUCUCCCUUUGCUACUGCUCAAGCACUGAGCCCCUGAGUUUCUUUGCAAACAUCCUUCUGUGUUUUCGUCCCCACAAGCGUUCAGAUUGGGCAGGGAGGGGGACGAGUGAAAGGUCUCGACAGACAGGCUCAGAUAUGAUCCGUUUCCCGGGAGACGUCAGCAGUGUGUGUCUCCUGCGAAUGCAAAUAAAAGGAGUCUAUAAUGAAGAGAGAGAGAGGCUAGUGUUUUUUCGUCGCUGCCUUCCACCACCAGGAUUUAUUGUUUGACGAUAACAGGGCAAAAUGAGUACUGUACUGGCCAUGCUCUUGCUCUGCAGUCUCCCUGGCAAAUUGCUGGAUUCGUCUCCUGACUAGCGGAUUGUUCUUUUCAGUCCACAAGGAGGGAGGAGGUGUUUGCAGUUAGAGCGUUACAAUGAAAACCAGCAAUUUAUUGCUAAAGAAAAGGGUACCAAGCUUCAGUUCGGCUAGGAAGCCUCAUGUUGCCAACUCCCCACCUCCCCCAAGUUUCUGAGCUGUGGUUUAAUUUGCAAAAAUGGGCAGGCUAAGUUUGCUCAUCUCUGUGCUGCAAGUUAUUUAUUUCACUGGUUUCUGCAGGUCAAGCUGUGUGUGUGUGUGUGUGUGUGUGUGUGUGUGUGUGUUGUUGUUGUUGUUGUUGUUGUUGUUUGUAGCUAGUCCUAGAUGGAAUUGCACUCCUGAAGGACCAUGCCGGCUGUUUGGGAGUUCAGCUGCACCCAACAUGCCCGGGGAUGCCCCGGUGGUGGCAGGGCCUGGAGUGCUUUUUACCAGCUUAGGCUGGCACACCAAUACCUGAUGCCACCACUUCUUCUUUUGCCCUGCUAUAAGUUUUCUGGGAAGGUUUAGGGGUUGGUGGUAUGGGGCUACCUUUGAAGGUGACCCGGAAACUACAACUAAUCCAGAAUGCGGCAACUAGACUGGUGACUGGAAGCGGCCGCCAAGACCACAUAACACCGGUCCUAAAAGACCUACAUUGACUCCCAGUACGUUUCCAAGCACAAUUCCAAGUGUUGGUGCUGACCUUUAAAGCCCUAAAUGGCCUCAGCCCAGUAUACCUGAAGGAGCGUCUCCACCCCCAUCGUUCAGCCUGGACACUGAUGUCCAGCUCUGAGGGCCUUCUGGCGGUUCCCUCACUGUGAGAAGUGAGGUUACAGGGAACCAGGCAGAGGGCCUUCUCGGUAGUGGCGCCCGCUCUGUGGAACGCACUCCCAUCAGAUGUCAAGGAAGUAAACAACUAUCUGACUUUUAGAAGACAUCUGAAGGCAGCCCUGUUUAGGGAAGUUUUUAAUGUAUGAUGUUUUAUUGUGUUUUUAGUAUUCUGCUGGGAGCUGCUCAGAGUGGCUGGGAAAACCCAGCCAGAUGGGUGGAGUAUAAAUAACAAACAAUAAUUAUAAUCAUAAUUAUUACUAUUUUAUUAUUGCAGGAUUGGGACAGGCAUAGCUAUCUCUCGCAGAACUGGAGACUUGAGAUGGGUAGAACUGUCCUGCUCACAUUUCCCUGUAAUACGUAUCUUUCAUCCCUUCCUGUUUUCAAUUCCAUGGUUUCUGGUGUCAAUGCCACAUUCUACCGUGACCUGCAAGCCCACUUGGUUUCAAUCUUGGCUGGCUCGUGAUGUCAGCCCCCCUCGGAUCGGUCCUUCUGAGUCUCCUCUCUCACUCCAGAGCCUCCCUGCUCAUCUCACCUUGCUUCCCCUUCCAUAGGUGUUUGUGAAGGCCCACUUUGACUAUGACCCAGCCUCUGACAACCUCAUUCCAUGUAAGGAAGCUGGGCUGAAGUUCAUUGCCGGAGACCUCCUCCAGAUCGUCAACCAAGAUGACCCCAACUGGUGGCAGGUAUGGAGCUUGUGUCAAAUAAAUGAGCCAUGGGCAGGAUCAGGCCCGGGUGCAUGUUCAUGGGAUAAGGCAUGGGUGGCGUUCAGGGAGAGCUGUUUGCCGCCAAGAAAUCAGUUUGUAGGGCGCUAGGCCAGAACUAGCCAGGGAAAUCAGAGUGGCUACAUGCAAGAAAAGGAAAGGAAUGCCUGGAAAGGAAUGCAAUUCCUAGGCAAAAAACCAGAAGUCUGUAUGAGGGGGUCUCCACCUCUACUGCAGUUCUUUUAUUAAUACUGCGACUGCUAAAAAUGUCAGAAUGAAGAAAAUGGGUUGCGUGUCUUUGUGGGAGGGGGAAAGGUUUUUCCGUGAUCUCGGGUCCUGCAAUUUACCUCCCCACCCAGGUGCUCAGAACUAACCUUUGGUUGUUUCAGGCCUGCCACGUGGAAGGCGGCAGUGCUGGUCUGAUCCCAAGCCAGCUGCUGGAGGAGAAACGCAAGGCCUUUGUGAAGCGAGACCUCGAAGUCACCCCCUCAUCAGGUAAAAGGCACUGCCCCUCCCAGAGCCUCAGUUCUCAGAGUUCCCUGGGAAGAGAGACAUAGGUCUGAGGGGGGAAAUGGGACUCUCUUAACAACUCUCAGCACUUUAGACAGUCGUGACUUCUUCCCCCAAGGCAGCCUUUCUCAACCUGUGGAUCCCCAGAUGUUGUUGAACUACAACUCCCAUCACCCCUAGCUAGCAAGGCCAGAGCUCAGGGAUGAUGGGAGUUGUAGUCCAACAAUAUCUGGGGACCCACAGGUUGAGAACCGCUGCCCCAAGGAAUUCUGGGAGCUGCCGUUUGUCAAGGACGCUGACAAUUCUUAGGAGAUCCUCUGUUCCCCUCCCAGAGCUACAAUUCUCAGAGUCGUUUAACAGUCAAUCUGUCUUUCUGGGGAACUCUGGGAACUAGCUCUGAGAGGAGAAUACAGUGGUAUCUUGGUUCUCGAACGGCUUAAUUGUUGAACAACUUGGAACCCGAAUGCUGCAAACCCAGAAGAAAGUGUUUUAGUUUGCAAACUUCUUUUCAGAAGUUGAACAUGCUCCGAUUUGAGUGCCACAUUUCCAAUUUGAGUUCCACACUUCCGAUUUGAGUGUCACACUUUUUUUCUGAGUGCUACAUUGAGGCCUGUCUGUUUUUGCCAUUUAUUUUAGGGGUUGUUUUUAAAAGGUGGAACGGAUUAAUCUGUUUUGCAUUACUUUCUAUGAGAAAGCGCGGCUUGGUUUUGGAACGCUUUGGUUUUGGAACGGACUUCCGGAACGGAUUAAGUUUGAGAACCAAGGUACCACUGUAAAGGGUCUUCUAAGAACUGUUGACAAACUACAGCUCCCAGAAUUCCCUGGGGGAAGCGAUGGCCGUUUAAAGUGGCAUUGUGGUGCUUUCAAGGUGUGUCGUGUGAAUGUGCCCCUACUCCCACCUUCUUCCACAUGUGCGAUAGCUUUCUCUCUCCACAGCUUUGCUUAGUGCCUCCUUUCCCCCCUCCUGGCAGGUGCCUUGUGCGGAAGCCUCAGCGGCAAGAAGAAGAAGAGGAUGAUGUAUCUGACCACUAAAAAUGCAGGCAAGGGAUCUCAGUGUGCCUUCACAUUUCUCCAUCGCCUGACCGCGCUUCCUCUGCAUUAAUGGCUGAUGGCGAUUUCUUCCCCUCCCACUUCAGAGUUCGACCGGCACGAGCUGCUGAUCUACGAGGAAGUGGCUCGCAUGCCUCCGUUCCGCAGAAAAACCUUGGUGCUGAUUGGGGCUCAGGGGGUCGGCCGGCGCAGUCUUAAGAACAAGCUCAUCAUGUCUGACCAGUCACAGUACGGAACCACCAUCCCGUGUGAGUCUUGCUGAUUGCAGACGGGGUGUCAGGAAUGAGCCAGCUCCCAGCGAAGGUUUGCAGCCAACUGCAGAAAGCAGCCAGGAACAGAGAGGCUUAGAUGUUAGGCAGGGGAGAGCCAUCAGCUGCAUACCUCCGUUCUUCCUGACCUUGAUGGGCUGGCUGAUAAGGCCGUAGCUGAGAGCAGGCUAAGCCAAAGCUCAUAGGAAGCACAAAUAGGCAUGAAUAGACUCAGCCUCUCAGAUCUGGAAGAGGUUGGAGCUGACUCACUAAGUCCAAGGAGUUGGCGAAUGGGAGGGUUGCUAGACAGGAAGCAAAACAAGAGGCAUUAGAGCCGUAAGUUCAAUAUCUUCUGUCGUGGCCGGAAGCAGUCUUCAGAAGGGUCAUCUUGAGUAAUGAUGCAGGAGCCGUCCGGAGCUAUCUGUUUGUUUUUGCAGUAAAUCCUCCUUUUUCAUUACCUACGCUUACUGUGUUAUCAAGAUGGGAACCUGGACUCCUAACACGGGGUCACGGAGUGCAUCUUAACAUCCUGGCAGAUCCUAGUCGUGUUGUUGCACUCUGUCCUGGGUCUGUGUGUGUAUGCGAAGGAGACUCCUGCAUCUUGUGUUAGGAAUGGAUGAAUCGGUCUAUUUCUGGGUCCGUUUCACAUUCACACAGCUUGAUUUAUUUGUAAAAUAAUAUUUGUGGUUGUGUGUGUAUGUGUGUGUGUGUGUGUGUGUGUGUGUGUGUACGCACACACACACACAUUUUUUUUUGGCUUUUCAGAUUAAAGUUUUACAGCCACAUAUCCAACAAACAACAUAAAAACAAGAUUCAAAAGAAUCUCCUGGACUUCCCUCCUCCCCUUUGCAGUUCCUAUUAUUAAUCAUUUCUUCCUGCCAUCUUUUACGAUAAUCCAAAUCUUUUACCUCUCCAUUGUGUCCAAACUGGAGAUCCCAUCUCCAGUUUCAGUUUCCAGGUGAUCUUUCUUUGUUCAUCUGUGGUUCUGCAGAUACUUCGCGGAGACCCAAGGAGCACGAAAAGACUGGGCAGGUGUACUGCUUUGUGACCAGGAGUGAGAUGGAGGGAGACAUCAAAGCAGGCCGCUACCUGGAACACGGCGAGUAUGAAGGGAACCUCUAUGGGACCAAGAUUGACUCCAUCCAUGAAGUCGUAGAGUCAGGCAAGAUGUGCAUUCUGGAUGUGAACCCCCAGGUACUGCUUCUUUUCUGGCUCCAAGGGUUGGGACCGAGGGAGGAGUGGGGAGAAGGUCUUCCCUUGGUCGGCUGUGCCAGGAACCUUUCCUGGUUGCAAUGCUAGGUCUUGGAUUGCAUAAUUUAUUCAGGUCACAUAAUUUGUAAGUACAGAAUUGCAACUCGACUCUCAUCAGUGUUGCAGUACUGGAAGUCUUUCUUUCUUCCUUUCUUUCUUUCUUUCUUUCUUUCUUUCUUUCUUUCUUUCUUUCGUUCUCUCUUUCCUCCUUUCUCUCUUUCUCUUUUUCUUUCCUCCUCCCCCUUCCUUCCUUCCUUUCUUCCUUCCUUUUUUCCUUCCUUCCUUCCUUCCUUCCUUCCUUCCUUCCUUCCUUCCUUCCUUCUCUCUCUCUCUCUCUCUCUCUCUCUCUCUCUCUCUCUCUCUCUCUCUCUCUCUCUCUCCUCUCCUCUCCUCUUCUCUCUUUCCUUCCUUCCUCCCUCUCUCCCUUCCUUCCUUUCUUUCUUUCUCUCUCUCUCCUCUCUCUUUUCUCUCUCUCUCACUCUUCUUUCCUCUCUUUCUCUCUCUCUUCUCUCUCUCUUCUUUCCUCUUUCUUUCCUUUGUCUCUCUCCCUCUUUCUACCCCCUCUCUUCCUUUCCUCUCCCUCUCCUCUCUCUGAUGCAUCAAAAGGCUGUGAAAGUUUUGAGGACAGCGGAGUUCGUCCCGUACGUGGUGUUCAUUGAGGCACCGGAUUUUGAAACCCUUCGAGCCAUGAACAAGGCAGCGCUGGAGAACGGUGUGGCAACCAAGCAGCUUGCGGUGAGUCCCCUCAACGCCCACAUGGCAGGCAAGCGGGCAGAAGCAGUGGUGAGGAAGAGGGGUAGCAGCAGCAGCUGGGGCUAGCGGCUGCAGGGAAGGAGGCCUCUGGAGACGGCAUUGCCAGGCACACCUCCUGCACAGAACUUGGCCGGGGGGAGCCAGUCCCUCCACAAUAACCCCUAGCGUAACACAGAAGGGUUGUUAGAAUCUAAGCUAAAUACCAUCAUUUUGAUAUAAGGUGUGGUCCUCAUAAAUAUAUCAGCUAUGUUAAUGGAAAUGCUGUUAAUGAGAGACCUCCAGCCAUCCACUUAUGGGGAGAGACUAUGGCAUGGAAAUCUUGCUGAUGUAUUCAAUGGUCCAGUUAUUUGACAGUGUUCCUGCUCAAUUUUCCUUUCUUCUUCUUCUUCUUCUUCUUCUUCUUCUUCUUCUUCUUCUUCUUUGCCUUUAAUAAUAAUAAUAAUUCAAUUUAUAUACCACCCUUUAUCAAAAGAUCACAGGGUUAUGUAGCAUAUUAUUAUUAUUAUUAUUAUUAUUAUUAUUAUUAUUUUAUUACUGUUGUUUUACAAUAACCUCUCUAUUCUUUAUAUUCUAAUAAAAUUUAUUCAAAAAACCCACACAGAGCAUAAAAACAGAAACAUACUAAUAGACAGCAUAAUAAUAAAUAAUAACAGCUUCCCGCUGCACAGCUUUAACAGGCCAUAGAUUAUGUAAUGGCCAAAGGGCUGGGUUAAGAGGAAUGUUUCUGCCUGGCUCCUAAAGACAUGUAAUGAUGGUACCAGGCGAGCCUCUCUGGGGAGAGCAUUCCACAGAUCGGGAGCCGCCACAGAGAAGGCCCGUUCUCUUGUUGCCACUCUCCGGACUUCACUGGGAAGGGGGGCCUAGAGAAGAGCCUCACGUGACAAGCGCAGGGUCCGGGUCAGUUUGAAUGAGGAGGGGCGGUCCCUAAGGUGUCAAGGUCCUGAGCCGUGGAAGGUUUGUUGGUUUGUUUUAUUACGAAACGAUAACAAAUUUUGCACAGUAAGAGAAGAAACAUGACAGCUUGCACUUUUGAUAUCGACAAGCUAGAACAUGUGCAAAAGAGGGCAACUAAUAUGGUCAAGGGUCUGGAAACCAAGCCUUAUGAGGAGUGGUUGAGGGAGCUGGUUAUGUUUAGCCUGGAUAAGAGGAGAUUGAGAGGAGAUAAGAUUGUUGUUGUUGUUGUUGUUUAGUCGUUUAGUCGUGUCCGACUCUUCGUGACCCCAUGGACCAGAGCACGCCAGGCACUUCUGUCCUCCACUGUCUCCCUCAGUUUGGCCAAACUCAUGCUGGUAGCUUUGAGAACACUAUCCAACCAUCUCGUCCUCUGGCGUCCCCUUCUCCUUGUGCCCUCCAUCUUUCCCAACAUCAGGGUCUUUUCCAGGGAGUCUUCUCUUCUCAUGAGGUGGCCAAAGUAUUGGAGCCUCAGCUUCACGAUCUGUCCUUCCAGUGAGCACUCAGGGCUGAUUUCCUUAAGAAUGGAUACGUUUGAUCUUCUUGCAGUCCAUGGGACUCUCAAGAGUCUCCUCCAGCACCAUAAUUCAAAAGCAUCAAUUCUUCGGCGAUCAGCCUUCUUUAUGGUCCAGCUCUCACUUCCAUACAUCACUACUGGGAAAACCAUGGCUUUUACUAUACGGACCUUUGUUGGCAAGGUGAUGUCUCUGCUUUUUAAGAUGUUGUCUAGGUUUGCCAUCGCCUUUCUCCCAAGGAGCAGGCGUCUUUCUUCAAAUAUCUAAAAGACUCGUUGUCACAUGGAAAAUGGAGCAAGCUUCUUUUCUCAUGCUCUGGAGCACGCACCCCCAACCUUCGGCCCUCCAGAUGUUUUGGACUACAAUUCCCAUCAUCCCAAACCACUGGUCCUGUUAAGCUAGGGAUCGUGGGAGUUGUAGGUCAAAACAUCUGGAGGGCCGCUGGUUGGGGAUGCCUGCUCUGGAGGGUAGAACCUGAACCAAUGGCUUCAAGUUAAAAGAAAGGAGACUUUUCGGGUUACAGUGGACGCUCGGGUUGCAAACGUGAUCCGUGCGGGAUGCACGUUCGCAACCCGCAGCUGCGCAUCUGCACACGUGCGGGUUGCAAUCCGGCGCUUCUGCGCAUGCGCAAAGCGCGAUUUAGUGCUUCUGCACAUGCAUGGCCGUCGAAAUCUGGAGGUAACCCGUUCUGGUACUUCCGGGUUUCGGCGGUCCGUAACUCGAAAAACCGCAACCUGAAGUGUCUGUAACCCGAGGUAUGACUGUAUUGGGUUAUUGCUUUUAUUUUGAGGUUUUAUAUUUUGAGGUUUUAUAUACAGUGGUACCUCGGGUUACAUACGCUUCAGGUUACAUACGCUGCAGGUUACAGACUCCGCUAACCCAGAAAUAGUGCUUCAGGUUAAGAACUUUGCUUCAGGAUGAGAACAGAAACCGUGCUCCGGUGGCGCGGCGGCAGCAGGAGGCCCCAUUAGCUAAAGUGGUGCUUCAGGUUAAGAACAGUUUCAGGUUAAGAAUGGACCUCCGGAACGAAUUAAGUACUUAACCCGAGGUACCACUGUAUUGAGUUUGUUCUUUGAACCGCCCUGAGACCACCGGGUAUAAAUUCAAUUAAUAAUAAUAAUAUAAUAAUAAUUUGCAUGUCCUGCCAGGAUGCUGACCUGAAACGGACGGUUGAUGAGAGCUGCCGGAUCCAGCGGGGCUACGGUCACUACUUUGACCUCUGCUUGGUCAACGACAACAUGGAGCAGACAUUCCAGCAGCUGCAGGAAGCCUUGGAGAAGUUGCACAGCGAACCGCAAUGGGUCCCCGUCAGCUGGGUCUACUAG